AUGACUAGCUGUCUCUCUGCCUUGCUGGUACCCACCAUGACUGUCUGUCAGCACUAGCUGGGACCAUGACUAGCUGUCUCUCUGCCUAGCUGGCACCCACCAUGACUGUCUGUGUGUCAGCACUAGCUGGGACCAUGACUAGCUGUCUCUCUGCCUAGCAGGCACCCACAAUGACUGUCUGUCAGCACUAGCUGGGACCAUGACUAGCUGUCUCUAUGCCUAGCUGGCACCCACCAUGACUGUCUGUGUGUCAGCACUAGCUGGGACCAUGACUGUCUGUGUGUCAGCACUAGCUGGGACCAUGACUAGCUGUCUCUCUGCCUAGCAGGCACCCACAAUGACUGUCUGUCAGCACUAGCUGGGACCAUGACUAGCUGUCUCUAUGCCUAGCUGGCACCCACCAUGACUGUAUGUGUGUCAGCCCUAGCUGGAACCAUGACUAGCUGUCUCUCUGCAUUAGCAGGCACCCACCAUGACUAGCUGUCUCUCUGCAUUAGCAGGCACCCACCAUGAUUGUCUGUGUGUCAGCACUAGCUGGGACCAUGACUAGCUGUCUCUCUGCCUAGCUGGCACCCACCAUGACUGUCUGUCAGCACUAGCUGUCUCUAUGCCUAGCUGGCACCCACCAUGACUGUCUGUCUGUCAGCACUAGCUGGGACCAUGACUAGCUGUCUCUAUGCCUAGCUGGCACCCACCAUGACUGUCUGUCUGUCAGCACUAGCUGGAACAUGACUAGCUGUCUCUCUGCCUAGCUGGCACCCACCAUGACUGUCUGUCUGUCAGCACUAGCUGGGACCAUGACUAGCUGUCUCUCUGCCUAGCUGGCACCCACACUCGCUGGCUGUCUAGCAGCACACUAGCUAGCUCUCUGCAAUAGCGGUCACUCAGCCCUCACCGUCUGUCUCUAAGCUCUAUGUGGGGGUCUCAGCGCUGUCGGCUGUCUCAUGCUGCGCAGCAAGCCCCAGUAGAGCGGCUGUCUCAUUCUGUUUACAUUUUGUGCAGCACUCCAUAUAGCACGGAUGGCGGCUGUCAGACGGUCUCUCGGAGACUGUCAGCUUAGGAUAGGCCUGUCUCCUGGGUUAUAGUGAUAUCUCGCUUUCUGUCUCUCCCCUGCAAGCUCUCUGUACCCCAAGCAUCUCUCUCUCUCCCCAUUGUCUGUCUCUACCCCUGGCACCUCUCUCUGGAUCUCACCGUCUCUCUCAGUAGUAAAUCUGUCUCUCUCUUAGAUAUUGGCUGUCUGAAGCUCAGACCUCAUUUCUCUCUCUCUGCCCGUCUCUCUCACCCCAGACAGCUCUCUCCCUCUCUGGGUCUGUCUCUCCCUCCAUAGUAAAUCUCUGUCUGUCUCUCUCUCCGCCUGUCUCUCUCUCACCCCAGACAGCUCUCUCCCUCUCUGGCUCUGUCUCUCUCUCUCCCCAGACAGCUCUCUCCCUCUCUGGGUCUGUCUCUCCCUCCGUAGUAAAUCUCUGCCUCUCUCUCUCCCUGAACACGCCUGUCUGGGCUGCUCCCUCCUCCCCCUCUCUGUCUCUCUCCACCCUUGCAGUCACAUCCUGCAGUCUCUGUCUCUCUCCCAGCUCCUGUCUCCGGGGUCUCUUCCUGCUGCCAUUGGAAAGGAUCAUUGAGCGAGCUGUCUCCCUGCAGCGGCCCCUGGCAGUGCGGGCCCUCAGUCUGUCAGUCUGUCUGUCUCCGAUUCCCCGGGCUAGCUGUCUGUCCAGGCCCCCCCCCGGGUUGUCCAGGCCCGGGCUAGCUGUCUGUCCAGGCCCAUGCUGUCUGUGUGUGUAUCUGGCAGCCUGGCCCCCCUCUGACCCCUUGGCCCCUCUCUGGCCCCCCUGGCCCUGCAUGGCUGUGUCUCUGAGUCUGGAUGCUUCCUGCCCCAUCAUUAGCCAUUACUGGACUGAGCUGGCCGUCUGUCUCCCCCAGCCCCUGGAUGUCUCUCUCUGCUGCUGUCAGGAGGCCUGAGAUCCCUGGACACCGAGAAUCUGGUAUUUACUAAACAUAUAAUUAUACACAUUGAUAUAUAUACAUUCACACACACACAGACACACAGCCACACAGUGCAUCUCACUGCCUGCCACAUAGUCCCAUUGAAUCCCUGUGACACCCCACUGUCACUGCAGUCACACCAGCCUGUCACCUAAUACAACACCUUAUUGUCACUGUCACUGCAAUCACCCCCCUCUGAGCCCCCCCAGGAUCAUAACACCUCUAUAGACAAUGCCACUGACUCUGAUACCAGCCCAAAAUUAGACAUUCUUCAUCCCCCAGUACCCCUCAUUUACCAGCUCCCCAUCCCCCAUCUCCUCUCUCCCAAGCAUUCACAACUGCAUCCCAUAUGUCCCAGCCCUAGGAGGAGAAAGAAGCACACCCUCUAGGAUGGGACAUGGUCUUACUGUCAGGGAAAUCUGCUGUCAUGAGGAGCAGGGAUCAAUGUGGCAAUGGGUAUGGCAGAGAGAAGGGUGAAAAUGCUAUCUGCUUGCAUGGUAUUUGUGGCAUGCCUGUAGGUAUUUGGGGUAUGUAUGGGUUACUGGUAGGAAUCUUCCCUUACCACUCCUCUGGUUGGUUUACAAAGCGCUUACCUCCUUCUUUACAUUUUUUGGGUAACUUUAUAUAUAACACUUUCUUACUACAGUCUCUUAUUAGCGUAUAUAACCAUUGUCUAUAAAACUAUUUCUAGUGCUGCUCAAAAAUGAUUUUAUAUAUAUAUAUAUAUAUAUAUAUAUAUAUAUAUAUUGUGUAUUUCAGACAUUAUAUUCAAACCCUGAUUUCAUGAAUUUUGUAUUUUUCUUUUUUCAAUGCUAUAUUUAAAUGUUGCUUUAAAGCUACACAUCUGCUCUAUUUUUUUGCCUUGAAACUAAUUUGUAGUUUUAUGUACACUAACAAAUGCCCAAAUAUUAUUAAGUCACGCGAGUAUAUAAUACAUUUAAAAACACAAUAGUUGUCGUUUUUUCCUGCAGUUCAGUGUAAAAUAUUUUCCGUCUCCACCUAUUACUCUACCCUACUAUACUAUUACUCCAUCUAUAACUCUCUUUAUCUCGCACCAUAAUUCUUCUCUAUGACUCCUCCCAUUACUAUAUUGCUUUCGCUCCCUCUAAACACCCCAAAUUGGACUGUACGGAUUCACCUCUUUCCAGUUUCUACUUCUUCCUUCAAUAUUGCUUUUUAUUUCUGCGUGAUAUACCUCAAAUACAUUUCAGAUUUCCACGUAUCAAGGGGUCUGUUUGAGAAAUAUAUUCAGUAUUCCAGAGGUUUUUGGUGUUGACAAUUAAAUGGUUAAUGGGAAAAAUAAUGGAUGUGUUCACCAAAUACAAGGCUGUUAAAUUGUUUUAAUUUUAAAAGAAUAUUUGACACGUUUUAAACUUUAAAACAUAACCUUCUAUUAAUUAAAUGCAUUGAGUAUUGCACCUGCUCUAUUCUUUUUGGGGUGAUCUAAAUCUUCCUUGAUUUGUUGUUGUUUUGUUCUGUUCACCUUUACUUUUCAUGUUCGUGUGAACAUUAUGCGUAUUUUGUUUUAUUAUAAGGCUUUGGAUCCUUGCGCGAUUCAUCAUAAACACAUAUUGUUUUCGGUCAGUGUGUGUAUGAUCAGAUAUCAGUUUUAUAUAUGUUCAAUAACAUAUAACAUUUCCUGUCACCCUAUCUGCAUUAUGUAACCCUAUUUGAUUUGUUUAUAAAUUAAGGUUACACCUGUAGAGCAUGUUAGGGCAGGAAGGUAACCAAUGCUUAGCGGGAAAAUAGCAUGCUUGUUAGGGGCCAAUAUUUGUGUAGUGUUUUUAUACAUGGAUGAAGCCCGGGAUAAAGCGUUAUUUGAUGGUACAGUCCGUAGAAUAACAUCUGUCGCUGAAAUCUGCUCUGACCCAGAUUGCACUGGUGAUUACUGAGACAGGACACCACAGAUUGCACAGUCCACAGAUUGUAUAGGCACCUGGGUUAAUGGGGAGUAAGUUAUGUUUCCUGUAACAAAGCUAAAAAAAAAAGGAAAACUUUAAUUUCUGUAAUGGGAGGUGGACAGGGUGGAGAUAAGCUUGCAGCUGCUCCUGAUUUUUGCACAAAGCUCUUUUCAUGUUGUGGGACGAUGACAUUUUCACAUGAUGAUAGACAACCUCAGGAUGUCCCAGAGCGGGAGUAUAUAAGCUUCCUGCCCGUCUCACGCAUGGCAUCACAGCGUCUUAUGACAGGCCUGGUGUGGAAUCCUCUCCGAAGUGAAUCACUCUGGUAGCCAUUAUUAUUACGCUAAAUAAAACAUGCAUGCGUGUACACAUAUUGGCACAACUGGCGUUUCUAUGUCCAUCGAUACCAGUUAGUUUACGCAUCAAUAGAGGAAGGAGUUUGUUUCAAAUCAUGCCAAAAUAGAAUUAUGGUGGGCAUAGAUCUGCACAAUAUUUUGAAGUUCUCCAAAGAACUAGUAAUACUAAUGAUAUAUUAAAUUUCGGGUUCCACAUAGGAAGUGCUUGUUGUAAUCCAUGUAUCACAAGCAGAAGUAAAGGCAACAGUCAUAAAAUAAUACUCUAAAAAUAACAAUUAUAAGAGGAUUAUAAAAAUCUGCUAAUGUACAUUCACCUGUUCAUGCUUUAUUGAAUCGUGUAGUUAGCCUGCAUUGGUAUGUGCGUUUAUAUUAAUGUGCUUCACUCUCCUUUUUCGUUUACUCAAUAAAAGCUGAAUCCUAAAAAAAUAAUAGAAAAAUCUACUUACGUGUUCUACAGUAGCACUUAACCAUAAACAAUAUGUUCGUUUCUUCUCACCCUAGUGUAUGUAUAUUACAUUAAUAUUUGCAUGUUUGAGUACAACGAUACAUAACAAUGUAUGUUCUACUCAUGCUGCGAUGCCUCUGUCCGAUUGCUGCUGUGUAGUAUACACAAGUCUGCGUUCUAGUGUAGCCGCCUGAGCUAUAUAACACUUUCUUUGUCCCAGUGUUUCUUUAAUAUAUGUUGCUGUUACUAGCAAAUGGGCCAGGCUUCUUGUCCCUGACUUACAUUCAGAAUCAUCAUAUGCAGUCUCUCUGUCCUGCUUCCUGGUCAUUCUUUCCUGUGACCCUGUAUGAGUAAUUGUAGUGUGCAUUCUUGCAAAGCAUGUUGCACUCUCUGUAUAAUAAUUGUUUGUGUCCUUUAUGGUCCAGUAUUAUUUAUAUAUAUAUAUUAUAUGUGUGUCACUUUGUACUGUUGGGGAGACUUAUGAAAGUGUCACAUACAGUUUUGUGUCCUUUAUUUAUUAUUUAUCUGUUGGGUCUUUUUUUGUGUGUGUGUGUGUGUGUCUGUUUCUUCUUCAGUGUGGUAAAUGUCAUUUUUGGAUACAUAUAUUCUAUAAAAUUGAUUUUUAUGUUGGCUGUUCCUAGAACUGCACUCUUCAGGACAGCGAUAACGGAUGUCCCACCUGGAAUCUGCCGAAGUUACUCCCCCCAACUGGGGUUAAGCGCUCCGAGUGCUUCUAUCAUAACAGAGACUACUACUGCCUUUAUUUUCCACAUCCACUAUCUGACGGUAGUACACCCCAUAGGGAGAUGUGUCUUACCGUGGAAACGCAUCCUCUAUCUUUUGUUGUAUCAGGCAUCCCCUUAGCAGUUAAUCUUUGGGAGCCAUCUUUUCAAUGUACUUAAAGAUGCUCCGUACACUCAUCAGAGGGCUUUGAUCGUGUUCUUGCCACUGAGCUGGGACAUCAGGACCUAUCUGACUCUCUGGAGGUACUUGGAUGUUGCUGCACUCCUUGCCUCUACCUCAUGGUUGCCAUGUGUUUGUGGUACCUCCAGGUACUUGUAGCUCUUCUCUAUAUCUCUUGUUUGACAUUUUGGUACUUGAACUCACUCUGUCCUGAUCAUCUUCCCUCUUUUGCUAUUGUUCUAAAGACAUUCCAAUGUAUAUAAAAUUUAAAUAAUUAAAUGGCCCAUCUGUCGUGAAAAAUCUUAAGGGAUUUAUCAGUAAGUACACUAACUUUUAUUUAUUUAUUUUUUAAAGCGGCACUGUCACCAUCUGGGGACUUUGCAGAUUUUGCAAAGACCCUCAACGCCACCUGCUUUAGACGCCACUUACAUGAGUGAGACUACAGCAUUGAGGUCUACGGAGGAUCCACAAGACUGCAGGAUUCCCCACUGACCAAACCAAUUCCCUGUAGCUAUCACAAUUGACGGCUGGGGGAUUGACACUGCUUGAUGGCGUUGGCUCUGCCCUGUGUUAAGGAGUGUCAGGUGUCGGAAAAAUACUGAGACAAAGUAGUCCUUGCCUUGUUUCAGUAUAUCUAUUGAUUGGGAUAGAAUUUCAGUGAAAUUCCAACACAGUCAAUAUGAGUAUUUCAAAAAGGUUAUAUCUUUAGGAAGCACUAACUUUUCAGGGGGUGGGGGAGUGACAGUUUCACUUUAUUUUGACAGCAUAUAAAUUCUGCAAGUCUUCAGAUGAAUAACUAUCAAGGACUGUCAAUCAGGGCAUCGUGAGCUAUCUGUCAAGAUCCUUGGGGGUUAGCAGACUCGCUGUUUUGUAAUUGCCUACUCAUCAUGACUGAUUAUAACACUGUCCAACUUUGUUAUAGGUGUAUUUUAUAGAUUAACGUAUAUUUAAUAAUUUCCUUUUUAAUAGUAAAUACUACUAAUUAAAGAUGGGUGGGAGAAAAGUCCCACAGACAAUCACAGAUUUACACUCCUACAUAUACACUCCUACUAACAAGCAUUCACAGAUCCAGGAAGAUACUUUUACACACUCUUGGGUUCUCAGAACUAUGAAAACCUUCUUGGACUUUAGACUCUCUGGGACAUUUUUACAAAUGCUGAGGCACUCACAGAUAUGCAGCUACAUUGUAAGCUAAGGAAUGCAGUCCUGCAUCGGCCCAUUUUGUUCAGGAGAGCCAUCCUUCUUAUAUUAUUGGAAACGAGCAUGCUGUGGCAGUGUCCAAUGGGUUCUAGCUAAAUAGGCUAAUUAUACUAGCCCAUUCCUGGCACCAUAACCACUACAGCAUCCUGUAGCGGUUAUGAUUCUUGGAAUCUCUAGCCCCCCCACCCCUAACCUAUCAAAAAAUCACAUUGACCAUGUUGGAAUUUCACUGAGAUUCCAGUGCAGUCAGAAUACAUACUAAGACAAACUAUGUCUUAGUAUAUUAAUUACGCUUGACAAAAGGCAGAGAUACCAAUGUCAAGUUUUGUCCUUUACCUCAGCCGUCACUAGCGAUGGCUGUAGGGGAAAAUAGAUUGUCUGUGGAGGGUCUUGGGGAAUGCUCCCUAGACCUCAGUAUUGUUCCCUUACACAUAAAUACAACAAAUAUGUGGCUUUCUGGCAGAUGAAUCUCCAGGAGCUGAAGAGGACAGGCAUCAUGGCGACGACCGCGAGGGACUGGUUCAGGUUGGUAAAACUCACUGUCCACCAUAACCCAGUGGAGUGGUUACCGUUGAUAGAAUUUGCAAAAUAUACUCUUCCCGCCCCCCACCCCCCUCUCUAAAAAAAUAAAUAAAUAAUCCUUAUAAUAUACUCACAUUAAUUUCACAGACGUUCCAGCGCAGGAAGACGGUAUCAUAAGUCAAAAUACUACUAUGUCUGAUGUAUUUUCCCACCGCUUGACAAAACUUGACUAAAGACAAUUUCCUUAGCCGUCACUAGUGAUGAUUAUGAGUAAAAAGGCAUUGUCUAUGGAGGAUUCCACCAUAUACAUGCGAGUUGUACAGCACUGACACGUGCUCCUGGCAGUUAUAGCGUCAAGAGCUAAAGAGGAUCUUUGGAAGGAGAUUGCGGCCGCCGCACUUGACAGCUGAACAUAAUUUUCUCUUGUGCAGGUGGUAGUCUUUUUUCAUUAUCAGCUUAAUUUGAGGGGUGAGGUAAUUGUUAUUACUGAUCCAGCUAAGAUACCUUCUUAUCCUUUCUCUGUGGAAGAUGUCUGCAGAACCCAUAAAAAACUGCUUAUUUUACUUUUUUUUUUUUUUUGUAACGAGCAUCGUUUGUAGUACAGUGUUUAAAAGGCUGUAGUCACCAUGGAAACCGUUUGAAUGCACCUUCUAGAGGAUCACAUUUAGAUGUUUGCACCACAUCUUGCAGUUAUUAAUAAACCCUGUUUUCUCAUUCUGUUGAAGUCACCAUAGAGUGACAAGCAGAUUUGAAGAAAGGUGUCUACUGAGUCAUUGUGUCCACAGCUGUUCACAAGUUCUCCUACCGCAUUGUGAUUGGGUCAGACACAUUGUAUAGGUUGUGCAUUGCUUCCUCAUGUCACUGGUAUGUUUUUGUCAGACUGUCUGUCAUGGCUUUCUUGGGGGAAAACUGAAAUUAUUUUCUGUGGGUACAUUUUUAGAUUCUUUGCUUUGUUCUGUCAGGGAAGAGCUGGAACCGUAUGCCCAAAUCAUAAUUUAUGCAAUUUACAGACACUUCCUCCACAAAAUAUCACCUGUAGUCUAAUAUAAACUGCAUCAUCAUUGUUAUUCAUGUUCUCGUUUAUCUGUACAGUGUAAACAAAUUACGUGUGUCUUUAAAAUAUUUCAGGCAGAAACAUGCCACCUAUUAUAUAGUAGAUAUUACUUUAAAAAACUGCUAGGUUUUAAAGGGUUUAAGGACAGCGAGUAAGAGGCGCCAAUUUCUGACAUAAACUAUAGCUUUUACUAUAUAGGAGUCAAAGUACAAAAUUAGCAGGUUUUGCCAUGAAGCGCUGCACAUACAGAGAUUAACCCCUUAUGGGUCUCCUCAUGACUAAGGAGCUUUUAAGAACUUCUUUGGCAAUCUGCUCCCAAGGCUAGUCAGUGAUCAGACAUUGUGCUGGUCUUACACUGUGAACUAUUGGCAGGCAGCAUCAUUCAGGUACGUGAUUUACUUUAGUUUGUUUAAUUAAUGCAAGUACCAUUUUGCACAUGAACAAACUGUGCAGCCAUUUAGGAUGGGAAUGUAAAUCGGAGGGAUUGUGUGAUUGUGACGCCAGACUACCUUUCCGAUCAGUGUUUCCCACUUCCCCUUUAAAGUGCUUUUUCAAUACACUGUCUUACCACAAUAUGACAUCAGAUGUAUCAUAGCUCACUUAUUGCAGUAGUGGUGACAAAUGCGAUUUUUCUGUUAUAAUGAAUUAACUCACUGUUCUUUAGAGGUUACUUUAUAACCUUUUUAUAACUACUAUGAUGCUUGCAUUUCCCUCCCUUUUUAUAUAUAAUUAUAUUUAUUUAUUUUUCUACACAAUUUCUUUUCUAAAUUUGAUCCAUUUCUUCGCAGCCUUUGUUGCAUUUAUCGUGUGGUCGGUAAUAUUUUCUGACAACGGUUUUAUGCCUCUACACUGAUCAGCCACAACAUUAAAACUUUUGAUAGGUGAAGUGAAUAACAUUUAUUAUAUUGUUAUAAUGGCACAUUUCAAGUUGGGGUAUAUUAGGCAGCAACUGAACAAUCAAUUCUUGAAUUUCAUGUGUUGGAAGCAGAAAAAAACGAGCAAACAUAAAGAUCUUGGAUUGGAUUCCGGAAGUGCUGCCAGUGGCUGUCUGGUAGACAGCCACAGAGGGCAGACUUAGAGAUGCAAUGUAAACAUUGUAGCACUAAGUGCAAAAGGGUCACAGCAACCAGACUACUUCAAUGAGCUGAAGUGGUCUGGGUGCCUACAGUGUCCUUUUAAUAAUUCUGAACUCUAGUAAAUUAAAAUAUUGAUGGUGAAAAUAGCUGAUUUUGAAAAAUUCUAGGCUAUCUAUCUAUUUUUUUCACAUUUUAUAUAUUGAUAUAAAGGAUUAUAUAUUGCUCUUAUUCAAAGUGCAUUACAAACUAGGCAAAAAUAAUAUAGACAGUGAUAUGUAAUUAUACACAGUGAUACAAAACAAGCAGAAUAGCUUAGCUAUUUUAGGCUUAGUUUUGCAUUAUGGGUUUUGUUUGCUAUUGUGGGUACAUUGUGGAUAAACCCACAAUUUAAAGGGAUUCUGUAGGCAAUGUAUCUGCUUCAUCUCAUUUAACUGGUUAUGGUGUCAGUGGUUCCCUGAUGCCAUCAUUUAAUUCACAAAUAAGUUUUUUAUGUUUUUUAUGUUUUAAUGCUAAACAAGAGUUUCCAGCAGGCCGUCCACUCUGUGCUGCUUUGGCUAAUGAGAAUGUAUUAGCAACGGGCAGUUGUGAUUGGCUGAGAGUGUUAACUGAUUGAUUCUAGCCCAUCAGAGCUUCAACUGACCGUUUUAACUACUAAAAGUGGUGAAAGUAAGGACAACUGGAGGGUCAUGUGCGCCCAUAUUACAGAAAAGAGCUACUGUAGCUUAGAUUGCUGAAAAACUUAAAACUGACCAUGAUAGAAAUGUGUUAGAACACAGUGCAUUGCAGUUUGCUGCACAUGGGAAUGCGUAUCUACAGCUCGGCCAGAGUGCCCAUGAUGACCCCCGUCCACUGGCGAAAGCACCUUCAAUGGGGUAGUGAGCGCCAGAACUGGACCGUGGACAAAGAAAAAAAGUUUGCCUGGUCUGGUUAAUCACAUUUUGUUAUAGAUCAUGUGGAUGGUCAGGUGCAUGUGCGUUGUUUACCUGGAGAAGACAUGGCAACAGAAUGGACUUUGGAAAGAAGGCAGGCCGAUGGAGUCAGUGUUAUGUUCUGGGCAAUGUUCUGCUGGGAAACAUUGGGUCCUAGCAUUCAUGUGGAUGUUAAGUUGACACGUACAACCUAGUUAGAAAUUGUUGCAGACUAUGUGUACCUUUUUAUGAUGAUUGGUGUUCCUUGAUGGCAGGUAUGAUAAUACAUCCUUCCACACUGCAAAUAUAGUUCGGGAAUGGUUUGAGGAACAUGACAAAGAGUUCAAGGUAUUGCCUUGGCCUCCAAAUUCCCCACAUCUCAAUUUGAUUGAGCAUCAGCGGGCUAUGCUGGAGCCACAAAUCCCAUCCAUGGAGGCUCCACCUCACAACUUGCAGGACUUAAAGGAUCUGAUGCUAAUGUCUUGGUUCCAGAUACCACAGGACAUAUUCAGAGGUCUUGUGGAGCCCAUGCUUUGUUGCAAGUUGUUUUGAGAUAAAGAUGGGGACCUACAUGAUAUUAGGCAGGGGGUUUAAAUGUUGUGAAUGAUCAGUGUAUAACCUGCCCUGCUGCCAAAUUAAGUUGACUCUUGGUAGGAAUUCAUUCCACCCUCUACUUUAGUGAAACUCCUUUUAAAAAAAAAAAAAAAUUUCUUUUGAUAUAGUUUGACAAUUGUAUACUCUACUAUUCCACUAUAAUCACUACAACUAGGUGUGGUGGUUAUGGUGCUUAGAGUUCCCUAUAAAUAAUUAUUGCUUGCUCACUAAUGACAAGGAUCAAACUACUAAGCUGCUUGGAAAGUCUCGUCCUGUUUUAUAAAAGACUAAGAUUCCUUAGGUUCCUCAGGUUGUCCUUAGGUUGUUUCUCUUCAAAAAUAAAACAUUUGCAUUAGAUAGAUAAUGCAUGACUAUAUAGUAUAUAUAAAAUCUGCUAUAUAUCACGGCUGAGCUUUGGUUUAUUUUAAUCUCAUGCCGUGCAUUGGCAUAAAAUGCUGCAUUUAAAGGACCACUAUAGUGCCAGGAAAACAUACUCGUUUUCCUGGCACUAUAGUGCACUGCUCUGGAAAGGGGAAAAGGGGUAAAACUUACCUUUUUCCAGUGCUGGGCGGGGAGCUCUCCUCCUCCGAUCCUCCCCGUCGGCUGAAUGCGCACGGCAAGAGCUGCGCGCACAUUCAGCCGGUCGCAUAGGAAAGCAUUUCCAAUGCUUUCCUAUGGACGCUUGCGUGCUCUCACUGUGAUUUUCACAGUGAGAAGCACGCAAGCGCCUCUAGUGGCUGUCAAUGAGACAGCUACUAGAGGCUUUGGGGGAAGGCUUAACCCAUUCAUAAACAUAGCAGUUUCUCUGAAACUGCUAUGUUUAUAAAAAAAAAAAUGGGUUAACCCUAGCUGGACCUGGCACCCAGACCACUUCAUUAAGCUGAAGUGGUCUGGGUGCCUAGAGUGGUCCUUUAAAACCGCAGGUCAUUGUGAAGAAGGCGUAUUCCCCUAAAGCCGCGAUUCGCUGCUUAUGUUAAAGAGCUCCUGGUAGGUCUCUAAAAAUACUAUUUGUAUACGAGAGCAUUAGCAAUUUGUUCAGUAGUUCUUUUCUCUGAGAAUAAAAUGUAGUUCAGUUGCCAACUUCCCACUUCAAGUCGACUGAUCCCACAGAUUAGUCAAUAGACCAUCAUUCUUGUUUCCAAGAUUACCUGACACAUUGUAAAUACUCGAAACCAAGCACGCGACGUCUACAAAUUUUGGUUUAAAAGAAUAUUUAAAAAAAUUAUAAAGUAAAAUAUAAAUAUUACAUUUAAAAACAUAAUUUGCAUCUCAUGGGUUUUUUUUUCUGGCCUGAGCAAUGUCCUUUCAAAAUGCAACUGUAUUCUCUUCCGUGUAGUGCAAAUGACGUGGAUUACUUUGCAAAAAUGCACAGAAGUUCUAAAAGAAUAAUUUUUUGUUCUCUUGGUGACGAAUUGCAUGCGAAGUUUGUGAUAAGCCCCCAUGUGAAAACUCCUACACUGCAGAGCUGUUGUGGAAGAAAAGCAGAUAAGAAGAAAAGCGAGAGAAAGCAAAAAUUUCACAGAGCUCAUUGUUUUGUAACAAAUUAUCAACUUGCAACUCCAUGAAGAUAAUGCAGACCUGGGAAGAAAGAAAGAGCAUCUAUCGGGGUGCAGUACCUGAACAUGACCACCUCCGAAAUCCUCAGCGAUACCAGCUGAAUGGAGAGACCAUUAGAGAACCCGAGGACUGAUAUUCAGACUGACCUAAUUCCAGACACUAACACCAAGCUUCUGUGUGUGCUGCAUUUCUGUGGCUCAGACUCUAUCCAGAACAUUGUGGGCAAGGUAUUAUUGAAACUUUCUUCAGCCACCUGUUUGAACAAGUGAUUUUAGUCAUCCUGCAAAGCAUAAGCAGCCAUAUCUUCUUCCCGUAUAUAUAUAUUUUUUUUUAUGCAGUGGUUCCUUUACCGCAUGUUUUCUGGGGACUAUUGACUGCACAGACGUCACCAUAGUCUCCCUAUCUGCAAAGGAACUGGUGUUCCACAAUCCGUAUCAGCUGUUCUAUGUAGCAGUCAUGUCUUAGUCUGUAUUUUUGGGGUCUACAUUCACACACACACACACACACACACACAUCUUUUAAAUGUUGUCGGUUAUUUCAAUGAUGAUUCUUGCAGUUGCUAUUUGCCCUUGUGGAGGGGAAUUACUGUACACUCUGGGUAAGGUGUGCUGGAACGCAAUACUUUUGUGUGAUACUGGAUAAUUGCCUAAUAUUGCUUAAAGGAGGAACAUAGCAUUGCUUGAGACGAGGAACCUCGAAGAAGAUGAUAAAUACUCAAGGAGACCAUCGGUCAGUUCUUGGGGCGAAUGAGUUGGAACAUGGAUACGAUCCCUGGGUCCAUGAUGCACCUGUUUGUUAGUCAUCCCACCCACCCCUGUCCCACUUUUUUUUUUCCUUCUUAAAUAAUUCCAGUGGUUUUCUGCUCUGAAAGCUAACAAGUUUAAAGCCACCCCCCUAAAAGCCCCUCCAACCGUAUGCCCAACUAUAACUACUGCCUCUCACUGUCCUUGCCCACCAAUAAUCACUACCCUACCAAAUGCUUUCCUGUAAGCAUCACUCAAUGCAACAUAAAAUAUUUACAUUCUCCCUAAUGCUCAAACUGGAUACUGUUUGGUCUCUAGCUCCCUUGAAUCUCGAUGGUCUACCAGACUUAAAACCUGGUUGAACUCAGGAGUCCCUUCUAAGUGUCCUACGUCCUCAGACGUAGGACACUUAUGUCAUUUUCUGUCCUCUCCCAUUAGGCAUGUCCAUCUCCCUGAAUGAUUUUUCAUUAUCGUUAUCUUCAUAUAUAUUUAAGAGCUUAUUAAAGUACUGUCAAACUCCAUCAACAGGGCCUCCAGAUCUUCAUCACUGAACUUAUCUGUGUGUUUUUCUUUCCAUCCCAACUUGUGACAGCCAGACAUAAAACUAUGUCUGUCAGAAACGUCAUAUAGAUGGGCAUAUGCUUGCUACAUGUUGUUACUAUAUAAAUAACUUGGACAUUCUGUCCAAAUUAUAAAAUUAAGUCACAUGUUAUUUGUAGUAGUAAAUAUAUUACCAGCUGAUGUAAAUAACAAGUAAAGUCCAUAAAAUGUCUGCACAAUAGGAUAAAACUCAAAAAGCAAAGGCUGUGUUUUUGCAGAUGAGAUGUAAAUUUGCCUGUUCGCUGUAAUUGCCACAUGAAGUUCUGAUAGUAUUUAAGAAUGUGGUCAUCUUGGAAUAGCUUCACAGUUCUUAAACCCACAGUCACAAUUAUUUAUAUACAUUAAAUCUGCUGAGAGCUUGCCAGGCUGAUUAGCUCACAGUUUUCCACUUUGUAGGGAAAAGUAACCACUUAUUUCAAUUAAGUGAUGAUGCUUAAUGUUCAAAGUGCCCACAGGAAGUACAGAUUAUCUAGAAAAUGCUGUGUUAUUUUAUCUUAAAAAAAAAAAAAAAAUUGACUUCAAAAUUAUCAGCACAUAGUCACAUGUCCUAGCCUUGGAGUAUGCUUAUCUGGAACAGCAACAAAAGUUGUGUAAAUAGUAAUCUGUAAAAUUCUCUAUCUUUCAUUUUUAAAAGAUUUUGUUUGUUAUCCACCGUGGUUACUUUAUGCCAGGGCUUGAAAAAUGUAAUUUGAAUCUAGGAGCCAGCAAAAAAAAAGUUACGAGCCAGGUUUUUCAAUUUCAAAAAUACAAUUCUUAAAGGGACACUAUAGUCGCCAGAACCACUACAGCUUAAUGUAGUUUUUUUUCGUGUUUAUAACCCGUCCCUCCACAUUUUUCAAUGUAAACCCUGCAUUUUCAGAGAAAAGGCAGUAUUUACAUAGUUGCCUAGUAACACUUCUAGUGAAAGUCACUCAGAUGGCCCCUAGAGUGCAUCCUGGGACAGUCCUGCACAGUACGCAGCACCUACGUCUAGCGUCUCCAUACUCUGCAUGGAGGCGCUGAAUGUUCCCCAUAGAGAUGCGUUUUGCCACACAUGCGCAGUAGCCUCCCAAUGCUUUCCUAUUGAUGAUCUCAGUCAUGGAAGCAGGGUCAGCUGCGGUGAGACCAGCACAGCGUGGGGUGAAAAAGGGGAGUAAAAACCCCUUACCCGUGUGAUUGGAGGGGGACUGGUCACCUAAACACACACUCGCUCACUGACACACACACACACACACACUUACUGACAAUCACUCACUGACACACACUCACACUCCCUACCUGGAGCUGGAGUGGUUCGGCUUUCACUGGGGUCCAGUGGGGCUUCAGUCAUCUCCCUGCUCUGCCCUGUUCAUAUUCCGGCUAAAUGUUUCAGAAGUGAAUACUUGUAUUUGGAAGCUGUAGGGAUAUGCCAGAUACCAGCAUGAUUUCUGGUUUAAAUUCAGAUCCUGAGCCUAAAAUAUCUGCGAUUUUACCACAGUCUGCCUACUAACCGUAAAUGGUUAAAAGGAACACUAUAGAGUUAGGAAUAUAAAUCUGUAUUCCUAAAGCUAUAAUGGCACUGCUUAUUUAUAUUCAGGCCACCUGAUGUUUACCAUAAAUAAAAAUGUCUUUCAGAAAGAGCAAGUCUGCUCUCCCUGUACAAUUAAAACCCACCAUGACAUUCAGAAGAGUCUAAAGUGUAUGGGGGAAUUCCUCCUGUUAUGCACUCGGGGCUCUUUAUUUACUAAAGUUUACUAUUGAUAUGAAAUUCAAAGUGAAUUUCAUAUUUAAGGUGAAAAUACCUGAUUUGGAAAGAAUCUCCAAGUCCACUAUGCUCCUAGUUCAGCUACUCCGUUUAAAAUUUGGAAUAUACUUUGAAUUAACGUGGAAUUCUCAUUCUAGUAAAUAAUCUUGAAUAUGUUAUAGUUGAAGACUAGGACACUGAUGGACACCCCAUCUUCAGGAUGACUGGAACUGCUCUUUAAUCAGAUAGCAGCUGUUCCGUGUCUGCUGUUUACUGUUUAAAGAACCAGGCUUUAUUUGAGCAGCAGCAGACUGCGGACCACUUUGACAGCAUGCACAAUACGAACACAAUUAACAUAAGCAACACAGAACUUGAAGACAGCAGGCUGUCUUCAAGAAGAACUAUUUUUACUGCCACUACAGCCUGCUGUCCUUAAUCAGGAUGCUGCAAGCACUAAGUACUUUGUAAUAAUGCAAAAUGCUUCUGGUUCGUAGACCGACCCUGUAAGGCAGUCUUUACUCCUGUUCAUAAGUUGAAGGAAUGUGGGCUUUAUUUUUUUUUCUUUUCAUCAUUUAGCUUGCAUAUGAGUCUACAUUUUGAACCUCCAAAAAUGACAUGAUUUAAAGGUACUCUCCAGGGUUAUAAAAACUCUGGACAGGUGCAAUCCAGAAGCUUCCUGGAAGUUUAGAUUUCUCUGGAAAUUAACACGUUUUCUUAACGUUAAAACCAUGCAGAGGGGUUUGGAUAGUUCUAUUAACUAAAACAUGGAUUUCUUUAGGAACCGCUGUGUGUGUUAUAAAAUUUACCUGCUGCCUAUCCCAACCCCUCCCCCAGUGUAUACUUUUAGGAAGCACGGUUUUUGUACCUCUGAAAUGGCAUUAAUGUGUAAGCCUCCAAGGUAAUCCAUGUAAAGCACUGUUCCGAAAGCACCUUGGGAAACCAGUUUCUGUUCUGGGGGUCUGAUCUGAUCCCAUGAACCCCUGUCUAGUAGAGGUUUUAAUGCCCCCAGCCCCAGUUCCUCUUAUCAGAUUUGGUGAGUCCAGCUGUCGAAUAAGCUUAUAUACUCUGGUGGCUCUCACACGGCAUAUUUACUAAAAUGAGAAUUCACAGUGAAUUUCAAAUUUAAGGGCAGUAUUGCCAACCUAGAAGCACAGCUUUCUAUUUUUUUUUUUUUUUAAUUUUCCCUGUUCUGCUAUAUUGACUGUGAAUUUUAAGUUCACUUUAGAUGUUUCCUCUAGUAAAUAACCCUGUCGAAUUAUUGACAAAGUCCCAUUCGCGGUUUUGCAAACAAGCUGUGCACAGUUAUCUCCCUCGGAGCGAGGUAAGGAUGAACUAGCCAUAUGGAUUUGGAAGGGCCAAAGAAAAAGUAAAAAACUGUAUGACUUAGCUCAGGAUAUCUGGAAUCUCCUAAUAGCUGAUGUGAGGUGUGAAGUGGCACCAGGUGGACCCAAGGUAAUAAGUCAAACUGUCCUAAAUCUUUUUGACUAGUUACAAUAGUUGGGUGCCAGAGCACACCUGGUACCAUAACCACUACAGAGUAUUUGGUGUGUUCCUUUAAAUGGUCUCCAUUGACAUCAGACUCGGGAAAGAGCAGACUUUUAUCUGCAGCUGUUUUUGCAAAUUGCUGCAGUUAAAACUAAUUGCAGGACAUUUACAAAGUGACAAUUUUCAGGGGAACUUUUUGAGAGAUAUAAAAAAAAGACACUUUGAUAAAUCUCCCCCAAUGUGUAAAGAGACGUUAAUAGGGGAUCGCCAUGCAACAUAACCAAUGCAAUGAGUGUAGUAUGUAAUUGUGUUUGGUGUAUCCCUUUAAUUUAGAACAAUGCUGGAGCUUAGCUUUUUUUUUUUUUUUUAAUUGUUGCAGUGUGAGGUAUAAGAUCUAAAAGCUUCAUAACUGACUAAGCCAGAGAAGGAAAUGGAAAUGAUGGCCUUCUGGAUGCUUAGUCACCUCGGUCAGAUCACUCCUCCAUGGGCUGCAUCAGAAAUAUCGGAUAAAAGAAGUCCCUGCAGUCUCAUCAUUCCAUCAAGAGAAUAUUUAAGAGAGCCUUUUGUCUGUACUCAAAAAUGUAAUUUAUUUAUACGACGAAUUUCCAUUUACAUGUUUUGCACUAUUUAUAUAUGUUAAAUGAACAAAAAACAUCCACUGACACAGCAUGGCAUAAGAUUGCAGGGCACAAAAUGUCCUUUCCCCGAAUAACCUUUGCUGAGUGAAAUUAUUCCCUGGUCUAUAGACAUUAAGCUCUGGGGAAUGUGCCAUGGACCCUCCAGGCUCGCAGUGGCAAGUAAGUUAUAGCCCUCUCUAUUAGCAUAGGGCUUAAAAUUUUGCGCCCUGAUUUAAGUGAGUUUCUAUUUGUAUACACUUCAAUUCUCAUUCUAGUAAGUGUUUCAGUAGUGGUUUUGGGUGUGAGGGAAAGAAAUCAAACUAGAAAAGUGACACUUCCCAUUUAAUCGUAUAAAGGCUAUAUGGUAAACCUAACAGUACAAUGUAAAGUGUUGUUAACAAUACUGGUAUAUGUUAAACAAAAUGUGAAUUCUGCACCUCUGCAAUAAUAGUGCUGUAAAGUUUAAGUGGACAGGAUAUGGCAGUAUCUCUGAUCAUGCUCCCAGAGCGAACUAAAGAGAAGCAUAUGAUGCUACGCUAUAACUUAUGAUCUGCUAUAGAAUAAAAGCAUGCUGUCAGUGAAUGUGUCCGUACAUAUCCUUUAUGUUUAUACUGUUUUCCUGCUGGGAAAGAAAGUGUUUGAACGGUUACAUUUAACCAGUUUGUGAAUAGGCCACUGGUGGUGUAAGGGGUUAAUUGAGCAGCACUGAAUAUAUGACUGGUCAUUGCUGGUCAGCUCUGCGGUAGCUGUGGGGUUAAUAGAGAAAUCGAGUCUUGUCUUGCAGGAGAGCUGCUAAUGCUUGCGCUUCCUCCUUCAAUUUCCGUGUAUUGUCCGGGUUGGAACGGACAGGGUUAAUUUAAGAGGUAUGCGAAGGGCGAGGCUAAUGCAGGAUGUGCAGAGAAUGGCCUGUGUGUGUGUGUGUCUAUAUAUAAUCUUGAUUUGUUUACAGUUUAUAAAAUCCAACAGAAAUAAAACAAUAUAUGUAACACUCAUAGUUGAAUACACUUGCUGGAUACUAGCGCUGUUACGUGAAAUGAAAAUAUUUUGGUGUUUUAGAACUUCCUUGAAGUGGAAAACCAGUAUAGCAGUGUUCAAAGCGUAAAGCAGUGUUUAAAAACAGUAUACUUCAUAUCUAACAGGGUUAUUCACUAUGGUGUACAUUGUCAGGAAUCCAAAGUGAUUUUACUAUACCCAAACUAAAUACAACGCUUACAAUUCAGCGAUUUGGGCUAAAAUGUAAUGUAUUGAAUUUGUAUAAGAUCAAAGGAAAGUAUGACAUCUCAGUCUGAACAUUGGUUUUUAUAAGUCAUCACAGAGCUGUACCCUCUCAUUUGUACACCGAUCCCUUCCCACCAGAUACUGUUCUAGUGAAACCUAUUGACUUCUGUGUCCAUCCUUGGUGAAGAUAGAACACUGAUUCUAUAGAGAACUAUAAACCGUCAAGUUUAAGUAAUCACAAUCCAUAUGACCGCUGAAUCAUCCUAAAAAUGUAACUUUUAUAGCAUGAGCAGAACAAGCCCCUCUCUAGAGUUUAGAGUUUGCAAACAUUGUCGGGGAACUUUUUACUAAUAAUUCAUUGUUAAUGAUUUAAUGGACAAAUAAGUACAGGACGUACAAUAUCAGAUCGCAAAAUUCUUCUUCCCGUGAAAACUGAACUGAUAUUCCAGGAGGCCAAAUUCAAGUUCACUCGCAGUGACCUUGAACAGAAGACGGAUAAACUUCACAUAUCACACAGAGAUCACGUUAAUCUAAAGGAAUUCUUUAUUAAUUAUCUCUUCCUGGAGGAAAUUCUUCCAACAUUCUGCAUUAUCAUUCCAAGAUUUAAACAGUAUUCGGUGACUGAAAGUGCCAGUUGAUGGUUCUCAGCCCAGCGACCCCAGGCCCCAUAUCUACUCUAGCGUUCUGUAGUGAUUAUGGUGCCUCGUGUCCCUUUAAUAUCUACAUGUUGAGCAUUCACUAGCUUGUUUAUCUUUCAUUCCAUAAGGCCCUAACCAUUAUCCUUAAACACACAACACAUUUUGUAAUACCUUCCUCUGUAGUACUUUCAGCAAAAUCUCCUCCUUUAUUGCUUCCUUCUAUUCUCUCCAGGUAUCAGUCUACAGUAAUUAGGUUCAUUCAAUGCCUGUUGAUUUUGUUCCCUUGGAUGAACUUUAGUUUACUUGUAGUAUGUUGUUGUAAAAAUUGAUUGUGUGUUGCUGUUUAGAGGCCACCAAACUUUAAAAGUCAAAUGUGGCCUCUUUCAAGAAGCCAAUGUUUGGUUAAUGCACUCAGAAAAGAGAUGGAAAACCGAUGCCACUUUUUAUAAUCCACUUAAUGUUUCCCAUACAGAUCUGGUCCUUUUUCAUCCGAGACUGAUGCAGGAGUUACUUGGGGAUAGUCACUUGGACAUUAUAAAUUUGUUAAAAUAUUGUUUAAAAUAUUGAAGUGAGGCUUUCUAGGGAUAUUGUAGAAAAUUCAAAGAAAUAUUAUAAAUAAAUAUUAAUUCCAUGAAAUACUCAUGCUGACUAUUCCAUUAAAAUUCCAACACAGUCCUAAGGCACCAUGUGACAAAGAACGAGCCCUGAGGUUGACAGAAGGUGGAACUACACUGUCCACUUUUGUCCUAUCUCCGCAGCUUUUGCAGGUGACGGCUGUGGGAUUCGGGCAUAGUCUUCCUCAUUGAGAAGUUAUCUAGAGAGGCUCCUGCGGUCUCCCGGGAUCCUUCAUAGACCUGAAUGUUGCACUCUUAUGGUUCCUUGGAGAUGAAGCACCAGUACCCAAAGAAAGUCUCUAGGAAGAAGAUAGCAUUGGCUCUGCCGACUCUGGAGAUGUGACCUCCAGGGAUCUUUGCAAAAUAUGCAGCCAAAGCUUUGCCAUCCAGUUUCUGCCUGAUAAGAAAAGCUCCAGGUGAGUCUGAUACUGAAUCGACCCCUCUGUGGGUGAAUGUCAUGGAGAGCUCCUCUUCAGGGUACAUCUUCAAAGAUGAUUUUGGCAAGAGACUCUUUGCGUUUCCUGGGGAAUCCCAACCCUUUUUUUUUUUUUUAAACCUCAGGUGUAUGUCCCACUGUACAGCACAUGCUCGGUAUCUGCUUAAUUUGGCAUGCUAGGUUGAUUUUUCUUUUAAUUUUAUUUUUAGUUCACCAAUUAAGUUUAUAUUAAGUGACCAAAUUAAUUUGAUGUUGCUUACUGUUCAUCACCGUUUUUUCAUACCACUUAUUACUCAUUAUAUUCCAGGUAGAUAAUAGCUGUGCCACACUUUUUUCCCCAUACAAUUACAUGCCAUGGUACACGUGCAAUUUAGUUAUUGUCAAGUAUUUUGAAUAAUUAAACCGUAAAAUAUUCAGGACUGGUCUUGCACGCAAGACACAUACUGCCUAAUCAAGAUGUAUUGCUACUCCAGAGUCGACCUUACGUCUUUGGAUGUUUUUCAUUGGGUACUGUAUCAGCAUUUAUUGAUCUGUUGAUUAGCUCCAUCCCAGUCUUUUCAUGAAUUCAUUGGCUGGUGCCUGUUAAAAUGACAUAUACACAGAGUUCCCAUGACAAGCAAAGAGUGCACUGACAAUAAAAUAAUGCAGAUUUUUUCUGCAUGAACAGCCAAAUUGUAGCAAAAAGAAUUCAGAAUUGAAUUUCAGCUUUAUUAUGUGUGGUUUUUUUUUUUCACGUUUGAGGAAUUCUUUAUGUAAUGCACUAAUCGUGUGUGGUGGAGCUGUGCUCAUUUGACCUUCCAUGUAGCCUGAAAAUCUAGCACUUGACAUGGCUGACCUGCAUUGAUACCAAAUUUGCCUCGGUAAAUCACAUGUGUAUAUAAAAACCUAAAUAUAGUUGGCAUCCUUAAACGACUUGCGUGUGAUGAUGUUGUUAACAAUGUUACUUUUAAGUCUUAAACAUUUAUGGGACUAAGCGGAUAGAAAGUUGCAGAUGCGCUAAAAGUUUUAAAAACAAUAUUUCCUGCAAUAAUGACCACUGCAGGGUUAUGGAUGCUGGGGCAGUGCACCCAGACCAUUUCAAUGAGCUGAAGUGGUCUGGGUGCCUAUAGUGUCCCCUUAAUAAGAGAAUAUGUGUGAUUCAUUAGUCCAGGUACACCUAAAUUGUUUAAAGACUUCAUUUCAUGAUAACGUUUGCUCAUGAUCCAUUUAUAAUAGUGUUUUUUUAUUUAUGACAUUAUACCUUUGCACGUGGUGCAAUGUAUAUUUUAUGUAAACCUUUGUAUCUAAACAAAAAAAUGACUCAUAGCAUUGUGCUGUAAGGUGUUGCACUAAUACAAAAACCAGUAUAAAGACAAUCCAGCGGGAGGAUUAGUAUUUGGCUUUGUGAGAGAGGGGGAAAUAUGCCCGCUUUAUAGAAAUAUGAAGCUUUAUAGAAAUCUGUCUCGUUAUAUUUAGAUAGAUAUAGAUAAUAGUUUGUUUUUUUUUAUAUUUGAUUAAUAGAAAACUAUGGGUCAGGCAGAACUAAGAUGAGUUCUACGCACUAAUCUGAGAUAGUAUUGCAAUAUUUAAAAUAAAUCAAACUGCUUAUCCUACUGUUAGCACAAAUUGUUUGAGACAAGUUUAUUCUCCAAAAAAAGAAAUGUUCUAAAAAUAAGAGUGUUUUUAUUAGACACAGAACGUUUAUACCCAUCAAGAAGUUUUGUAAGUAAACCUAGUUAUAAACAUGGUAAAAAUACUCUGGUGCUGUUAUACACUGAAAGUGCCUUGAUGUUCUGUUUUACUGCUGAAUGUAAUUUAACCCCUUAAUGACCAAUGACGGUUCAGGACAGUCAUCAGAAAUAUCCCCUUGAGGACUUAUGACGGUCCUGAACCAUCAUAAUUACUUACCCGAUCGCCGGCGUUGUUCCGGGUCUGGGAGGACUGCCUGGGCAGUCCCCCCUCGGCAAAUUAGGCCCCGUGGCACAAUAGGUGUCCUAGUAUCUACCUGCAGGGGGACUGCCUGUGCUGUCAGGCAGUCUCCCUGCUGCUGGAAAAUAAAAAUAUAAAUAAAAAUGUUGGUAAAUAAUAUGAUUGAGAUAUAUAUAUAUAUUGCACAGUGCCUUGCAAAAGUAUUCACCCCCCUUGGCAUUUUUUGUGUUUUGUUGCCUCACAACCUGGAAUUAACAGGGAUUGUUUGAGGAUUUGCAUCAUUUAAUUUGCAGAACAUGCCCACAACUUUGAAGAUGUUUUUUUGUUUUUGUUUUUUGUUUUAAUAUUGUGAAGCAAACAAAUAGGACAAAAUAACAGAAAAGGUCAAUGUGCAUAACUAUUCACCCCCCUAAAAGCAAUACUUUGUAGACCACCUUUUGCGGCAAUCACAGCUCCAAGUCGCUUUGGAUAAGUCUCUAUGAGCUUGCCACAUCUUACCACUGGGAUUUGUGCCCAUUCCUCCUUGCAAAGCUGCUCCAGCUCCUUCAAGUUGGUCUUCAUGGCAGUGUUUGGUUUAAAAAAAAUUCGUGUAUAUGUAAUGACAGAUCAUGUGACAGAUCAGAUUGCACACAGGUGGACAUCAUUUCACUAAUUAUGUGACUUCUGAAGGUAAUUGGCUGCACCAGAGCUUUUUAUGGGCUUCAUAACAAAGGGGGGUGAAUACAUACGCACAUGCCAAUUUUCUCUCUUCUAUUUCUAAAAAAUAGUUUUAUGUAUAUAUUUUUCUAAUUUCACUUCACCAACUUAGACUAUUGUGUUCUGAUCCAUCGCAUAAAAUUCAGAUUAAUAAAACAUUGAACUUAAGGCUGUAAUGUAACAAAUUGGUAAAAAGUCAACGGGGUGAAUACUUUUGCAAGGCACUGUAUAUAGGAAUCAAAAUCAAAUAAGUUAUGGUGGGGGAAAAUUUGUGAUUGAAAACCCCUUCCACAUGAAGUCUGUGGAUAAUUAAUACAAUGUUAAACAAAAAUCUGCACACCAGUCAAGCCAUAAGACUUGCUUUUUCUGUGGAAAAAGCAAGUCUUAUGGCUUGACUGGUGUGCACAUUUUUGUUCAACAUUGUAUUAACUAUCGCGCGUGUGUGUGUGUGUGUGUGUGUGUGUGUGUGUGUGUGUAUAUAUAUAUAUAUAUAUAUAUAUAUAUAAUCAUAUUAAGUGUAUUUUUAUAUUAAUACAUAUAUUAAUAUAAAAAUACACUUAUAAUGAAAUUACAAACGCGCGUGUCUUUUUUUUUUUUUUUUAUGAUGUGCAAGUGGUAACAGACAGCUUGAUAAGCCACAACAGCAUUUACAAGCAUAGACAGAAUAGGAUUUUGAAAACAGUGAUGUGGCAUUCAGGGAGGCACAUUUUUAUAUUAUAUGUUAGGAAAACAUGUCUAAGAUCUGAGUUAUACCUAUAACACUAGAAACAACAGAAACCGAAUAAAAUAAUUAAGGUAAAUAAAAGUGUAUGCGGUGCACAUCGCCAGCAGAAUCUGAUUCAUGUGGGGCAAUAGUAGGUAGUAGCAAGCAGAAUAUAGGUCUACUGCUGGCAGCGAGCCACUUGGUACAUAGCAUGCACAAGUGAGAUCCUAGACAUGUAGUAGGGAUUACAGGAUAUAAUAACCCCAAAGCUCAAAAAGGGUGGGUGGGGGAGAGGAGGAUAUAUUGUGCCAGAACGAGACUAUUAGUGAGCUGUUUUAGGGGUAAUUAAUGUGUACCUUGGUACUGGCUCGCAGCAGUGGGGUGACCAGUGGAGAGGUGAAGUGUCCAUGGUAACAACUUAAAAUGCAGUGAACAGAAAUACGCACACGCACACAAACACACACACACACACACGCUCACUCACUAGCAGGCACACAAACACACAUACACAAGCUCACUCACUAGCAGGUACACACACACACAAGCUCACUCAUUGGCAGGUACACACACACACAAACACACACAAGCUCACCCACUAGCAGGUACACACACACAAGCUCACUCACUAGCAGGCACAUGCACACACAAACUCCCUCACUAGCAGAUGUACGUACACACACACACACACACACACACACAUGCUCACUCACUAGCAGAUGCGCGCGCACACACACACACACACACACACACACAGAAGCUCACUCACUAGCACACACACAAACCUUACCUGGCACUGGUAGGUGAAGGUGUCAAUGUCUUGCCGCUUCAUUCCAGCGAGGUGAGCAGGUUCCAUCUGGGGGAGGGGCUUGUGUUUGGGUGGCGGGGCUUAAAUAUGGGGUCAGGGCAUGUGGCCGUAAUUGUUGUACACUGUGCAGGGAGACAGACCUGUCUCCCUCCGGCCCAAGCAGAGUAAUUGCAGCCGCACCAGCCUCCAGCUCCUUCCCUCGGACAAACACAGGCUGGCACAGUCCGAGGGGAAAAUCAUUUAAAUUACAUGUGCCUGAUGAUUAGGGCUGUCUGCCCAGCCCCAGGUGCCGCGGCUCACCGGGAAAUAUCCCUGUAUCCCGGUAGGCCAGUCCGUCCCUGGAAGACAACCAUUUUUUUAAAAGUAAAUUAUGACAUGAGACAAAUAAUCGUAUGUAAAAAAAAAAAAAGCCCUUUUUGUCCUGAAAAAACAAAAUAAUUUGUACAGCAACAGUAAACGAGAGAGAGGAAACUUAAAGUUAAACACAAACACCACAAAAGUGUUAAAACAGCCCUGGUCCUUAACGUACAACAUGGCCAAAACAGUCCGGUCCUUAAGGGGUUGAAUAAAGUGUAUACUUGGUAGCAGUAACUGUAUAUCCUGAGCUUUACAUAAGGAUAGUCAGGAUAGGAUACAAUGUGGCUAUCAUACAGGGUUAUUCACGAAUUUGAGAAUUCAAGGUUAAUUCAACGUGAAUUUCAAAUUUAAGGUUAAAAUAGACAAAAUAUAAUUUUUCCAGUUUGGCUAUUUUGAACUUAAAUUUAAAAGUCUCUUUGAAUUUUCACCUUAGUGAAUAACCCGGAUGGUAUAAUUCAGAGGCGUCAUCUUAAGCAUAACUCCAUAAAUAUUUGAACUCACUCACAUGUACUCAUACUAUGGAUAAACCACAUCUACUGACUAAGGCUUUGAUCAAAAUCCAGCACUUGUGUUAGUUUGACAACGGUUUCUGAAGUUUGGCUGGUAUUGCUUUUUUUUUUUCCUUCAAUGAGAUCACAAUCCAAAAAUAUCUUGGCAGUUUUCCGCUGAUUACGAUAGAGAAGUAAGAAUCAUUAUCACCUAAAACCAGGCUUGACUUUUUGUCAUUGAUCACAGAUUGAUAUGCAGAGAUUGCAGGAUUAUCAUCCAAAAAUAAAGUUUUCCGCUGAUUACGAUAGAGAAGUAAGAAUCAUUAUCACCUAAAACCAGGCUUGACUUUUUGUCAUUGAUCACAGAUUGAUAUGCAGAGAUUGCAGGAUUACGACUGAUUGCGUGGCUGUAACGUAAGGUAAAUGUAAGAUUGUCUUUUGCCAAACUAAAACUCUUGUUCGAAUGCAUCAGAAAGAUGUGAUUGUGACAAUGUCAACAUCGUUGGCAGCAGUUAAUGUUUAGAUAAUGAUCAAAUGACCGCUUGUGAUCGAGGCCUUUGUAAGCCUGGUGGAAUGUCUUCAGCCACCACCAUACAUUUAACUAUAAUGUAAUUAUAAUAGGUGUAUUGCCACCUUGCAAAGUAUGUUUUUUGUGUCUGUGCGUGGAAGGCCAGUGAAUGAAUUGGUGUGUUUGCACCUCUUUCUCCUUCCAAUGUGAGCUGGUCUUUCCGUAUUUGUGACAACUCCCAUCCCAAAUCACAUUACUCUCAAUACCUCCCAUUUCCUGCCCCUAAAGUGUUUUUUUUCAAUUAUUAAUUUUAAUAUAUAAUCCAUCAUAUAUUAGGUGGCACACAAUUACUCACCUUUGCCAGAGGUUGGGGGUGAGGAGUGGAGUGGAGGGGGAGGGAGUUGAUCAUCAUUAGUAUGGCGCAGGACUUUAAGAAGUACUGAUUCACACAGCUCAGCUUGUACUUUAACAUGUAAUGUAUCACUAUAGAGUGAGCUGCCUGGAUGCUUGUCUAGUACAUACAGAAAGUUGCUGCUUUUAAAGGGACACUAUAGGGACUUGGACCAUUCAUCUCAUUGAAGUGGUCUGGGUGCAUUGUCCCUGUCCCCCUCAGACUUUUUUUUAUUUUUUUAUAAUUCUUUAUUUUAGCAUUGACAUAUCAUACAGCUGGUAAACAGAACGUAGGCUUGUGCAAAAGCCGGGUUGCAUGAGGUACAAUGAAAUUGUAUGGAUACAGAAAGAAGAUAAUGAUUUGGUUAAAGGUACAUUCGGUUCUUGAUAUGCCCGUCAUCUUGAUCAUUUAUGGUUUUCAUACAUCUGUUAUCUGUCAAUGGUCUUUGUCAUAUGGUUAUCUGUCUUCGUCGUUAUGUGGUCGUGGGGUCCUGAUACAGGAGACAUCUCGCUGGGUGGUGUCCCGAGACUCAGACUUUUACUAUAAGAGAAACUGCAAUGUUUAUAUUGCAGGGUAAAGACUUCCUAUUGUGACUGUCUACCAGAAGGCCACUAGAGGCGCUUUUGUAUUAUUAGGGGGUAGUGAUGUCCCGAACGGUUCGCCGAAUGGUUCGCCGCAGACUCAUCAUUGAGUAAACUUUGACCCUGUACCUCACAGUCAGCAGACACAUUCCAGCCAAUCAGCAGCAGACCCUCCCUCCCAGACCCUCCCACCUUCUGGACAUCACUAUUAGGGGGUCUUUUGUAUUAUUAUUAUUUUUUUUUUUUUUCCGUGUCUGUCUUUAUUUUGUCUUUCUUUUCUCUGACUACUUUUUUUUUUUUUGCAUUACUGGUCUUCAAAGUCACAGUCCUUUUUACCAACUAUGUUUUUUAGUGGCUUUUCUACCUUCUCGUGUCUUUGGAAAUAUUUUACUGACCUGGCCACUAUACUGUAAGGACUACAUCUUCGUGUACAAAUGUCAAACCUUUCAGCAUGUGUUAUGUUGCUUUAUCAACAGGGCCUCUGCGAGGUGGGUGGUGCUAUAGUACAUAGGUUUUUUUUUGGCUAUUGGCCAAUUCAACUGGACUCGCUUACCACUCCCCAGUACAGAAACAUGGUAUUUAUAAACCAUUUGGGAAUAUGUUGUGAGUGCAGGUUAAUUGCAGGUAAAGAAUUGCUAUUAGGGGGAGAAUAAAUAAAGGGAUUUCCUCCCUAGCAAGAAAAACAAAUAAAAAUAUACAUGUUGCGCUCGAAAUCUUAUGGAUAUCCCAUUUCUCUCUAUUAUUAGUCUAGUUUUGCAUUAAUGUCCCAUCAAUAUUUUUUUGCCAGCGCUCACAAUAAGCCAUACGUAGGUACUCCACAGAGAUCCGCGCAAUACAAACAAAAAGCAAAUACAGAAUUGUUACCGAGACCUUCAGUCAGUAGUUCAGGUGGGAUAUUUUAGGAGGAAAGUAGCCCUAUCUAAAAAUCCUGGAAUUCGCGAUUAGUGGAAUGUCGCCCUGAGGGUGUCCAUUAUAGCAAUUCUUCAUAAUUGGAACGUUUCGUUGCAGGUUUUUCCUUCCUGUACCGGUAAGUUAAACACGCGUUUUAUGAAGACAUUUGCUCCAGUUGCUCAGGGGAAAAAAAUGUUGAUGAAUUUUGUUACAGCAGACGGAAUGGCACUUUUCAAAUGCAGAAUUCAUAUCCAUUUAAGUAGGGUCCCCCUCCCCCACAGGUAUUACCACCUGCACUGGUUUUAUAUUCUCUAAAUCACAGGCAUACUUGUGCAGCGAGCUGUAUCUUAUUACAUGGUUGUUCACUAAAAGGACAAUUUACCAGUGCUGUUUGAUGUACCCUUUUAUGAUAUUUUUAAUUCUUAAAGGAACACUCCAUUACCAUAACCCUUUACAGUGUGCUGUAGUAGUUUUGGUUACAGAAGUGCCUUGCUGCUCCCUCAUUGUAGGUAGUGAUGAAACUGUUUUUGAACUGUGGGACUUCUUAUCAGGAGUUCGCCAGGCACCGAACUCACUUUGAAUUCCUUCCAACUCAUAUUUUACUGAAAGCUCUGAUCAUCUUUUAUUUCAAGAAACAACAAAUAUUUGUGAAUUAGCAUUUACAGUACAUAGAAAAAAGACGAAACUAAAUAUAAGUGAACAAUGGUGUUUUGGUGGUAUGUACAUAUUUUAAGUAAAAUAUAAAAAAUAAGAGUAACCUGCAAGGUACAUUGAACACCAUUUGAUAUAGUUCUAUAAGGGAUGUAAGAUUAAAGGAACACUACAUAGCAUUAGGAAUACAAAACUAUAUUCCUAACACUAAAGUAUACCCAGUGCCCCUCGCCCCCAGCAUGUAAAGGGUUAAAAAAUAACAACUUUAUUUACUCACCUGAUUCCAGUACCAGUUUUUCUCGGUGCUGGGCCAGCGCUCUGCCUCCUCAGACGUCAUCUGACGGGGAGCCUAAUGUGCAUGCCUUAAUGCUUUCCGAUGGAGACUUCACUGAGUGACUAUAGAUUCCCUUUAAAUCCAGAGCCAAGGUCUGUUUGCGCUGGAUUGCUAUCCUUCUCCUGUGACGUCACGCUGAUGGAGUACCUAAAGCACAUGUGUGUCAAGUGCCGCAUGUACUCUAGACUUUCUCCAUAGAAAAACAUUGAAUCAAGCAAAGCAUGAGUACAUCCAUUGUUGUUUUUUGGAGUUAAACUCCAUGAAAAUCCAGGAAGCGUCUCUAGCCACUAGAGGUUGUCCUAACUCUGCAGUGUUUUCACUUACAGGGUUAAGGGGACAGGGACACUUUAACCAGACCUCUUCAAUUAAAUGAAAUGGUCUGGGUGCCUACAAUGUCCCUUUAAAUAACAGAUUUAUAGUGUUUUCUAAAUUUUUUGUAAUUUCUAGAAUUUGUCACCAGCAUAUUUUUGUAAAAUGCUAAAAUUAUUUUUUUUAACUUUUCCUAUUUAAAGAGGUUCCUGUGGGUCUGAGCUACUAGGUUUCUCUAUGCCCUGACUAGUCUAUUCCUGACCUCAUCACUCAUACUCUGAAAACGUAUGGGACUUGGCCCUAAGGGCUCAGGUGCAGCGAUAUUCUUGUAGGAGCCAAAGCGCAGAAAUUGGGCUACUUCUUAAAAGCUACAUUUGUCAUUAUCCGCAUUCUACUCUUAGAAUGUAUAAAGAAAAAAAACUCUUCUGGUGGACGUUUUCACUAGCUGUGCUGUUUCUAGUCUGCGUGUGUGGGUGGUGGAGCCAUCCAUGGGUUACACAACCGGAGAUGAACCUGGUUACGGUUUGAGGAUAAAGGUAGUGUAAGGAUAAUUAUACACCUAUUUUCUCUUUAGACUGUCCUGACUCUAUUUUUGGGUAGCUUUUAAUGUAAACCUAAAAGGAUUAGUAAUGUUAUUUUUGGCGUUUCACUGCAAGUCGUGUUCAAGUGCUAGGAUUUCCGUAGCAUUUUUCUGAAAACUAGUCAGACUUAUGCACUGUCAUAUUUCAAGAUUGUUUGACCUCUCAUGUCUAAAUUUUUACUUCUGGUUAUGAUGUAAAGGACUUGUUCCCCAGAUUAGACUUUCAUGUGUGGUGAAGAUCAUUUUUCACAUGUGUAUGUCACCUGAAGGCCUCUCUGACUGUUUGCCAAAGCUUAUUUUGUAAUGAGUGAGCACCCUCUUGUUAGUCUGAGACCUCUAUGUUGACCUAUUUUCCAUAGAAUUUGCCCAAAUAAAUAUGACAUAUUUUAAGAUAUUCAUUUAUUGGUUUAGAAAGCUUUUAAAUUUUGACCUCUUAUCAUGCAAUCCAUGUUCUCCUUCGUGAAAUCACCAUUAUUUUGCCAGCUUAGAUCACUCACCUUAAAAUCUAUCCUUUCUUCUUGAAAUCUAUGCUAGGUUUAGAUGGCUACUACAGGUGCUUCCUGGGGCAAUGCUGCACAGUGUGCAGCACUGACAUUUAGUGUCUCCACCCUCUGCGUGGAGAUACUGAAGUUUACUCACAGCGAUGCAUUAAUUCAUUGCAUCUCAUGCAGAGAUGCUAAUUGGCCAGGGUGGAGUUUGGAUAUGCCCCCAGCCCACAUCUGUGGCUGAGAUAAUCAGAAUUGACAAUCUCAGCAAAUCCAAUGCUUUUUUUUAAAAUGGGAAACCAUUGUGAAUGCCUAAGAUCAUAAUUUCUGAUGAUGUCAACCAAGGAGGCAGAUCAGGAGCAGAGCCAGCAUCAGCAGACUGGAAUAUAGGUGGCAUUUUAUUAUAUUUAGGAGGGCAAGGGGGGGCUAGAUACAUGUGUGUCUUUUUAAUGCUAUAGUGUUCCUUUAAAUUACUUAAGAAUGGGCAGUAGUUUACCUCUUGUAUGAGUAUAUUUGUUAUACUGCCAAUAAAAAAAAAAAAGUUGCUAUUUUUAUGUAAUUGUCUCCGACAAUGACCUUAUGGCCCUCCCACACAGCCAAACAGUAGACAUGAAGACACCAUGAGCACAAUUCUGAGUCAAGCAGUGUGUACAUUCUCUUGUGAUGUGUCAUUUCAAUGGUUUGUGAAUUAUGGAGCAGAGAGGAGUUUAAUCUCUAUGAUUACAGUGCCCACUGUUUUAGCUCCUUAAAUGAACACUAUAUUAGUGUCGUAAUUGAAAUGUGUAUUCCUUACACUAUAGUCCUGGAGUAGCUGUUUAGGUGACUGCACCUACCCCCGUAGCUUGGAGAUAAAAGCUAUUUUACUCAGUUUCAUCUUCGCUGUGCUGUUGUCACCGUGGCUGGCUCUGCCGCCAUGACCGAGACAAUCACCCAUAGGGAAGCAAAACGCUGCGCAAGUCAGCAAUAUCCUCAUUGAAUUAAUGUACAUCUAUGAGGAACGUUCAGCAUCUCCUUGCAGGGCUUGGAGAUGCCGAACGUAGGUGCUGCGCAUUGUUCAGCCCUGGACUAAGAAGACUGCCAGCAGAGAUGUUACUAGGCAGCAAUGAUUAUGAAAUUGUUUAUAAACAAAUGCAUGAAAAUAUAUAUAUAUAUAUAUAUAUAUAUAUAUAUAUAUUUUUUUUUUUAAAGAUUCAAAUCUACUAUAUUGUUAAAACCAUGUAUAGUUUAUUGCAUUAUCACAACACAUGGAAAUAAAUAAAAAGGUAAAAUUAAAACCAUAAAAAAAUAAGAUGCCGUAAAACUUCCCUAGCAUGUGAUGUGCAGUGAUGAUGUUUUUUUUUGUUCCAAAAGAUUUUGCAACUCAUUGAACUAGGUCCUGUUAGGGAUGCAGGAGGAGCAAGCAGCUUUUCAUCUACUCGUGCACUUUUGUCCUCAAAUCUUAGAACGUGCUCAGAGGUUUCUGAUGAACUCGGACUAUAGGACUAGGCACUUCCUGGUUCCCAGAAUUUGGGUCUGAGCAGUUAUAUUAGGAAAAGGAAGUUUGAAGAACCUCCAGUCAUAGUGGCAUUGGGACCAGAUGACUGGGCAUUGCCUGACCACAUCUGAUAUAUUCUGGGAAUAUUUCUAUACGAUACAUAGAUUCGUUCUACUCGGUUUUGUGCGUCGAUAUCGGCACUAGCAGUGCUUGGCCUAAUGAUGAUGACAUGAUGCAUAAGGCUCCUUAGAACUUUUAAUUUAGCUUUCAAGUCUUGGUAGAAAGGCGCUGUUGUGUUACGCUAGUGCCAUUUAUUCACUGCUUUAACUUUUGCAAAAAAAAUGUAGAAGGUCCUGCUUCUUCCUUUCUGGUUACUGUUGUUUUCUUAAUAUUGUUUUAAGAAAGAUUGGGGGUGAGUGGAAUAAUGCAUCAUGCACAACCUUCACAAUAAAAAAUUCAUAUGAGGACUGAAACGUUAAUCUUUGUUUUAAUUGCUUAGCGUUGGAAUAAAGAGUAUCUUGUUUGCUGAAGGAUGAUGAGUCUGGUAAAGACUGCUGAAUAAGAAUGAACUUAUACACAAGGUUUGUAUGCAAGCCUGGAGGUUUUCAGUGGUAUCUGUAUGCUUUUCUACCAAGCUCUAAAAUUAAGUGAUGGCCAGUAUGGUAAUUGCACAACCAAAUAGUGUUUAGUAAUGUAAUUAAAUCCAUCCUGCCAGUGUUGUGUGUGGUUUUUUUACUGAACAACUUUGUACCGAACAACCAGUGUUGUGUCUAAAAACCAAACUUUUUUGUCUGCCAGUAAUGCCACAGAAGAUAGACAACAUAGCAUUCAUAACUUAAAUUACUUAAAGGGACACUGAAAGUACUAGAUCUGCCUAUGGUAGCAGUUAUGGUGCUUGGAUACUGCCCCUAUAUACUUACUAUUACAUUUUAUUUUAUUGUGGCAAAACAAAGCUUUAAAGCAUAGCUUGCAAAUCACUCAAUCUUUGGAUUGAUACCGUGUUGUUGUGACAUACAUCUCAGGCUUAAAUUUGUUGUUGGUUAUGUGUGGCAUUAAUGUAGUUCUAUAUUCAUGUUCAUAACAGAUGUUUAGGGUACAGUGCACAUGUGUAUUUGUUAAAUUAUCAAUUUCCCCUAGUCGUCAAUCGUUUUAAGAAGUCCUUUAAAACCCAUUUUUUCAGAAAUGCUUAUGGCCUCACAGAGUAACUUUUAUGUCACACAUCUGUCUCCUUUUCUCUCCUAAAGGGCCACACUCCACUCUCACCUCCAUUUCUGCUACUUUUCCACCUUGUUUCUUUGCUGUCCCCUUAGCUGCCCUAUUGUGCUUUUAUACCCCACCUCCUCUAGACUGUAUGCAUGUUUGAGCAGGGCCUUCAGCUACCUAUUGUUCCUGUGUCAUUUUGUAAAUGUCUUGUUUAUUCUAAAAUCUCCCCCUGUUCAGAAUAUUGUAAAGCGUUGCGGAUUAAGUUGGCGCUAUAUAAAUACAAAUAAUAGUAAUAAUAAUAGUGUAUUGCUGCUUUUUAUACUUUUUGUAUUAAUUUGGUGGUGAUGGUUUUACAAAUCAGCUCAUGGGGUGGUGUUUGUAGUGUUAGUCUUGCUCACGUGUGCAACGGUUUGCUCUUUGGAUUUUCGUUAAUUCAUUGAAAAGUGUUGUCUGUAGUUUGUCAAGUGCUCUUGGCUAUUAAAUUUGAUAAGGGAAAAUGGUUAUGUUAAUUUGUUGACAACUUCUUUUCUGAUAGAUUGUGCUCACUUGAAGCCCGCUCUAGUGGUUCUAAUUCCUGGAGAACCCUGGUCCAGUUCCCUGGUAAUGGGGCAAACUGUUUAGCAAUGUUUUGCCCUCUUACAUGGGUUCCCGCCAGGCUUCAAUACUUGCUGGUUGUCCAGUGGUGCACUUCUUGCUUCUGCAGAAGCCGCAGACAUUUAUUGGCUUAGUGUGUCAGGUGACAGUUCUCUGCAUUGAAACUUAUAUAGAAUAGAAAAUAGCCAGCCCUGAACUCUAAAUUCCAGGCAACCCACUGAUGCUACCAUUGGUGGAGUUACACCUCCAGCAGCAGAAAGGGUUAAACUUUUUAUUUUCAUUGUUUAAUAGCGAAACACUGCGCUUACAGAUUACAGGCACCAUGACCACUUAAAAUCACAGAAUUAGUCAUGAUCCUUGGAAUAAAACGGUUAAGCAAAAGUAUUGCACCUGUUUUUGCAAAGAGAAAAUGGGAAAAAUUUGUUGUUGGAAAGUAUGAAAAGAAUGUGAUUGUGAACAUAGAUACAUCGUUAAGAGCUCAUUGUCUGCUUUUGAUAUGUCGAUAAUUAUUCACCGAUAGGUUAUGAUCUACCCUGAUGGUUAAUGUGCUUGGUAACAACUUGUUGAUCCAAGGAAUAAAAUGAUUGCUGUUUUGAAAUGGCAAAUAAUUAUUUUUCCCUUUUUGUGGCACAAAUCGAAAUCCCUUCACAUUAUGGUUUUCAUUUUGGUUCAGUUGAAAUACAUGUUACAAAGGUUGAACUUUUGAUGUUUUCUAAACUUUAUUAUUAGGUUACUCUGUAACUUUAUCGAACUAGUGCCCCUUCACACACCGUAAAAAAAUGAAUUAUCCAAAAAAUAAUAAUUGAGCAUUAGUAAUCCAGCACAUCAAGGUCUUCCACUAAUAUCUCUCUGUUUGGUAUCCACAGGUGUCGCCCCUCUGAUAAAGACCUGUUUGCACUUCUUCUGAUGGGACACGGAGUGCCACCAUGUCCGAGGUGGGGGGUGGCGGCGGGCGGCGGCGCCUGCUGGAUGAAGAUUUCACUCUGCAGGUGUACCCUGGCAGUAUCUCCCCUGAUGUCAUAUACUGCCCAGUGCCCGCCCGGUGGCACACAACGGCCGCUGAUGUCAUUGAUGCCCUCAUUACGGCACUGCGUUUGGAUCGGUCCAAGUUCUAUGUGCUGGCGGAGGUGAAAGAGUUUGGUGGGGAGGAGUGGAUCCUUAACCCCACUGACUACCCUGCUCAGCGCAUGAUGCUGUGGCCCAGACUUGCCCUGGAGGCUCGUGGAUCUGGAGAGGACUAUCGAUUUCUCCUUCGGGAGAAGAACAUGGAUGGAUCUAUCCACUAUGGAAGCCUCCAGUCCUGGUUGAAGGUGACAGAGGAGCGUCGGCGGAUGGUAGAGAGGGGUUUUCUUCCUCAACAGCAGGGACCAGAAUGUGAGGAUUUGUGUGUUCUACCGGAUCUUAGUGAGAGGGUAUUGCUUGAGACACUUCGAACACGUUUCCGGCAAGAAAAAAUCUACACCUAUGUGGGAAGCAUCCUGGUAGCAGUCAACCCAUUCCGUUUCUUGCCAAUUUAUAAUCCCAAGUAUGUGAAAAUGUAUGAUAACCGAAGACUAGGGGAGCGAGAGCCUCACAUCUAUGCAGUGGCCGAUGCUGCGUACCACGCAAUGCUCAGGCGUCAACGGAAUCAGUGCAUUGUCAUCUCUGGUGAGACAGGAUCUGGCAAAACCCAAAGCACCAAUUUCCUUAUCCAUCAUCUGACAGCACUCAGCCAAAAGGGAUAUGCCAGCGGGGUAGAGCAGAUCAUACUGGGGGCUGGCCCAGUGCUUGAGGUAAGAGGACUAUUCUUAAAGGUCAUUUCAAGGCUACGAACAAUGUAUACAGUUAAUUGAAAACAACCUGCCCUUUUCCAAAAAUUGUGAGCAUUUAAGUAUUCUGAAUAUUUACCGAUAAAGCUUAGCUAGUGAAUAACACAAUUUCACUAAUGGAGUAGAUUAAAUUAUUUUAAGCCUAAAAUUUAACUUUGGGGUAUUGAAUCAGGUGUAUCAUUGGGAAAUUGAAGGGAAUUAAACAUUGUGGGUUGGUAAUUCACUUUCCUAAUUCUCUAGUUAAUCCUCCCUACACCCGUCUCUUCUCCCCUUCCUCUGACUGUAUGUUUUAGGCUUUUGGAAAUGCUAAGACGUCACAAAACAACAACUCCAGUCGCUUUGGAAAGUUCAUUCAAGUCAACUACCAUGAGACAGGAACUGUUCGUGGGUGAGGGAUACGUGUUUGUUACAAUAAAAGAGAGAGUGUUUGGAUAUGAUUGCCAUUUGCAUGGAUUACCCUCAGGGUCUAAUGCAUUUUGGACCCAUGUUCUUUAAUUUUAAUGUGUUCAUUUGGUGUUUAUUUUGGUCGGGAUUUACUCUAAUUUAGGGGUUCUAGUUGAUAUGUGUAAAUCAAUGUCACAGGAUUUGUCUUCUCUCCUCAGAGCGUAUGUGGAGAAAUACCUGCUGGAAAAGUCAAGGCUGGUGUAUCAAGAGCAGCAAGAGAGGUGAGUGGAACUUUCCUUUGAUAUUCAUAUCUUUGAUCAGCAGUUCACGAACGGUUCGCCGCGGACUCAUCAUUGAGUAAACUUUGACUGUGUACCUCACAGUCAGCAGACCCUCCCUCCCAGACCCUCCCACCUCCUGGACAGCAUCCAUUUUACAUUCAUUUUGAAGCUGCAUUCUUAGUGAGCUGUCCAGGAGGUGGGAGGCUCUGGGAGGGAGGGUCUGCUGCUGAUUGGCUGGAAUGUGUCUGCUGACUGUGAGGUACAGGGUCAAAGUUUACUCAAUGAUGAGUCCGUGGCGAACCGUUCGCGAACCGUUCGGGACAUCACUAGUUUUGAAGAUAAUUUAUGACCCCCAGGUUCAAAAUGAGCUGCUGCUAAUGUAGGUAAUUCAUUUAUUGCUCAGGGAAGAGCUCUCUGCUCUUUCUACAGAGAUCUGCAACAGCUGGAAGACGUUUAAUGGGUAGCUGUAUUUUAAUAAUUUAAAAAUAUAUAUAUUUCUUUCAUUUCUUUGCAUACAUUAUUUUAAAGAAGAUUUUAUUGCAUUUUGAAAAUUGAAAAAGAACAAUAUACUCUAUGAUCCACAAGACGAGCAAAUCCCAAGCAGUUGCAUGUUGAGGCAUGUGGUGCCUUUGCACAGUCAGACCUCCAGAGUAGAUAUCUAUCAGAUCUAGGACACACAUUUUAGUGGAUGCUCUUGAAGAGUUCCAGCUGAAACUCGUGUUCCCACUUAAAAAUGGGGAUUACCUUGAAUCUGGACUUUUCCUCUAAUAUAGGUAAUCUCGCCUUAUUUUAAAAUAAAAAUAAUUCCCAGUAUAUUGCUUGUUACACUUGCAUUCUAGAGGUUAAAGGAAUAAUGGAAAAAAUAACCGGCAUUGGUUUCAACAAUACAAUACAUUCUACUGCAGACUUGAAACCAGAAUAGUACUGUCCAUCAAUUGUCAUCUGUGGCCUUCAGCGUGCUCAUGCUUGCUUCAGAAUUCCAUAGACUUUAUUCCGUUAUCUGAUUGUUUUGCACUUCUUGACCUUGGGUACCCUCUGGGAAUGCCUCUGGUCCAUGCUUUCUCACUAGACUAGUGCUCUGAAUGUAAAACUAUAUUUUGGUGUGAGCGUGGUUCCCUUAAUGUUUACUGUGCACUGAACAUUGAAGCAAUAAAAUAAGUAGUUUAACUGGAUUAUGAUAUUAUAUCACCCUUCACUUAAAUGUACUGGGGUAUAGGGGUUAGACCAAUCCUGAUCUUGAAGAUUUAACCCAUGUUUUUAUAUUCCCUGAAUAUAUAGGUUUCCCUAUGCCGCAAUAUUAGUCAAUCAUAAACCGUCAACCAUGAUCAUGGCCUCGAUUUUAAUUCGGUUGGAUAAGCUUUACAAAUGAUCACAACCUGCUUUUCUACAAAUAUUCCCAUAGACUUUAUUUGUGAAAAGUUUUUCAUUUAUUUAGAGAUAUAUAUAUAUAUAUAUAUAUAAUUGUGAUCAUUCAAAAAGCUUAUCCCAAAAUAUUAAGUCAAGAUCUUUAUUUGCUGUUCCCUAUAGAAAUGAUUCCAAUCUUAAGCUUUACAUGCCAAUGUAUUCCCCCAUUAGAAGGAAUUGGGUUUACUUUAUUGUUAACCCGAUUUCAUUAGAACUAAUUAUGCUUUCUACACUGUGCUAGUCAGUUUGUGAGUUCUUAUAGGUUUGACUGUUACUGGUGUUUUCCCGUGUCUCUGUGGUUUUUAGUCAUGUUAUAAUUUGAUCUUUGUCAUUUUUACUUGGAAUCUAAUUAUUUUUAAACCAAUUCCCAUUAUGAAACACUUGAGUAACAUUUUGGGAUAAGGCCACUCCAUAGUUGCCUGAAAGCCUGUGUGUUUCAAGAAUUUAAAAGUUGGUGUAUGUUUGCUACAUGCCCCUAUGAGAGCUUAUAAUAGCAAAAUGCAUAAGGUUAAGGUCUGACUCAUGUUAUUGGCCUCCCGCCACUAUACCAUUCUGUUAUAUCUAUUUUCCAGUAAAGAAUUAUGAUUUUCUUAUAACUUUUUGAGGGCUAGUGGUGGACCCAAUGCUCCACAAAGCAAUGCAUUAGGCAGACCUCUGGAACUCCGAGAUUAAGGGAGCUACAUGAAGUGCCCUUGGUUUUUUUGUUUUUAUAAAGCUAAACAAAUUAUAUGAUUUAUAUGCACAAUACUCUGCAGGAAUUACCAUGUCUUCUACUAUCUCCUGGCUGGGGCGAGUGAGGAGGAAAAGACAGAAUUUCACCUACAGCGUCCAGAGAAUUACCAUUACUUGGGCCAGGUAGGAAUGGAGUGUUGAGUGGAUAUGGGAAGAUAGGCAAAGCUCACAAUUAGCAGGGGUCGCUGAAGGCUAGAAGGUGACUUUGUGAAAUUAGAAGGGGAGAUUGUGGAUGUACACUGGGGUAAAGUUAAAAUUGGAAAGGGAUCGGUACCACGGGGUUAUUCGCAUAUCCUGGAAAGUGCAGAAACUAAAGGGGCAGUUUGAAAGUACAAUCCAAAGUAGCUUAGUUGGAAAAUGUUAGUAAUGUGUAAGCUUUUUUAAGCAGGAUCCUCAUCAUCAUAUUGUUCCUGUAACAUUUUGUAAUUGUCUCAUUUAUUGUUAAAUUUCCCCCUUUUAUAAUAUCGUAAAGCGUUGCGGAAUAAAUUGGCGCUAUAUAAAUGCCAAAAAUAAUAACAAUGUGACUUUUGAUCUUUCAUUUGCAGCUCCCUUGUCUAUUCCUAAUUCCCAGUUUAGUGAAUAUGCCCAUAGUGCUCUAGACUAGAAUGGGAGCAGUGUUUUUGAAGAGGGUUCGGCACUAAAGAACGAUGCAUGGUGGAAGAGAUGAUGGGAGAACAGGCUGUAUAACAAACAAAUCAUGAUAAUUAUGUUUCUAAAAAAUAUAUUUUUGGUUCUAAUUUUCAGAAGAUACGGAAACCGCACAGACAGGGCUGGGGAGAAUAUGAUGGUGAAGAUGAAACGGUAAGUGUCACAAGACAGUGUUUGUGUUGCUGUAAUUGCUUUUCAUGUUAUUGUGUGUAUUGUGCUGCUCUUUUCAUAAAUAGAUUUUUGUGUUUCUAUAUUUUUUUCACUCUGUUUGCUUCUCCCUAUCCUUCUAUUUCUUUAUCUCACAUGUAUGUGUGUAAUGUUGACAGAUGUGUAUGUAUUUAUAUGUCUCUAUUGUUUGCAUAGUGUAUCUAAUAUUUCUUUUGUUGCAGUGUGUGUUUAUUUUUAGAGUUUGUGAUGUGCUUUUCCAUUAAACAGUUUUGCAUUAUAAUUAGGAGUGCUGAUAUAACAUAGAAGGGAUAUUCAUAUAAAACAUUUCAAUAGAGGGAAUCAGGGAAACAAUAUCAUGUAUACACAUAAAAUGUAAAUCUUUUAAUAGAUUGAAUCAGGGAAAGAAAAAUAAAGUCAGACAAGGGGUGGUGUAGGAGGGAAAGGAGCUAGAAUAUAUAUAAUAAAGUUGAACAGCUGUGUGGUUUGGAACACCAGGCUGACAUGGAAAAUUUUGUCUUUGCAAAAACUGGCAAUUUAUAAUUUAUUGACCAUAAUUGGCAUACUAAAACAGAGAUGGACAGAAAACAAUUAACUUCCGCGUUGUGCUUUACAUCAUCUAAAAGUAUACCCAUCUCUCUGAAAUCAUUUUUUAUUCCUACCUUAUGGGCAUUUGACAGCCUUUUUCUCUUUGCUGUUGCCUUACUCUUGUGUAGUUUGCUCUUUUGAAAUAAUUUUUAUUUUAUGCACGUAGCAUGUUGGAAUUUCUGUAUUGUGUGUGUGUGUGUGUGUCUGUAGCAAUGCUGUUGGAAUUUCUGUAUGAUGUGUGUGGCAAUGCUGUUCGUAUUUAUUCACAUUGUACUGCUGUUGUGAUUGAUGCAUUAUUCGUAAUGUUAACAUGUAGUAGUGCAAUUUUAGGAAUGCUCUAGUGGUAUUGCGUGCACAUAGCAGUACUUUAUUCGGGUUGCAUGCACUUAGCAGUGCAGUUUUGGUGUUGGGUGCAUGUAGCAGCACCGUGUCGGUGUUACGUGCAUGUAGCAGUGCUGUAUUGGUAUUGGGUGCAUGAAGCAGUACCAUAGCAGUGCUGUAUUGGUGUUGCGUGCACGUAGGAAUGCUGUAUUAGUGUUGCGUGGAUGUAGGAAUGCUGUAUUAGUGUUGCGUGGAUGUAGGAGUGCUGUAUUAGUGUUGCGUGGAUGUAGGAGUGCUGUAUUAGUGUUGCGUGGAUGUAGGAGUGCUGUAUUAGUGUUGCGUGGAUGUAGGAGUGCUGUAUUAGUGAUGUGUGGAUGUAGAAGUACCAUGUCAGUGUUGCGUGCAGGUUGGAGUGCUGUAUUGGUGUUGCGUGCAUAUAAGAGUGCUGUAUUGGUGUUGCGUGCAUAUAAGAGUGCUGUAUUGGUGUUGCGUGCCUAUAAGAGUGCUGAAUUGGUGCUGCAUGCAUAUUGCAGUGCUGCAUAGGUGUUGCGUGCAUGUAGCAUUGAUGUUUCUGUGUUGCGUGCAUGUAGCAUUGUUGUGUCUGUGUUGUGGUGAUGUAGCAGUGCUAGGUUGUUGUUGUGAGCGUAUAGGAGUGCUGUGUCGGUGUUAUGUGCAUGUAGUAGUAGUGCUAUGUUGUUGUUGUGAGCGUAUAGGAGUGCUGUGUUGGUGUUGCGUGCAUGUAGCAUUGCUGUGUCUGUGUUGUGUGAAUGUGGCAGUGCUAUAUUGUUGUGAGCUUAUAGGAAUGCUGUGUCUGUGUUGUGUGGAUGUAGCAGUGCUAUGUUGUUGUGAGCGUAUAGGAGUGCUGUGUCGGUGUUAUGUGCAUGCAGCAGUAGUGUUAUGUUGUUGUGAGCGUAUCGGAGUGCUGUGUCAGUGUUGCGUGCAUGUAGCAUUGCUGUGUCUGUGUUGUGGUGAUGUAGCAGUGCUAUAUUGUUGUUGUGAGCGUUUAGGAGUGCUGUGUCAGUGUUGCGUGCAUGUAGCAUUGCUGUGUCUGUGUUGUGUGGAUGUAGCAGUGCUAUGUUGUUGUUGUGAGCGUAUAGGAGUGCUGUGUCGGUGUUCGUGCAUGUAGCAUUGCUGUGUCUGUGUUGUGUGAAUGUAGCAGUGCUAUAUAGUUGUGAGCGUAUAGGAGUGCUAUGUCGUUGUUGCGUGCAUGUAGCAUUGCUGUGUCUGUGUUGUGUGGAUGUAGCAGUGCUAUGUUGUUGUUGUGAGCGUAUAGGAGUGCUGUGUCUGUGUUUUGUGCAUGUAGUAGUAGUGCUAUGUUGUUGUGAGCGUAUAGGAGUGCUGUGUCGGUGUUCGUGCAUGUAGCAUUGCUGUGUCUGUGUUGUGUGAAUGUAGCAGUGCUAUAUAGUUGUGAGCGUAUAGGAGUGCUAUGUCGGUGUUGCGUGCAUGUAGCAUUGCUGUGUCUGUGUUGUGUGGAUGUAGCAGUGCUAUGUUGUUGUUGUGAGCGUAUAGGAGUGCUGUGUCUGUGUUUUGUGCAUGUAGUAGUAGUGCUAUGUUGUUGUGAGCGUAUAGGAGUGCUGUGUCGGUGUUCGUGCAUGUAGCAUUGCUGUGUCUGUGUUGUGUGAAUGUAGCAGUGCUAUAUAGUUGUGAGCGUAUAGGAGUGCUAUGUCGGUGUUGCGUGCAUGUAGCAUUGCUGUGUCUGUGUUGUGUGGAUGUAGCGGUGCUAUGUUGUUGUUGUGAGCGUAUAGGAGUGCUGUGUCUGUAUUUUGUGCAUGUAGUAGUAGUGCUAUGUUGUUGUGAGCGUAUAGGAGUGCUGUGUCUGUGUUUUGUGCAUGUAGCAGUGCUAUGUUGUUGUUGUGAGCGUAUAGGAGUGCUGUGUCUGUGUUUUGUGCAUGUAGUAGUAGUGCUAUGUUGUUGUUGUGAGCGUAUAGGAGUGCUGUGUCUGUUUUUGUGCAUGUAGCAGUGCUAUGUUGUUGUUGUGAGCGUAUAGGAGUGCUGUCUGUUUUGUGCAUGUAGCAGUGCUAUGUUGUUGUGAGCGUAUAGGAGUGCUGUGUCUGUGUUUUGUGCAUGUAGUAGUAGUGCUAUGUUGUUGUGAGCGUAUAGGAGUGCUGUGUCUGUUUUGUGCAUGUAGCAGUGCUAUGUUGUGAGCAUAUAGGAGUGCUGUGUCUGUGUUUUGUGCAUGUAGUAGUAGUGCUAUGUUGUUGUUGUGAGCGUAUAGGAGUGCUGUGUCUGUGUUGUGUGGAUGUAGCAGUGCUAUGUUGUUGUUGUGAGCGUAUAGAAGUGCUGUGUCUGUGUUUUGUGCAUGUAGUAGUAGUGCUAUGUUGUUGUGAGCAUAUAGGAGUGCUGUGUCUGUGUUGUGUGGAUGUAGCAGUGCUAUGUUGUUGUUGUGAGCGUAUAGAAGUGCUGUGUCUGUGUUUUGUGCAUGUAGUAGUAGUGCUAUGUUGUUGUUGUGAGCGUAUAGGAGUGCUGUCUGUUUUGUUCAUGUAGCAGUGCUAUGUUGUUGUGAGCGUAUAGGAGUGCUGUGUCUGUGUUUUGUGCAUGUAGUAGUAGUAGUAGUGCUAUGUUGUUGUUGUGAGCGUAUAGGAGUGCUGUGUCUGUUUUGUGCAUGUAGCAGUGCUAUGUUGUUGUUGUAAACGUAUAGGAGUGCUGUGUCUGUGUUUUGUGCAUGUAGUAGUAGUGCUAUGUUGUUGUGAGCGUAUAGGAGUGCUGUGUCUGUGUUUUGUGCAUGUAGCAGUGCUAUGUUGUUGUGAGCGUAUAGGAGUACUGUGUCUGUGUUUUGUGCAUGUAGCAGUGCUAUGUUGUUGUGAGCGUAUAGGAGUGCUGUGUCUGUGUUUUGUGCAUGUAGUAGUAGUGCUAUGUUGUUGUGAGCGUAUAGGAGUGCUGUGUCUGUGUUUUGUGCAUGUAGUAGUAGUGCUAUGUUGUUGUGAGCAUAUAGGAGUGCUGUGUCUGUUUUGUGCAUGUAGCAGUGCUAUGUUGUUGUUGUGAGCGUAUAGGAGUACUGUGUCUGUGUUUUGUGCAUGUAGUAGUGCUGUUGCUAAACUGUUGGCUUGUAUUUUGUUUUGUAGGACUCCCUAGGAGGGGAAGGCGAGGAUCUCCGACAUGAUUUUGAGCGUCUGCAGCUGGCCAUGGAAAUGGUUGGCUUCCUGGCAGCAACAAGAAAGCAGUGAGUAUGCAGAGUGUAAGGCCUAAUAUCUAAGAUCGUUUUUUAUCAUUUUUUUCUUUUCUUUCCUACACAAGUAAUGGAAACAAAGAAAUGUGUUUGUUUUGCCAGCAGAUAAGAAUCCUUUAGCCUUUUCUAACCUGCCCAGUUUGUGUGUACUUUGAAUUUUGUUUUAUUUGUAUUGAUUGUUACAUAUUGUAUGUGUAGUUACUGAAUUACUCGCUAUUGUGCUGGUCAGGAGGCUGUAUCCUGACUGCUGUUGACUACUGGCCUAGUUAACCCUUAGUUAAACUGUGACAUUGAAGCCAGCACAAGUAACCACACUGAAAAACAUUCUUGGUUAUUUUUCCUGCCUCCUCUGUUUGCAUUUCGUUUGUCAGUUGUUCAGUUCUCUCUUGUACUUUAUUCCUUCCCAUAAAACCUGUUUAUCAGUUUAGUGGUUUUAUAUCUAACAGUGUAAUGUCAUUUUAUGUUUAAGGGCACUAAGUGAAUUCUAGUUUUCUUUUCCCAGUGAUUUUUCCUGGAAUAAUGAUCCACGUUUGAUCAUGUUCACUAAUCUUAUCUCACGUUCUCAUUAAUGCCACUUUACUUUAGUAAAAUGAUAAAUUGCUGAGAUAACAUCAAUUAGUUCCAUAAAGUUGGAGAUAUCUGUUGUUACAUGAGUCACAUACCACUCAGGUAGUAAUAUUUACUGGAACAGUCAGGGUCUUGCAUAUGCAUCAAUGGACUUUAAUUUUCAGGCAUAAUUUCAGCAACAUGUCUGGUGGCUCAUUUAGUAUUUUUAUUUUUUUACCAUGUUGUACUUUUUGUUGGGCACAAUCUGCAUGUGACUUUAAAUAUUGUGAUACCGAGACCGGGAAUGCACAGAAGUGUAAAUAAAUAUAUAGCAUUUCAAGACAAAUGGGGUUGUACAGUAUAUAACAAAUUAGUUUGUGUUGUUUGUAUAUAUAUGAAGGGACAAAUGCAUUGCAAUAUUGUAGACUAAUAUAAUAGAUGUUUUUUUUAAAAACUAAAUUUCCUUUUCCUGUUUACCACUAACCCAAGUUUACUACAUAUUCCAAUUUCAGAUUUGCUUCCUUAAUACAAUUUCACUAAAAUGUGUGUGUGUUUUGACAUUAUUUACUAAAAUGAGAAUUCAAAGUGAAUUUCAAAUUUAAGGCUGUAGUAGCCAAACUGAAAGCCUAGCUGACUGAGAGAAUGUUUAAUGUUCAGAUACUUUGACCUGAAAAGUAAAACUGAAUUUGAAUUCUCUCUUUAGUUUAUAAACCUGUGUACAUGCUUAAUGACUCUUUCCAGACUUGAAUUUACUGAAGGUGCUGUUACCUCCAAGCACGGUAACAGAUGCUAUGCCCCCUCCCACCACUUCCAGUCUUCCCCUCUGUACCAGGUAAUCCUCGGCUCUUUCUUUCCUCACUAACUCUCUGUAUGUUCUCUGUCAGGAUCGUCUCUCUCCUGUCUGCGAUCCUCCACCUUGGAAACAUCCAGUAUAAAAGGAAGACUUAUCGAGAUGAAUACAUUGACAUUUCAAACCCAGAAGCUCUGAGCAUAGUGUCUGAACUACUGAAGGUAAUGAAAUGUCUAUUUACCGGGAAUGACGGCUUAUGCUUUGCAUGGGAGAGUACAGGAAGGAGAUGAAACCAAUUCACAAAUACAUUUAUUCAUUAGAAUAUUGGAUUACAGCAAUAAACCCUCCUUCAACUAACCAAAGGCUUAUUAUUUAUGCAUGGUGUGACUUGUCAGGCAUUUAUUUAUGCCAGUCUGUUUGGUCUCUUAGGUUGCAAUAAUUGUACACUGCACUACAAAUAUAUGCAUCCUAUAUGAUACAUGUACAGCUUGUCUUUUUCAUUUCAAUUCUCUCCCUCACAGGGCCAUCCAGUCAGUGCAGAACUAUUUUUAUCAUGAAUAAUCCAUCCCCUUUCCCUUUCACACUUCCCUCAUCCCCUAAUGGCAUGGCUCUGUUUGUCUCUGCCUCUCCCUUUAUUCAUGCAUUGAGCUCCCUUUAUCACGCACCAUCUACCUUUACAGCAGCUCCAUCUUCAACAUAGAUUGUAUUCUGUUUUUUGCUGUUCUCCGACUUGUGUUGAUGUACCUGGCAUCCUGCUUGUGUCUGGCUGAGCCUGCACUGACUUAGUGACUAGUUCCCCCCCAUUUGGUUACAUGUGAUGUAGCCAGUGUUAUUGGAGUACCGUAGCGGGAUAUUUUCAGAAAUCCUUACUCGAGCACUAUUAACACGCACCAAUCAUGGUCUACAUCGUUCUAACAGUCUGUCCUUUAGAACCCAUACUAUGGCAUGGAAUGCCCAACUCCCAUAAUGCCCAACUCACAGAGCUCUGAAGAUCUGCAGAUGAGAAAUAAGUAGGCUGUUCAUUCCAAACAGUAGUUGAAAAUAAAUACCCAGCAGUCUUGUCAAGGAACAGCAUAAUUUAGACCGUGUAAUUGGAGUAGAAAUGACUAAAAACAUCAGCAUUUAUUUGGACUUGCAAUAUAAAACCACCAACUUGAACUCGCGUAAGAGAAAGCAAAACACCAUCUAAUUUUUUUUGUCAAUCAUUAAGUUAACUUAUAGGGACACUGUAAGCACCAUAACCACUACAGCUGAGCCUAGACAGCAGUGAUAAAUUGAGAGUACUGUGGGCUGGUCAGUCUGGAUUGAAAUUGCUCAGCGUCACCUAGAUACAAUUUUGUAUGAGGGCAAAUAUACUGACUCAUAACAUAAUCAAUAUAUUUGGGGUAAAAUCUUAAUCCCAAGUGUCUUUAUUACUAGCACAAAAGAAUUACUCAUGGCCAAGAAACUAAUGUUGUCUCAGCAUUAUUUCAUUACAUGGAAAAUUUUUAGCAUUUUAGCUUGUGACCAUGACCGGAUUUGGCAAUUUAGUGCCCUGAAUCAGCUGCUCUUGUGAUAUGUGAUAUGUUGGUUGUCCAGUAAUCUGCUUAGUUAGUCAAAGUGAGAUGUCUAAACACUUACUGUGAUUACACUGUCUCUGUGCCUGAUUGUGGUUCUGUAUUUCAGGUGCGGGAAGAGAUGCUCUUGGAUGCAUUGAUUACCAGGAAGACUGUUACUGUUGGCGAAAAGCUCAUCCUGCCAUAUCGCCUGCCAGAAGUGAGGAGGGGCUUGGGGUCAAAAGAUAAAAAAAAAUAAAAAAUUACUCUGUUCUAGAGUGUGAAUAGGGGAUGCUUCCUUAUUCCUUUAAGCGCUUAUGACUCCAUCAUUUUAAUCUGUACCUGGACUCUAAAGAUCCCAUAUCAAAGUAGAAUGUACCACUCAUUUAGGCCUGGUAAGGAUGUGGAGUGCUGCUAAGAAAGCCGGGCAUUGUAAACUGGCACAAGAAACACUCUGUAAUGAUGGCAUGGAUAGUCAUUGGUCCUUAAAGCAUUAAACUUGUUGCAUGCUUGCUAGAUGUUCUGUACAAUGUGGCAGCCUUUCCGAGCAGGUAUUUGUCUUGAUAUGAAAGGCGCUAUGUACUGUGACAAUUCCUGUGGACAGAUGUCUACUUAUUGUAGCAGUUUCUGUAUGUAGCAUGCCAUUUAAGAAUUAUAUUGCUUAUAUUAAAUGCACUCACAAUUUUUCUUAAUGCCCCAGGCCAUCACCGUCAGAGAUUCAUUGGCGAAGUCUCUUUACAGUGCUCUGUUUGAUUGGAUCGUCUUCCGUAUCAAUCAUGCUUUGCUCAACAUCAACAGCAAAGCAUUAGAGGAUUCAAGUCAGGUGAGACGUUUGAAGAGACAUGCUGCAAUAUUUAUUAUUAAGGUGAAAGGAGGAAUACUCUGGAGGAGAGUCACCUGACUGGAGGCGUUCUAGCGUUUAAAAAUCUCAUAAAUAGGAGUAGUAGUUUAAUGUUGAGAGCGAUGGAAUUGGAGAAGGUUUAGAGGUGGCUAAAAAACAACAACAAUUAUCUUUGUGGGUAGCAUGCUUCUGUAGAUUCAAUCAGGAGAUAAAAAGGACACUAUAGGCAUCUUAAUGAAGUCAUCGGGGUGUUAUGUCCCCCAAAGUUUUAUCCGGUCAAGGGGAAAAAAAAAGCUACUGUUCUGUAGAACAGCAGUGUUUUCAUUGCAGGAUUUAGAUACCUCUAGUAGCUGUCAAUCAGACAGCCACUAGAGGUGAUUCUGAAAAAAUAGCAGAGCAGAAUAGCUCUGUUUCAAUCACAUAGUCUAAUUGAGGGCCAUCUGAUUGGCACAGAGAGGCAUUUUGCCACUCAUGCGAACUAGCCUCCCAAUGCUUUCCCAUAGGAGAGCAUUGGAUUAACUGAAAUGAUCAAUCUCAAUGAUCUCAGCCAGAGGCGGGAUGGCAGCACAGAAACCAGCGCUGCGAUGGGGGUUAGGAUGAAUGAUGUAAAGGAGUAAUAAAUUGAUUGAUUAAAAACAAUCAGUGAGAGGAAGUAUUUUCUUGACAUGGAGUAUAGAAUAGUUUUGUGGAUAGUUCAUCGACAAGGAGGAGAGUAAAAAAACUCAUAUGGUGGGAUGAGUGAUGGUGUAGUUUGGAGCUUUGAAAGAAGAUAGAAAACAUAUGUGUUAAAUUAAAAACCAAUAGGUUUGACGAAGUUGAGAGGGGAAAAAAAAAGGUCACAUCUUGAUAUAUAUUCUCUAAAACUUAAGUGAUAGUAGAGUGUUUGCAUUCUCCUCUGGCAUUGCUGUUCUAUUUUUUCCUAUUGUUAUGACUGAUGUCUGUCACCGCUUCACCCAACACGAUGCAAAGGAAAGAAGUGCUAAUCAUUUAUUUUUAUUUCCCAGACUCUCUCUAUUGGGGUUCUGGAUAUCUUUGGGUUUGAGGAUUACGGAAGUAACAGUUUUGAACAGUUCUGUAUAAACUAUGCUAAUGAGCGGUUGCAGCAUUAUUUUAACCAGCACCUUUUCCAGCUGGAGCAGGUAAGGAACUUCAAAUUUAAGGCCAACAUAGAAAAAUUCUCAAAGUUAACUAUGCUUCCAGUUCAGUUAUUUUGGCUUUCCGUUGUGUGCACCCUUGUUUGUUUUUGUAAACCGACAUUAUUUGUUUUAUUACCUGUAUGUGUCUGUCACUGUAUUAGGUGCCUGUGAUUAGUCUAUUUCCCUGCCUUUUAUGUCAUAAAACAUUUCUUUGUCAAACAGCUCUGUCAAACCUUAGCCCUUUCUAGCCAACUUGAACAUGUAGAAUUUACACAUACACAUUAUCAAUGACAAUGCCAGCCAACCUGGAUGGCUGUGAUAGGCUGAUUAAACUAUGGGAGGGUUAUCUCAGCCUGUUAGGCAGCGCUAAUUCAUGUGAUGCAUAAGUGUAAAUUUACCAUUAUCAAUGCAGCUUAGGAGAAGGAGUUUUCUGAGUGUUGGGGAAAGCCCCGAUUUUGUCAAACACCUCUCAAACUAUUUGAUAAAAAACUGGUUGGCACAAAGAGGAUCUUGCAGCCCAACCACUAUGCAUAGAUGUAGUGUUUGUUGUUUAGAAUGCCCUUUAAGAGAUCUGUCUGAUCACAAAACAUAAAAGAAUGUAGACACCUUAGAGAUCAGGUGUUUGUGACAAUAUUUGUUCCAUUUUAUCUACCAAACCUGAAAUUAAAUUUAUGUUUGCUGCAUGGAAAAAUACCUUAUUGGUCUCUCACACAAGACCAAUAGAUACAGUCCAUAGAUAUACUUAUAUUAGGAAGUCUUAAGGGUAAUAGAAAUGUUUUAUAUACUCUCCACUGUUUAAGAUAGACGCUAGAAAGGACAAUUACUAUAAUGACUGUAAUGUAAUCUUUGUGACCUGAAUAGUGUAUUUUCCAAACUUCUCCCUUUUGAAUAGUGAUGUUUAUUAUCUCUGCUGUAUUUAAAAAACAAAACAAAAAAAAAACCAUAAUAAAUGUUAUAUAUAUAAAAAAAAAAACCAUUGGCGUCAGCUAACAAUUUGUCUUGUCCAUUCUUAUAGGAGCUGUAUCGAUCAGAAGGAAUCAGCUGGAGUAACAUCAACUAUUCUAAUAACGAAGGCUGCAUUAAUCUGAUCAGUAAGAGACCAACAGGUUUGAUCCAGCUUCUGGACGAAGAGAGCAAGUAAGGAAGAAAACCGCUGCCCCCAAUCUAUCACUUCUUGGCACCUGCCUAUUCACUUUUCUUUUGUGUCUGUUUUUUUCUUUCAUAGUUGUUUAGUCUAAAUUCCUUCAUCCGUUAUUUUCCUUAUAGAAGUGGUUCCUCCUCCAAGUGGUAACAGUUUUAUUUCCUGUCCUCUCUUCUCGUCUUUCUUUUACUUCCAUUCGUUCUGUCUAGUUUCCCACAGGCCACUCACCAGACUCUGCUUGAGAAGUUUAAACGCCACCAUGAUGGUAAUCCGUACAUAGAGUUCCCAGCUGUAAUGGAGCCAGCCUUCAUCAUCCAACAUUAUGCCGGGAAGGUCAAAUAUGGGGUCAAGGUGAGACAUGCUUAGAAGACAAUAUAAGAGAUUUGACACAAUUAUCACAGAUCCUUUUUUUUUUAUCAAUUUGUUCAGAGUGAGAUAUUUGAAUAGGAGAGGUUGCUUGGAAUUUGCCAAUGGUGAAUGAUCCUGAAUGGUAUUAAGUGGAGGCAGACAAAUAAUGUGGAGAGAAUAGAAGUAAAGCAAUGACGAGAAACAUUAACUUUAAAAUCUCCACUGAGAGCUUCCUAAUUUUAACAAAAGGUGAUUGGAACUUCAAAAAAAAUAAAAAAAAUAAACUGGAGCUAAAUUGUAGCUAAGAAGAAAGUGUCUUGUUUUUGGUGGUUUGUUCUGUAUUAUGUCCAGUUGAUAAAGUUAAUUUGCAUUUCCUGAUUUCCUUUAUGUGCUUUUUUCAAUGUAAUAUUAAUUAUAUUAAUCAAAAUACAUUUAAAAAAUGUUAUCUUUAUAUUGUGAAUUUAAAAAAAAAAAUGUUCUCUUCUGGUUUGUUUUAAACUGAGCUUUUUUCCUCUGUAGGAUUUUCGGGAGAAAAACACAGAUCACAUGCGUCCAGAUAUUGUUGCCUUACUCAGAAGCAGCAGAAAUGCCUUUAUCAGGGGGAUGAUUGCCAUCAGUCCAGUGGCUGCGUUCCGCUGGGCAUUGCUCAGAGCAGUCUUCAGAGCAAUGUGGGCAUUUAGACAGAGUGGGAGAAACAGUGGGGGCAAGAAAACGGGUAAGAGGCACUAUGAAAUGAUAAAAGUGUUGAUGAGGGUCUAUGAUCAUUUUUAAAUAUCUGUUCUAGAGAGAUAAGUGGGAAUAUGAUCCAUACAGUUCUGUUUAUGAAAGGGUUUGGCUUUUACUGGGAGUGUGUUUGGAGUAAUUAUUGUGGAAAGACAGCUGGGGCACUUAUAGUGAAUAAUUGAAUAGCAGAUGCAAGUAUCGCAGUAAGCAUCUGCCCACGGCUGAGAAAUGCCUGGUAUCAGCUUUAAAUAAGAAAAACUACUGCAUUGUGAUUUUCCAGUGCUCUCACUUCUCUAUGAAACUGGCUUCUUUUGGCAAAAAGGUUAUAUGUCUUCCUUUAUAUGUGUCGUAUUCCUUUGAUCAGUAGAUAUAUGUGUGGGAUAGUCUUUCUCUAUCUUUGCUGGUAGUUGGUUACUCUGCCCUCUCUGGUUAAUCUAUCUGUCUUCUCUCUUCCUGUGUGUUUGCUCUUAAGGCUCGGGCUCACCCUGUACACCGGGCACCCCCGGCUCAGCUCACAAAGGCCUUUCUAGCUUUAGCUUUCUGCAGCACCCCGUCCACCAAAGGAGCUUACAGAUCCUGCAGAGGUGUCAGAACGACCAAUACAGUAAGGCUCCCAUCCCAGAAUCCUCUGCAAUUGCACGAACACAGCGCUCCUACUUCAGAAUCCUUUAUAACUGCUCAUUUCACAGAUGCGUAAGGGUUCCGAACCUGUGAUCCCUUCUGAAUGUAUAUACACACUACACAACCGAUAAACACACUCAUGCACUACCCUAUAUAUCGAACAGUGUACUUGAACUCACAAAAACAUAGCCUAUUCCAGAGCUGAUGGUUCAGAUGCUUUUAUCUCCCUCUGGUUCAGAGAUACCUCCAAUGCAUUGCUGACCACUAGCAAAAUGCUAAAACCAGGUUUGUUCCUCACUAUGGCUGCCAUUUAAUGUGUUUAAAAGAUCACUAAUAACUAAUUAAUACAAUGCUUCUACAGGGCAAUGCAGCAUGAUCCAGGCAUCACAAUGUUACAACCCACCCAUAUUCCUUAAUCAGAAAGCAAACAGAAAAGAUUACUCUAGACUUGCAUCACUCACUAUUUUGAAUUAAUACACAUAGAAUCAGUUCAUAAAAUUAUCUGUAAGUAGAAGUCUUUAACACAAAAUCGUGCGAUGUUAUUUGUUUUGAAAAUGUUUUUUGAUGCAGUUGCCGCGGAGACAUAUCUAAUUGGGGAAUAGGUAGGGUCUAUAUCACUUUAUGGUCCGUUUUCAUGAGGGCUUUCUAAGACUCAGAAUUUGAAUUGACUUCUAUUGCUUUAGUCGUCCUCCUUUUUCUCACAACUCGCUGUAACUUGAGUGUACGCUAAAUUCUUGCGUUAAUUAGGUUAUACUGCAAGGGAAGUCCCUUAUCAUUCAUUUACCAGGAAAUGAAGCCAUGGUUAUAAGUAGCCUCUACAUUUACACAACCAUAGCAAUCUAAGGACAAAUAUAUUACAUAAAAAAGUUUGAUAUACUAUCACAUUUAUAUCCACUAAAUACUGUAAACAAUAUAUAUUUCAGAUAUUUGUUAAAACAUAUAUAUUAUUUAAAUGUGUCUCCAAAAUCCGGAUCUUUUUGUUGGAGCCUUUCUUAGCCCUGAAAAUAAAACUAAAUACAGCACUACAGAGGACAUGACUGUAUCUCCACCAGUUCAUAAAACAUGGAAAAUUUUAACAUUUGAUUUGAUUACACGCCAUAGAGCCAUGUAACCAUAACUAAUUACAAGACAUUAAUUAAAUGCCUUUAUUCUUAGAGAGCAUUAUAAUUGCAUUUGUUUAAGUGCCUUAAUGUAAUCAACUUAUUCUAGCAAAUUAAGGCUAUGUUUAUAUAAUCUUUUAAAGCUGUUUUUCACUUUGCGCCAAUUCAAUUGGCAAAAUUGGAUAAAAGUUCUCUUGUUUCUCAGUGUUUGUAGAACAGUUACUAUAUAUCAGUAACAUUUCUGCAAAGCGUAUUAACGUAGCAUUCCCUUGCUUUGCCAUAAUGCAUUUUUUUAAAACAAGUACAACCGAGCAAGAAACGUUCUAGAUGAUCUUUUCUGUGAGGACCUCAUUGCUGUUAUCAUCUUAAAGGGACACUGUAGUCACCAGAACAACUACAGCUUAUUGCAUUUGUCCUGGUGACUAGAAUCAUUACCUUCAGGCUUUUUGCUGUAAACACUGUAUUUUCAGAGAAAAUGCAGUGUUUACAUUACAGCCUAGUGAUAACUUCACUUGCCACUCCUCAGAUGGCUGUUAAAGAUCCUUCCUGGGUCAUGGCUGCCUAAAAUGCAUCCAAACAUUCAGUGUCUCCUUCCUCUGUAUGCAGACACUGAAUUUUCCUCAUAGAGAUUCAUUGAUUCAAUUCAUCUCUAUGAGGAGAUGCUGAUUUGUCAGGGCUGUGUUUGAAUUGUGCCGGCUCUGCCCCUGAUUUGCCUCUUUGUCCGUCCCAAUCACAAUCCUGUGGGUAAGCAUUGUGAUUGGAUCAAGCUACCACUUCUGCUGAUGUCAGCAGGCAGUGGGCAAGUCUAUAGGAAACAGAGACAAAGCCAGCAGCUUCAGGCUUAAAUACAAGUAAGAUUUUACUAUAUUUAGUGAGCCAUGAGAGGGACAGGGGGGGCUAGAUGGUGGUUUUAACCCUAUAGGGUCAGGAAUACAUGCUUGUGUUCCUGACCCUAUAGUGCUCCUUUAAAUUACGCAUUUUAUAGUACUAUAUGCAGGAAGCAUAUUUUGGGGACUCAUAACCUUUCUUAUCUUUCUUCUUUUUUUUUUUCUUUUGAAUAAAACAAAACAUACAUGCAUUUAAUUAUACAUGUUUCAUUGUAAACACAGCUUGCAAAAGCUGCAGAUCUCUUGUCUGAAGCCUAACCCUGCCCAGACUUUCUGUGGCUGUUCAAUCACAAACUUUCUAUGGCAGUUGCUGCCUCUUGAGUUUAGCUCCACUCAGUGAAACAACCAGGAAGUAACAAAACCAGUUGUCUGACAGCCAGGUGGGUUUAACAUGGUUAAUUUAGAUGAGUGCCAAUUGCUAUAGAAAUCUGCACUCUUUGUAAAAUGGGGAGGGGAGGGAAAGGACACUCUUUACAAAAAGCACUUCAGCAAUUAAAGUACUUUAGGUGUUUGGAUUGUCCCUAUAAAUCCAAGCUCAGGGCUUUUCACUGUGUUUGCUUCUAUGCUUUUUGUGGUUUCAUGUGUUAUCCCACCACUAGAGGAGUGGGAAUUAUUAUCUAUAGCUCAAGAACAAACAGCCACAACCUUUCAUAGGCUGUGCCAAGGAAAUCCUCAUUACAAAGAGUAUGUGAUGGGUCAGUUGACUACUUAGUAUGUCCUAUCACUACAGCUGGAUGUGGUCCACAAUACUUUUUUUCCAUCUGCAUGAUGGAGACAGACUUCCAAAAGGAAUGCUUGACCAGCUGAUAUGCUUGCCUACCUCAAGCUUCACGCAGUGAUUUCUGUAUUAUGUUUCCAUACUUCCUUUAUAAAGUUUAGUUUACAAUGUUGAUACGCUGUCAUGAAGUUUCUAUGGAGGAGUGAAAAGACUAUUGUCAAUUUACAACUGCACCGUCACUGGUGACCACCAUAAAAUAUUAUAGGAUGCUGAAAAAAUAUUAUUAAUUCUUUAGUCUCAUGUUCCAAGAUGAAAAAUACCCUUUAUCAUUAAUAGGUCUGCAAACCUCAUCUUCAUAGUAUUGUUUUCUUGCUAACAUAUCUAACAUACAUGUUAGUUCAGACAAUGUAGAUUUGCUGAUCAAUGCAAACAAACGACUGCUUUCUUAAAAUAUAUUUUUAUUCUAAUAUUUAAUAUUAGACAGUUUCCCAGUAAAAAGCUAAUCCUCCACACAGCCAGCAUUAUUCUAUUCUUUAUUCGUAGGUAACUCGGCUAGCUUUUCAGGUUUCAAUUAUGUUAAAUGAAUUUGUUCUUGUUGAUAAUUAAGAAUAGCGUAAUGACUUUAUCGCCAACACCCUUUUUGUCCAGAUAAAUAUUGCAAAAUAAUUAACAGCUUCAUUGUCAUGCAUCUGUAUUAGUUCUCAUUAUAAACUGGACACAAGUUUUAUGUAAGAUAGAUACAUAUGCUCAAAAGCAAAAUAAGUUUUGUGUUUUUUUUUAAUUUUUUUUUCUCUAACCUUUUUUUGUGCGUACACCGCAUUCUGUAUUUGCCACUGAGCCAUGUCUGCAUCUCUCAUUUAUGUGCUGGAUUUAUGUAAAAUAUCUACUAAACAUAGGAAAACAUGAUUCAAAUUAACUAUACAGAGUACCUAGAAAGUUUUAUGCUCCCGGAUUUUAACGUAGAAAAUGUAUUAUUCAUACAUUUUUCGACAUUAAAAUGGGCAGUACUCACUUGAUGGAAGUAGUUGAAUUUUGUGCAUAGUAAUUAUGCUGCUCUGCAAUGCUUUGUGGCAUCUCUGACACCAAAGAGGCUCUGUUUUUGUAUUGUUUUUAAUGUAACUCUAAUUAUUUAAUUCUACUGUUACGAUAUUGUUAGGUGAAAGCUACAUCUAGUCGGUCUUAGUUUUUAUUCAUGAACCCAGUCAGUUGCUUAAAAAUGUUCUGUUUAAGGUCCUUAUUCACAAUAUGCAGCUGGUUUAUAAAGGGGCAGCAUUUACUUAUACUUAUAACCCCUGGCUUGGGAUACAGUAUUGGGUUUCAGGGGAUGUGUAAUAAUUGGAAGAGGCACAUUUUAUUUAAUAUAAUGGUUACUGUAGGAGUCCUGCCUUUUCCAUUUUUUUUAGUGGAGACACAAUUGAUAGUAGCAAGAGUGCAAUGAAGGUGUUUGGCAGAACUGAUUUUGUUACAUAUUCCAUCACAAUCCUAGAAUGAGCUACCAACCUAAUUUUAAAAAUGAAGUAUAGUUCGACAAGAUAAUGCCGUAUACUUAAUUAGGGUUUGCUCAUGCAGUGGUUAUAAAGGAGUGAAGUUGGGAGUGUUCCAAUUAUAACACUAACCCUUUUUUAACUACUAGAUGUUCAAUAACCACAAAUAAGGAGAUUUCUUAAAAUGUACCACUACUGUUACAGAUUUGUGUACUGCAGCACACUGAAAGAGCCAAUUAAUUUUCUUGCCAGGAUAAGUAAUUUCCUUUGGUACAGCCACCAUCCAGAGUUAGGUUAGGGUUCAGGACUCGAGCCUGCUAGGGCUGCUAACACUCCAGGUUAUUUGAUAUGAUGAGGAUCUUGUAAAGGCAGCAAACACACCAACAUUUAAGGAUUGCACUCAGGAUAUACAUGUUGAUUUGAAGUGUAAAUCCCUUACAGGGUUGUAUCCCACUAAAUCCACUUUAUAUUCAGUUCUCCCAAGUGGCAGGAUAAUUUUAACACCGUUCGCAGGGUUCCACAUAAUGGUUUUUAUUAGAAAGCUUCAAACACACCACAUGACUUCCGACACACCACAUGACUUCCAGUGUAUAUCACUAAAUCAGAGUUCUCAGUUUUGUUUUUUUUAACUCCAUAAUUGCAGUUCUUGUCAUUUAACUCCCUUCUGCAUGCCCUCUUCUUUCUUUGCUUGUCACCAAACUUUGUCAGCAUGUGACCUCAUGGGAACACCUACUGCUUGUCCGCUCAGGAAUGUUGCCUGCUGCUCGUGUCAUCUCUCUGUCUGUGUCCUUGUGUUGCUAACACUAUUUUGUGUCUGCAGGAAAAAUGUGAUACUGCAGGAGCAUCUGAACACCGGAGCAUAAUAUUCUACACAAAUACACAAACCUGGGUCUCACCCAGGAGCGCAGACGCAUAGAUUAACACACACACAAUAAUAAAGACACAUAUUUUGCACACCAGGUUUAAAUAGAAACUCACAACAACCCUAACACUAUUAAAACAGUGGUACAUACCCAUACUAAUACAGGGACAAACACAGACCUCCAGUACCUCCUCUCAGUAGGUACUAUGCCUCUAAUUCUGUUAUGUGAUUUCAGAUAUUCCUCGUCGAACUCCUCGCACUCCUCUUUCUGACCUGCAGGGAGUUAAUACCAUUCAAGAGAGAAGUCCCCGGUAAGUUGUUUAUGUCUGACCCACAGUGAAGACUUGGCAAUUAUAUAUUUAUUGUAUCUGAUUCAUUGUAUUACUCCAUGUUGAUACUCACUCCUUCUGCACAAAUUCCCCCUCCACAAACACUUUUCUAUAUCUUGAUUCCUCGGACAUGUCGUCUCUAUCUAUUCCCGUGUUAUUCCAUUAUUGUCUCUUCAUUUCUUCUCCUGUUUGUUGUCUCUUUCCAUUUGCCUUUCUUGAAGCAUUCUUUAUUUUCUAGAGAGCUGAAUUGGGCUGCACGCAGGCAAAGCCGCCUCUCCUCGUCUUCUUCCUACUUAGAGGGUGGUGGCAUCUUCAUAAGCUCCCCUGGAUCUAACCUAAACAGCAGCAGUGACAGCAAGCUACUGGAGAGAGCGCAUGGCAUUCUGAUGUAAGUGGGACAAUCUGUACAUUUCAGUUAAGAAUAGGGCAAAUCACAAAGAUUCCAGGGUUGGUGGUCAUAUUAUGCAGUUUGGGUUAAGUCAUGAAGAUCAUGUUGAUGCUUGAGAGAUUUUUACAUUGGUAAAGUAUGGAUUAUGGAGACCCUAAAUUGAAAGAUACCACCUAUGUAUCAAGAAGUUACAUUAAUACAAUGUUUGCUCUUGUUUUCAGGAGAAACCGCAACUCUAAAUCAAAACCUACCCUUCCUAAGGUAAGGAAUUUAGUAACAACUUUGUAUAAUUCCACGUUUGUUUUCUUUACGGAGCACAACCCUGAAACCUGUCUCUCCUCAUUCACCAGCUGACUCCACAUUUCUUUAUCUGCAAAUCAACGGUCCAUACUUGCCCCUUCUAGUAUCCAUUAGUCUUGUAAACUUCCUUCAUAAACUCCGUUUCAGUGUUAAAAUGUGAUAUUCUUACAAAGUAUGAUUACACAUAAAAAUAGAGCAUACAGUGUAUAUUUAUGUGGUCAUCGGUACGCAAUUAAAGAAACAUGAAUUCAUUUUGGAGAACAUUGGGAAAACCCAUGUGGUGAAAGUUAAAUGAGUGGAGUAAUUUGGUAGCAUUACACAUAGUAAUUCAUACACCCCUCAUCUAAAUAAAAUGGGCUCAGGUAGAUUUCUGAAUCUGAAUUCCACAUAUUAAAAUUCUGUCCUUCUAAAAAGAAACUGUAUCCAGUGUGAUAUACAACAGCAGUCCGAACAACUGAACUUUAAGGACCAUUUAGAGGUUGAGACCGAGAGUUAGAAUUUGUGAAAUAUUUUAGUUUGAGUUCUGUUGUGUUAGAGGAGUGUUAGUUACCCCAUAGUUUGGUUCAAAUAUACAAUGGCAAAGAAUGUCCGGCAUGAUAAGUGAGCAGACACUGAAGUAAUAGAGCCAACAUGUGUGCAGGUAAUUGCUGUAACAUUUGAGUUGGUGUACAGUAACCGUUCUCGCUGUAUGUCCUCAGCACCUCUUGGAUGUAAAGUCGCUGAAACAUCUCUCAAAUCUGACUCUGCACGAUCGCAUUACCAAGUCUCUGCUGCACUUACACAAGAAGAAAAAACCGCCAAGCAUCAGCGCUCAGUUUCAGGUCUGUUUCUGUCCUUCUGUUCUGUAAUCAGUCCAAUUUAUUUUUCUACUUUCCGGGUUCUCAUAUCCCUGUCUGUUUUCUCUGUAGGCUUCUUUGAACAAGCUAAUGGAGACUCUUGGGCAGGCAGAACCGUAUUUCGUGAAAUGUAUUCGCUCUAAUGCAGAGAAGGUAAUAACUAUUGCACUAAGAAGAGGCCUAUUAUCCCUGUAGUGGUAACCUGUUAAGCACUGUUCUUCAUGCAUGUGAUAUUGGAGAAACCAUUCUUAUUAUACAUGCACUAUAAAGACCCUGUUUCAUUGGCUGUCGUACAAAUCCUACCAAUUCACCGAUGUGCUAUCCGGGUGAUCUCGCUCAUUUAUUCUUGUUCCUCACUUAUGUGCUGUUAGACACUGUUGAAUCACCCAUUUGCUCUCUGGCAGACCCCACUGAUUUGUUAAUGUGCUAUCAUAGUGAUGAUAUAUUAGUGUGCUGUGAAUGUGAUAAUGCAUUAUUAGGCAUGGCACGCUGAUUUGUGCAUGUGUGCUGUGAGUUAGAUAUUGUUAAUUCUGGCUUGCGAUGAUUGAAAAAUUAUCUGUCGGGUAUGUAGAGCAUAAUGUCUUUCAGUUCUGGCUUCCCACGAAAUUAAUUGACUUGAAUUCUUUAUCCCUUUUCAGGUGCCUUUACGUUUUAAUGAUGCCUUGGUUCUUCGACAGCUUCGUUAUACAGGAAUGUUAGAAACCGUCCGAAUUCGCCAGUCUGGCUAUAGCUGCAAAUAUCCCUUUCAGGUUAGUUAAAGGGUGACUCCUACUUGUUAAUAAAAGAUAACACCUGUGAUUCUAUUUUUUUUUUGUAAAAUAAUUUAGAAGACCACGAUAGGCACCCAGGCCACUUCAUCUCAAUGAAACAGUCUGGGUGCAAUGUCCCUGUCCUUUUAGCCCUGCAAUGUAAAACAUUAGUGUUUUGUAGCUAUGACCAGGUUUUCAUUGCAGAGUUAACACACCACUAGCGGCUGUCUUCCUGACAGCAUGAAGAGGUACUUCUGCAGCAAUAACAAAGUUUGACUCUGUUAUUCAAUCAGACACUAUAUUUCUCAAAGACAGCAUUUGAUUUGCGCAGUGUGGUGUUUUGCCACAUGUGUGCACUGGCCUCCCAAUGCUUAUGGAGUGGCCUCACGGAGGCAGGAUGGCCAUUGAGAGACCGGUAUGUUGCAGCAUAUAAGGUAAAUAAAACAUACCUUUUAAACCCUCACCGGUUAAGACACCAAAAUAGGUAGGGUGAAACUAUAGUUCUAGUAAUAGAUAUUUGGACUCCUGUGUUCCUUUGAAAGCAAAUGCAUAAAAAGCUAUUUUCCACCUUCUUGCUGCAAAUUUACGUGAUCUGCUACUUCUGCAGGCUGGAAAAUGGCAUUUCAAUUAUUGAAUUCAAUAGGACCGCUAUAUUAUACAGAUAGCAGAAAAACACAUUAUUCUGUACAUUAUGCAUUUGAUUACUGACCCACAACCUGCUUGCCAUUUAUGAAAAUAAGCACUCACGUCAAUGAAUGGAAGCCAGUCGUUUGUCAUGAGCAGCCUUCAGUGCUUGUGUGCUUGUACUGUCUCCCAAGGAGUUUUUAUUUAUCGGGGGUGUGUUUCACGGUUUCUUCUUGGAAGUGGAAGUAAACAUGGAAACAUGGUUGCACUGAGGUAUAUAUUUUUUUUUACCUGGCAUCAUGCAGAAUCAUUUCGAUGGCAUUUUCCAGCACACUAGCGGUCUGUCGGUCUUUGUCUGAAUGCAAUAGAAGACAACGUUCGCUACUGUGAAUUCACCUGUGCAUUGCAAACUGUAGGCUAAUAUAGCUGAAUUUGAGACAUUUUCUAAGUCUUCUGCAUUUACAGCACACCAAUUUUGGCAUUAAAGGGAUACUGUACUGCCAGGAAUACAAAGCUGUAUAACUGGCACUAUCGCUUUACUUUCCUCCCCCAUCCCUCUCCCCCCUCCCUCCCUGGUAAAAAAAAAAAAAAGGGGUUAAAAACCCUUUAUUUACACCUUUUCCAAGCACUGAUGUCCGUUGGUGCUGGCUCAACACUCCGCCCCGUCCUCCGUCCCGCUACGAGCAGGGUCUAAUGCACAUGCGUGUCAAAUGCUGCACGCGCAUUAGAACUCCCCAUGGGAAGGCAUUGAAUCAGUGCCCUCCUAUGUGAAAAAUCUGACGCUGGAGGUCCACAUGCAGAGCGUGAGGACGUCCAGCAUCACAUACCGGACCACAUGUCUGUUUCAAUUCAGGAAGCCCUCAGACAUUGCAGUUUCUAUAGCACUAAGUGCAAAAGGGACAGUGCACCCAGACCACUUAUAUUAGCUAAAGUGGUCUGGGUGCCUACAGUGUCCAUUUAAUUUGCAAUUCCUUAGUGAAUUCCCAAGACUUUGUGUUACCUUCAUGUUAUAGCAAAUAACACUGAGACAUUAUGAAAAUUUAAACUGAAAUCUGCAGAACAAGCAGAACAAUAAUAAUAAUAAAAAAAACAACAUUCCAGCUGUUAGUAUUUCUCUGUCUGCGGGUGAUCUCUGUUGUACGAUAAGUUUUGUAUAAACGUCUCUCUGCUCUUCCCAGGACUUUGUGACUCAGUUCUCAGUGUUGUUGCCGAAAGCUGUUGCCCCUGUCCGGCAGAAUAUCCAGGAAUUCUUUUGGCGCAUUGGACACAGUCCAGAUCAGUACCAAGUGGGAAAAACAAUGGUGAGAUUGAGAAAAAGGAGUUUGUGAUGCCUAAUCAUUUUAUUCAAUUUGAAACAUAUUUUUUUGUUCACUUUGUAGUGAGGCUUUUACAUUAACUGUAUUACUCUUUUACGGCCAUAACAUUGUAUUUGAUGUAUGAUUUUAUUAUGGCCAUAGCGUGUUAGAUGUAUGAUUCUAUUAUGGCCAUAGCGUGUUAGAUGUAUGAUUCUAUUAUGGCCAUAGCGUGUUAGAUGUAUGAUUCUAUUAUGGCCAUAGUGUGUUAGAUGUAUGAUUCUAUUAUGGCCAUAGCGUGUUAGAUGUAUGAUUCUAUUAUGGCCAUAGCGUGUUAGAUGUAUUAUUCUAUUAUGGCCAUAGCGUGUUAGAUGUAUGAUUCUAUUAUGGCCACAGCGUGUUAGAUGUAUGAUUCUAUUAUGGCCAUAGCGUGUUAGAUGUAUGAUUCUAUUAUGGCCAUAGUGUGUUAGAUGUAUGAUUCUAUUAUGGCCACAGCGUGUUAGAUGUAUUAUUCUAUUAUGGCCAUAGCGUGUUAGAUGUAUGAUUCUAUUAUGGCCACAGCGUGUUAGAUGUAUUAUUCUAUUAUGGCCACAGCGUGUUAGAUGUAUGAUUCUAUUAUGGCCACAGCGUGUUAGAUGUAUGGUUCUAUUAUGGCCACAGCGUGUUAGAUGUAUGAUUCUAUUAUGGCCACAGCGUGUUAGAUGUUUUAUUCUAUUAUGGCCAUAGCGUGUUAGAUGUAUGAUUCUAUUAUGGCCACAGCGUGUUAGAUGUAUUGUUCUAUUAUGGCCACAGCGUGUUAGAUGUAUUGUUCUAUUAUGGCCACAGCGUGUUAGAUGUAUUGUUCUAUUAUGGCCACAGCGUGUUAGAUGUAUUGUUCUAUUAUGGCCAUAGCGUGUUAGAUGUAUGAUUCUAUUAUGGCCACAGCGUGUUAGAUGUAUGAUAAUAUUAUGGCCAUAGCGUUUUAGAUGUAUGAUUCUAUUAUGGCCAUAGCGUGUUAGAUGUAUAAUUCUAUUAUGGUCAUUCUGUACAUCCAUAUGCAUCUCCCUUUCACAUAUUACUUAGCAUAUUUGUUUUCUUAAUUUUUAUAAAAAUUUCAUUUUAUUCUCUAUUUUUAGUUCUUUAUUCUCAUAGUUGGAUAAUACUCUCCUAAAAUUGUCUUAUUCCAUAAUGCAGGUCUGCCUAUAUGCCUGACUUUCUAUCUAUAUAGAAGUUGCCGUUUGCCCAACUUCCGUGUGUCAGGCUGAAUUCACUUGCCUUUCUCUUUUGUUUUGGUCAUUGCUUCUCUUUCUUUCCAGGUCUUUCUGAAGGAGCAGGAGCGUCAGUGUCUCCGGGACAUGCUGCAUCAGACUGUCCUGCAGCGCAUAAUCCUCUUGCAGCGGUGGAUGAGAGCAAUGCUUCAGCGCAAGAGGUUCUUGCAGCUUAAAGAGGCGGCCAUUACAAUCCAGGUAACAAUUGCACGUGUCUUAUUCACAUGUCCUUUUUGGGUUUCCUGAUUCACACCCUAUAUUGAAAAAUAAGGAGUACUUUUAAUAAAUAAUUAUUAAGUAUGAAUUACUUUUUCGUUAUUCAAUUCACUUAUCUACUUAUAAUAUUUACAAACAGUAUUUUAUAUGAUUAUUUCACAUAUCCAAUCUCUGACGUAAAAGUAGGUCCUGUGUAAGCUCCAGGACCCCCUUUCCAUAGCUUAAUUGAGUAUAUUUUUUCUAUAGUUCCCAUAUUGUUAUUUCUUUCUCUCUAUCAUAUAUUAAACCGUUUAUCUGGAGAAUAUAUAUGUAUAACUUGGAUUGUCUCCUUUAUGUGGAGCUAAUUUACAUAUUGUAUUCCUUUUACUUCAUAUUUACAUUUAGUUCUAUCCAUUAUUAAUAUUAUUCAAGAGACCUAUAUUAUGUUCUCUGGAUUUACUGUUCCUUAUGGAUAAUGUAAUAAGAGAAGACUAAACAAUUUGUUUCCUAUAGACCAUGUAAUAGGAAAUGAUACAAUACCCACUCAAUUAUAAGUGACAUUAAGGGUUAAUUUAUCUCAGACUUUUGGGGCUUUCUACCAAUUACAGGGCACUACGUUCUAACGGGGUGUGGCCAAUUCGAACGCUGUUUUGGCGCGAAUGGUUGAGCCACACCUCUGUUUAGUGAUUGGUUAUGAGCAGCUUUAAAUUGAAACUGGAGAGCUGCGUCCGGUUGCCUUGCCUCAGAUGAAGGCGCGUUAGCAGUGCCGAAACACGUGUUAGGUAGCUUAGGCAUCAUAGACAGGCAGUUAGAAUCUUCAGAUCGCCCUCUUCACUCUAGCUAGUUGAUCGUAUUUAUUUCAUACAAUUUGAUUUAACUUUUUGGUGCGAUUUUUGUCGGGGGUGGAACUGGGAAUCAGGAGUUUAUCAAAGAGGGGAGGGGUGGUCCUGCCCUUAUAUUAUCACUGUAGGGGACCUCUCUCUCUCCCUCACAACGCCACUUUCAAGUCUCUUUUUACACUAUUGUGGGCUCCCUUUGGAUUUAGAUAGCCCAUGCUCAUAUUUUGAGCAAGAGAUACAUUUUGCAACAGUUUAUGUAUACAAUAGUAGAUUAUUAAGGUACUUUGUAUACAAUAGUUGCCUUGUGAGUGACUCUACAUUACAAGCUUGUUUCUCCUACAUUUAUUUUGUUUCCCAGAGUGGAGAUUUUUUAUAUCCAUUAAUUGACAUCAUUUGUCUUAUAAAUUUACGGACAAUCCAUAUAAUCUUAUGGUACCACUAGUUGUUAUAUUGGUAUGCCUGCCUGCCUGCCUGCCUGCCUGCCUGCCUGCCUGUCUAUUGAUUUUUUUAUUUUUUAUUAUAUAUUUUUUUGAACUCUCAAUUUUUUAAUUUUAUGAAUAAAAGUUAUAUUUUAUCUUAAGUUAUAUAAAUUCAUCUGGUGGAUAGAGGGACUUCCUACCUAUUAUUCCAGAGAUAUUCUCUCUGGAAUCUUCUUUAUCUGGGUUUCCUGAUUGCAUUUGCUUUUUAUUGUUUUAUAUUUUUUUGUUUAAUUUGUUUUUUUUAGCGAUGUUGGCGCCAUUAUAAGAGACGGUGGGAUGAGGAGCAGCCAUUGGUCAAAGCAGAAACCGUUUUUCAUGCUGCUGUAAUCAUUCAGACCUGGUGGAGGUGUCACAUGGCACGUUAUAGCUACCUACAAAGAAAAGCCUCAGCUGUCGCCAUACAAAACUAUUGGCGAGAACAUUGGUUGCGGAGGCAGAAGGCUGCUCUUUGUAUCCAGUCUACAUGGAGAGGAUACAUUCAAAGAAGAAGGUACCAAUGUCAGAGGAAACACAUUGUUGGUUUACAGGCAGCAUGCAGAGGCUACAUAGCUAGGCGCAGGUAAUCUAGAAUUCAUUCCAGUUUUAUUAAAUAACCAUCAAAAAUAAACUUUAGGUAAUAUUCAUAUCUGACAAUUAACAUAUAUAUAUUUAUUUAACAGGUUCCUUUCAUUGAAACAAAUGAAGACAAAUUGUUUUAUUGAAGAUCAUGGGGCUGGAGACUCAACCCCACCUGCUUCAACUCCAGAUGUUGAACAUCGUAAGUGGGAGGACCUGGAGAUAACUGACCCGAAUCCUCCGGAGUCAGUUAAUACAGAAGACAUCCAGAGUGUCGACGAGAUUCCUGCUGAGGUGCACAUUAGAGAGAGACCAAAGUCACUGGAGAAUCCAAAUCAAAGAAAGGUUGUCCGGGCCAAGCGAGAAAGCCGUCGCAUGCGGGAGCUGGAGCAGGCCCAGUUCAGCCUUGAAUUGCUGAAGGUGCGUAGUGGAGGGAUGUCUCCUUCUGAGGAGCGCCGCUGGUCUGCAGAGAUCCUCCUGGACAAGCACCCAGGCACUCCCGAGAGUGAGGGAUCACUUGGCAGCCUGGAACUUAUCAGCUGUGAUGAAAAUCAACAUUUCUCUGAGGACCGUCCAACAGAUAUGAUUUCUCCUGACAUACCACUUAACUCUCCAACAGACAGACUUUUAAGCACUACCAAUGAGGCAUUUAAAGACUCUUCCAGUUCUGAUAUUGCAGCUUCUUUUACCUAUGGAACUGUCAUAACUCCAUCACAUGGAUCCUUAUGCUCUCCCUCACAAGGGCCUUCCACCUCUCCCAUUUAUAGUCCUAAAAGCAAUACCAGUAAUGACCCUGCAUUACACUCCUUUCCAGAGCCUUUAAGCACUCACACCUCCAGACCAAUAAGCUCUCCCUCCCAUGGACCCUUCACUGGUUUCACUUGUGAACCUUCCCAGUCCCCCAAAACUACAUCCAAUUCUGACCUCCCUGGGCAAAGCAACUCGCACUCCAAUGGUAUUGUUGGUUCCUUUCCCCAAGAUACCUCUGGUUCUCCCAAAAACUUGAAAGUGCCAUCCAAUGGACCAAUGUGUUCCCCUACCAAAGUUACUUCAUCGGGUCUUACCCCAAAUGAGUUGACUAGUAACCAUGCAUCCUCUCCGUCAGAGGAAGUCUCUUCUGAGCUGCUAAAAAAAUCCUCCCAUCAUCCUCCAUCGCCUGUUUCCGAGGCUGUGGAUAUCUCAUGGGGCUCAUCUACAAGCUGGAGACAAAAGCCUCCUGGACUUGAUAUGUCAGAGAGUGCCCCUGCCAAAUUGUCCGUCCCCACAUUCUACAGAACUCACCCUCGAGAUCCCCUACUUUCCAGCAGCCUCCCUACUUUCUAUGUCCCAAAUCAAGAAUCUUUAAGAUUGCAGGAACAAAACGAGACAGGAGAAGCCCCCACCAAUUCUGUCCUGCAUCGCCUUCAGAAGUUAAAUGAAGAGAAAGAGGAGCUACAAAAGCAGGUACAGCAGCAGAAAGAGCGGCAAAUGAUGGAACAGAUCAGAAAAGAGAAGCAGGAACUAGAACGCCAGCGUAAAAUGCAGGAACAACAAGAAAGCACUGGAGAAUCUCAGUCCUCUCCAGACAUUACCAUGAGAACUUCUAAAAAGCCAUCUGAUCGACCACAAUCGCUGCUCCUGCAAAGUCCACACUACAAGGGCCCUCCUUCCAAGCCCCCCUUGGAAAUAAAAGGUCUGACUGUUGGAGGGAAGAGUGGCCCAGCCUCAAAUAAUAGCCGUCCUUUAAGUAUGUUUCUAGAGCAGAGAGGAGGUAAAGACACCAAAUGGGAUGGUGUAGCGGAAACAAAUGAUGCAUUGAGAAGACCUUGGCUGCACAACAGUGGAAAAUCCAGCAUCUUUUUUAAUCCAAAAGGGAACGCUAGUAGUGACUCAGAGUAAGUGUUUGUGUCCUGUGUACUCUUUGGUUUUUGUUGUGUUUUGGAUUUUCUCUUUUUUUUUUUUGCACGUAUAGUAGACCUUUCAGUCUAAUAGACGUUAUGUUUGGAAUUGUGAUAAAGACCUCAUAAAUGUAACGAUCUGGUUUGUAGUCCAUCAGGAAUGUUUACUAAAGUGAUCAUUCAAAGUAAAUUUCAAAUAUAAGGCCAGAGUAGCCCAAAUGCAUGCAUAGCUGACUUUGAGCUGAUUUUUUCCAUAUUGGCUAUUAUGACCUUAAAUUAUAAAUUAACUAUGAAUUCACCUUGAAUUCUCACUGCAGCAAUUCACCUUGUAUGUCUAUCGUAUUAUUAAGUAAUGGUACAUUGUAUUAGAGAGGUUGUAGCCACGCAGUUUAUAUGUUCAGGGUAUGUUGAAGCAGAUGUGGUAUUGGAAGUCUUCUUGCAGUUAGUUGGUAUUGAAUACGUUCUUGUAAUGGCCGAACCACUUUCACUAGAUAAUACUGCUUCCUUGGCUGGGUUUCUAUGCAGUUUGAGACAAACUUUCUAACCAAAUGUGUGACUGUCUUGUGUUCCCAUUUUUCUUGUCUGUCUGUAUUUGUGUUUUAUUUUCUAACCAAUACACCCCAGUAAAUUAUUUCCUUAAAGUGGUCUAUUGAUAAAUAUGAAACUGUGUGGAAAUGACAAAAGCAGUGCAGAAUUCAUGCUGAAAUUGGUUUACUGUGACUAUACAAGUUGGAAGCAUCUCCUCAAUCAGCAAUUUUUGCCUACAAUUAUCCAUUCAUUUUUAAAUUGUCUGUGAGUAAACACGUGGUUUAACCUCACAUGCGCGUCUCAUGGCCCUUUACAGGGAUAUUUAACAAGGCAUUUCCUACACAUGUGACGUUUUAGAAGUGAAUAGAAUUAUUUGUUAUUAUCUGUAAAAUUUCGAUAAGGUAAAAAUACACAGGGUAAGAAUGCAGAGACAAUUUAUACAUCUAUCUUAAUUCUUAUUUUUUUUUGGGGGGUGGGGGGUGUUAAUAAAAAUGAGGUUAUUGAGAACCCUACUUCUGCCAGACUUCUUUUAAUUUCUAAUCAUUCCUGUCACAACCCUCCCCUUUGCCAAUCAUACAUUGACUCCCAAUACCCUUUAGUAUUUAAUUCAGGAUACUAAUAUUUCACUUUUAAUGCUCUUAACACACUAGCCCUCCCCCAUCAUAUUUCUUCAUUAAUUCAUAAGUACACCUCUUCAUAACCACUCUGCUCUGCCAGUGACCUUCUCCUGUCCCAUGUUUGCACCCCUACUGCUAAUUCUUUUCUGCAAUAUUUGUUUAAACAUAUAAUGUGACGGCAGAGAAGAACCAUUUGGCCCAUCUAGUCUGCCCAAUUUUCUAAAUACUUUCAUUAGCCCCUGGCCUUAUCUACUAGUCUCCUUGCCUUAAAUGUUGGAUGCCUAUCCCACGCAUGCUCAAACUCCCUCACUGUGGUAACCUCUACCACUUCAGUUGAAAGGCUAUUCCAGGCAUGUAAAUAUAGUCUACUCCUUCACUGUGUUGAUUCCCUUUAUGUAUUUAAAUGUUUCUAUCGUAUCCCCCCUGUCUCGUCUUUCCUCCAAGCUACCAUUCACUUUAAAUUCCCACUUUAGUGAGUAACCCUGUUAGUCUGCAAUCCUUACAGAAAACUCAUCUCUAACUUAUUGCCUCCCUGUGUCAUUUUCAGUAAUUACACUGUCAGCCCCUCUCUAAGAUAAUUAGUAGCUCCACAAUCCUCUCCAUUCACCUACCUUCCAACUUGAUGGCUUUCCUGCACACUCACUUGUUUAUCUUAUUCUCUAUAUUGAUUUUCCUCUUGUUUUUCUACCCCACCUCCUCUAGGUAAUCGGGGAGCGUUUUUGGGAAAUAAUGCAUGUGCGUCCUUGUAACUUGUGUUCAAACGACUCUUUAAAUGUAGUUUUUAUUGUAUUGUUUUCUUUAGUUACUUGCCAAAUCUGUCUGUCUUUACUCUUCCUGUUUUCUAGCACUAACUGCAUAUCAUCUUCUUCUAGGAAUAUCUCCUUCCCUCCAAACCGGGGUAUGCGUGUUGAUCCUGCAAAGAGAUUGGAUGCCACAGAGCCAUCUGGAGUGAGUGAGGUGAGAAACCAGCUGUCUGACAGAGCAAUGACAGAGCGGGCACGCAUAAUUCACACUAACCGAUCUUUUAACAGUGUAGCAAGGCAGGAACCAUGUGAUAUCGAGUGCCUAAUCCUCUCAUCCAGUCAAUGGUUUCACGUUGUCUCUAUUCACUUUCACCUAACUUUUUUUCUUUUUUUAACACUCCUAAACCCAGUCAGUGCAGACAUGUGGCAAAAUUAUGACCACGACAACUAUAUGAUCAAUUGAGCACAUCCCUAACACAUAUCCAUAAAUACAAGCUAAUAAUAAUAUUGAAUACAGUUUUAAUGCUAAAGAAAUGCUCCGGCAUUUUUAAUAAAUGUAUUUAGAACGCUGGUGCAUUGAUGAAUCUCCUGGGCCCUUAUACCCCAACAUCCCUUUUCUGAAAAGCGAAAAAAGGGGGGAUAACUUACCUCUAUUACAGAGACGAGAGGGUCCCUUGCCUUUUCCCGCACUUUUCCUGUCUAAUCGAAAUCUUUUCAUAGAGCAAUUGGAGACAGGGCACGCGCAUGACUACCACAGCACUGCACGCAUGUGAUGAGAGCCAAGCUCAUCAAACAUACAAUUUAAUUCUUGGCUUUUCUGGUAAAAGUACGUGUCCAGAAAGUAAGCUAAUUGAGCCGCAAACCGUAUACAGUAUUUACAUAAAUAAAUUACUUAUUGAAGUAAUACAUUGAGAAGAUGAAAAAGAUUGGAACAGACAGUGGGUUGACAAGGCUGCUUUAAAAAUGGUUUUCUUACCAUAUCACAGCUUACCUAACAAAGUUUUUGGUGGGGUGUGAAGAUGAGAGAUAUUGAGUUACGAGAAGCAGGAUCUUAUCUAAUGGAACCGGCAUAAUAAUUCCACCAAGUUAAGAUUGGACUACACUGGACUGGUCUUAUCAACCUCAAUGCAAGUAUAACCAGUCAAUGCAGCAUUAUUAAUGAAAUCUAUUGAAAUAGACUGAAACACGAGUCUCCAAGGAUUUGUGACGUUAAUAGAGAGGUUGACCGUCCUCACAAAUAAGGCGGAAUAAGGUGAAGUCAACAGCUAUAUCUCAGCAUAACUUUACACAUUACUCUGCACUGAUUUAUAGGUUUAUGAGAGAAACGUAUUCAUUAAUUAGUAAAACUCCAUUUGUUCUCUGUGUGGUUUAUUUGUUUUUCCUUCACGCAUGGUCCAUUUGGUGGCUUUAUUAGUCGUGUCUCCUACAGACCUAUUUGUUGUUAUUGUCUGGCAUGACUUGUCCUUUAUUUCUGCAAUAAGUGUGUUUGAAUGGGCAUAACCCUUCACUGCUGCCCAGAUUUCUAACCUUCAUAUUGUAGCGCGGAUCCUUUUUUUUUCACCCACGUUUGUGAUUCCGCAUCUACCUGGUUUUAUUUUGCAUCUUACCCAUAUUGUCUCAUGUCUCCUUAUGUAUGCUUUAUCUGCUUCCAUAUAUUGUGUCGCAUCUCGUUAUUUUCAUGUUUUUUGUAAUUUUAUUUUGGGGUCCCCAUGUCCGCUAUCAUUCUGUCCGUCAGGCCCCACACAGAAGGAAGGCUCGCAUGGCACGAACUCGCUCAGAUUUCUUGACUAGAGGAGCACUUGGGGGGGAAAACUCUGAGGACGAUUCUGAUGAGCAGGGGGGUCGUGUCCUCCACGCUGAUCCAGCUGAGGAGACAGGCACACUGAGCCAGGCCUGUCACAGCGACUCGGAAAUGGUAAACCCUAGCAGUAGACUCUGGUCUCUUCUCCAGAGAGAAUUUAGGAGUAGUCUAAAAAUCUAUUGAAAAUCAGGCGUCCUCCUCUUGAAACAAACUGUCUUACUCUCCCAUUUCUCUUCACCAGGGACACCAAGGUAAUACAUCUUGAACAUCGUUAGAAUGUACAGAACUUGACAUUAUUUACUUUGUACCAACACGUAGGGAUACCCAGGUUACUGGGGAAAAAUGGCUUAGAAUGAAAAUGUUUACGUUGCAGCUAUUUUGUCCUUUAUCUUAAUUAAUUCACCAGUACUAGUACAGAUUCAAAGGACACAUAUCCUGUUGUGAGAUUGGAUGUUCAUAAAACCUAGUAUAAAUGGAAGUAAAUUGUAUAUAUCAAUUACUUUAAUUAAUAUGCAUUGCCUCAUGUAAGACAUCAAUCUGACAUGGUGCAGUGUGCAAGGGACUCCAUUUAGACCAGUUCUAGACCAUCUGCAAAGACAGUCAAUACCUAAAGGUAAAGUAAAGGGGUAAUUCUUAUAUCAAAGAGAAAGACCAAGCUCUUUAGAAACUCUGAACGUUACUCAUUUAUAUUUAAAGCAAGCUGUACAGACAGCUUGUAAAAUAUUUUCAGUGCACCAAAAAAAAAAAAAAAAUAUGCAAUUAACUAAAAGUGACCUCUUUUUAAUACAGUGUUGGUGUAUGUUUCUGCAUAUCUCUGAAAAGAAAACCUUAUAUAGCUGUAUGUGGCAACAGAAGCCACAGAUAGAAUUAGGAAACAAUAGCAAAUGAUGAUAAUGUAUUUACAUACUUACCCAACAUAUAAAAAUACCUACGAUGGACACGUUUGGUUUAGAGCUGAGGUUGGAGGUGUUUUCAGAGCAGUUCUGGUUAUUUAAAUUGACAUCAUGGACUCAUCAUAACUAUUUGUUAGUGAAAAAGUUAAAUUGAAGCACAAUCAAAGUAUUUCAUUUACAGAAGCAAGCUAAACACAUUCACUGUAUUUUUUUUUAAGACACUCUGAUGAAUUAUAUUGUGGUGUAGAUCUGGUAUACACUCCUGCACACCAAACUAUUUGUACUCGCAGGUCAGGGAUAGGCAACCUUCGGCACUUCAGAUGUUGUAAUGCUCUUACACACAUAAUGCUGGCAAAGCAUGAUGGGAGGUGUAGUUCAAAUAAUCUGCAGUGCCGACGGUUGCCUAGGCCUGUCCUAGACAAUAACUUUUUGGAUUACAUCAAAACACUGAUCUUUCACAUUUACUGUAAAUUUGAAAGACAUAAGGAAUCUUAUCUUGCCUAAUUUCCUGAAAACCACUCCUUAGACAUCUUCUCCUUAUAUGGAAGGCUUGAAAAGCUUAACAUAGCAUUUCUACAGGGUUGUCAAUUUCCUUAUUAAGAUGGCUCUCAUUAUUUGAUGGUUUGAAUGUGUAUAGUGAGCUCCAAAUCAAAGUAGAACUAAUUCCAGGUAAAUUGUCUGUUGUCCUGUAUUGCACAAAAAAAGUGAUAUGCUUGGAUCAAAAAACUGCCAAGUAUUUCGAGAAAUAAAGUCUGACUGACGCUUGGCAUGUGCCUUUCUGUGCCUGCUUCUGGUUACCUUUGAAUUAGUAUUUGGGGUCAAGCAGACAUUUAAACACAUUGUAUGGAUUGAGCUUCUGACAUCCCGGUGUUGUAGGCUUUUAGUUUAUGGAAUGAUUCAUGCACAAGUGUUCUCGCACAGAAAGGCACAUAACUGUCAGCUGUUAGUGAAAUAUGGAAUCACUGCAAUAUAAUGAGGAACCCAAAACUGCACAUUGGCAGAACUUGUUUUUCACUCCAAAAUACAUUCUGAUUUAAUUAUUACAGCUUAGCCUUAGGGGAUGUUUUAGUAGAGGAUCUGUCUUUAUAUUUCUCCUAUUUAUAAGACGUCACAUUGAAAAUCAGUGCCCCUUAUCCUCAAAUAAUUUAUAUUAUUAUUUUUAGAAUGCCCAGGAGUCAGAGGCGUCUUUUACUUUUAACCUCAUUUUCCAGGCUGUACUUAUUCCUCUUAAUAAGCCUUCUCAUGACAUGUCCGCUUUAGAUAUACCUUACACAAAUAUUACAAAGUAUCUCCAUUCCGUGCAUAUACAAGGUGCAAGUAACCGCUAUUGCUAGGUUUGAGAGUUUUGUGCUUUAACAAGGGUUUAUUCUGUAUUUUACAGAUGUUACAGAAAGUGCAAGGUGGAGGUCGACAAAGCAAACUCCAGAAAGCAAUAUCUCAGGGAGAGAUGCCUCGGGAUCUCGCAACAAACCGAACACCUGAGCCAGACACCAGGUAAAUGUCCACUCAGAGGACCAUUCUUCCAGUACGUUGGAUGUGUUACUUUCAGAAUAUACAUCACAUCAAACUCUCUGUCGUUUCAGGCCUCAGAAAGGAAAGAUACGCUUCUGGGGAAAGACGAAAGCAGCAGAGAAAUUGACCCCACAGUCAGAGGUUGUGGAGAUGGACACGGAGCCUUCAGGAAGAGAAGGCAGCUCAGCCAUCCAUUACACUGACGGUGAGUGUGUCAUUUGAACUUUCCGUUACACGCUCUGUCAUUGUCCUUCAUAAUAAUGGAGUGCAUUCUGUGUGCCCCAAUAUUUUUAUCUCCUCUGCUGUUUCUUUACUUAACUCUGUGUUCACACACAGCUGUCUGUCUUUCCAUCACCAUGGUGUCUUAGAGCCACCUUUACUACUCUUGUCCUGAUCCAACAUAGCAUAUAUUUUAUAUAAUCAGUCUGUGCUCCUCUCUACUAGUGGACACAGGUUUGUGGCUCGUCCCUCACAGUCCAGACCUUAGCCGAGGGCGUGAGAAGGAGAACAAGGAUCCCUCGCCCAAGGUUCAGCGGCGGCGAAGUUUGAAGAUCAGCAGUGCUGCUUUAGAACCAGCUCAGUGGCAAGAUGAGCGAGCGCAAAUCAUCUGCAGUGCCAACGACUUGAAGUGUAUGGAUGAGUUUCUUCAGAAGAAGGUAACAAUACCAUCCUGCUCAUGCCUGCACAUUCUAGUUAUGGCAGGAAGUAUUUUGAACAUGCCAGGUCAAUGUUUUUGCUUUGGAUACCAAUCUGGGAAGUUGCUCUUAUUCAUGCUGUGAUUGCAACACAUUUCUCACUGUGAAUACAAAUACAAAAAAACAGGUCCUGUGCUCAAACUCCCACUACCCUUGGACGGCAGCAACGACCAUAGUAAACACCCCCCCAAUACAUACAGUAAAAAAACAAAUGAAAAAGUUACGUGCGCUCUUCCCAAAUCCUUAUGUAUAUUUAAACAAAUGGAGGUUAUUUAGUUACUCCAAUGCCCAUUAGAGGGAAAUGCCCACCUGCCAUGUCAAGGCAAACCUCUCAGGUGGGUCCUACACUGACCAUUAACCUUGCUUCCUUGAGUUUCUGGCAAAUAUAUCUCUAAUGAGACAUUUCUCACUGUACCCAUUAGAAGCGCUAAACUUCUGUUUUAGAUUUUUUAUUUUAUUUUUUUUUCUUCUUAUUAUUACAUUAGGUUUAGGAUUUUUCAAAUUCUGUAUCUCAAAGAUUCUCAUUAGUUGUUAACAUGCUAUCAUAAAGAUGAUGCCCACCCUGCCCCACUGAGUCUUUGGUUGUUUGGGUUUGUACCCAUAAACUUUUGUGUUUUCCGUGUUUGGCUCUCUUUUCUCAUACCACUACUUUACGACCGUUAACCCUAUUUUUAAUGGCAGUGGCAGUGUACCAGUCAGAGGUUUAGUGUAUGGAGACAGACUACUUGCACAAUAAUGUAAUCCAGUAGAACCUAGAAUACUAGACUUCAAAAUACACAAGAGCUAUCAGGUGGAUAACGGUGAUUUUAAUGCACAUUUUUCUCAUUCUAGAUUGGUGAUCUGGACUCAGAGGAUGGGAAAAAGGAUUCUAUGGUGGAUGUACUAUUCAAGCGCGCCCUUAAAGAAUUCCGUCAGAACAUCUUCAACCUCUAUUCAACAUCACUUGUGGUAGGUAGUGCAUGUGGUGUGGGUGAUUUGGACUCUAGAUUCAUUGCUGAUUUGGGCAUAAUAUAUUUUUGGUUACUUUUGAAUUAAAACAGGGGGAAGAUGGUAAGAGUAUACGUUACAAGGACUUGGGAUCCUUAUUCGAGCAGAUCCUGGAUAAGACCAUGAGACACCAGCAGUCACGAAGCUGGCCCGAAUCUCCAGUCCAAGUUUGGAUUAACACAUUCAAGGUUUUCCUAGACGAGUUUGUCACAGAAUAUAAACCGCUGAAUUACACAUCAGGAAAGGUAGGAAUCAUAUCAAUAGAAUGUGGAGAUUCACAAAAUGAGUAGGGAUGUAGCAAAGUGAAAUGAAUUGGCUUCCAGAGCAAUUCUUUACUCUCGUGUCAUUUCUUUCUCACAAGAUCCAAAAACCAGAAAGGAAAAAGAGAAGAAAGAAGGAGUCGGAUAUAGUGAGUUGGUUUGAAUUGUAAUUGUAUGUUAUUGCUUUAAUCAGCUAUCAGUAUUAUCGAUUGUCGUUUCAUUUUAAACCGUAAAAUAUAUGCAGUAUGCUCCUUAACUGAUUUGAGCCAAUGUUUCUAAUCUUCCAAUUGUUUACUGGACUCUCAUCCAUCUCUGUUUUUUUAUUCUGUAUAUUGUUUUUCUGUUUCUUAAUCACAUAUCUUUAAAGGCACUCUCUCUUUCUUUUCUGUUGCUUUUCAAAAUAACUUUUUUCCCCAUCUUGUUCUGUUUCUCUUUAACUUACGCUCACAUUUGUCCUUUAUAUCUCCGUGUGCCCUCUCACUAUUUUGCUCUUUUUGUUUUUUUUCUUCAUUUUGCUUUUAUACAUGUUUCUUCUCUAUCAUUCUUUCUCAAUGUCUCCAAUAAUCUGUCUAUGAUCGCUCACUUUUUAUCUCAUUUGGUAAUAAAACAAACAUAGUAGAAUAAUAAUAGCACAAGUUAUUACACAUGCCAAGUGCAGUCGUGUUUUUUUUUCUUUCUGUCAGAUAGUUGUAAUAUUGCAAUUCCUCUAUAUCCCUUUUAAAGUACAAAAACUCAGAGGGAGUCAGAAAUCAUGUUAAAAAAAAAAAAUGCAUCUUAAUUUCAAUAAAUCUGUGUAUGUAGUGUCAUAGAAACAUGUGGCGGCAGAUAAGAACCAUUCGGCCCAUCUAGUCUGCCCAAUUUUCUAAAAACUUUCAUUAGUCCCUAGUCUUAUCUUAUAGUUAGGAUAGCCUUAUGCCGAUCCCACGCAUGCUUAAACUCCUUUACUGUGUUAACCUCUACCACUUCAGCUGGAAGGCUAUUCCAUGCAUCCACUACCCCCUCAGUAAAGUAAUACUUCCUGAUAUUAUUUUUAAACCUUUGUCCCUCUAAUUUAAGACUAUGUCCUCUUGUUGUGGUAUUUUUUCUUUUUAAUAUGGUCUCCUCCUUUACUGUGUUGAUUCCCUUUAUGUAUUUAACCCCUUAAGGACACAUGACAUGUGUGACAUGUCAUGAUUCCCUUUUAUUACAGAAGUUUGGUCCUUAAGGGGUUAAAUGUUUCUAUCAUACCCCCCCUGUCUCGUCUGUCCUCCAAGCUAUACAUGUUAAGAUCCUUUAACCUUUCCUGGUAAGUUUUAUCCCGCAAUCCAUGAACCAGUUUAGUAGCCCUUCUCUGAACUCUCUCGAAAGUAUCAAUAUCCUUCUGGAGAUACGGUCUCCAGUACUGCGUACAAUACUCCAAAUGAGGUCUCACCAGUGUUCUGUACAAUGGCAUGAGCACUUCCCUCUUUCUACUGCUAAUACCUCUCCCUAUACAACCAAGCAUUCUGCUAGCAUUUCCUGCUGCUCUAUUACAUUGUCUGCCUACCUUUAAGUCAUCAGAAAUAAUCACCCCUAAAUCCAUCUCCUCGGAUGUUGAGGUUAGGACUCUAUCAAAUAUUCUGUACUCUGCCCUUGGGUUUUCACGUCCUAGAUGCAUUAUCUUGCACUUAUCCACAUUAAAUGUCAGUUGCCACAAUUCUGACCAUUUUUCUAGUUUAACUAACUCAUUUGCCAUGUGGCUUAUCCCUCCUGGAAAAGUCCUAAAGGACUAAAAUUAUGUGGUCUCCAUUUUCAAGUAUUUGAAACAUAUACAUAACAUGAGAGUGUGUCUGUUAGUUUCUACUGGUACUUCCAACUGGUACUUGUCACUGCGUGGUGCUGUAUAUUUUUCUUUAAAACUUUUUGUACUUUCGGUUACAUUUUCUAUACUAUUCCUAGUUUAGCUCCCUCCUUCCUUCACUGUCUACUUCUCUGUGAUUAUCGCACCACUUGCCAGUCUUCCUUCCUUAAAAUCAGACUUUACUCUUUGCAUUAUUUUUUACCCAUUCCUGUCCAUCUACAGUCUUUAUGUGACUCAAUAUUUCCAAUACGUUCUUCCACUCGUCACAAAUCUCUCUGACAGCUCCUUACUGUGUUGGUUUUUUUGUUUAUUUUCCAGGUAGAGGAGCAUAAUGGCCAUGUAUUUAAAGCUACACAAUAUAACAUUCCCACGUACUGCGAGUUCUGUUCCUCACUCAUUUGGAUCAUGGACCGAGCUGCUGUCUGCAAACGUGAGAGUUCCUCUUAUAUGUUUCAUUGAAUGCCUAGGCCUGAUUGUGGUUCAGAGAUUACUAAAUACCUACGGUUCUGGAUAGAACAAGUAUGUGUAUCUUAGAAAGAUUGCCUUAUAGGUGUUUAACCUGCGAACGGUUUGGUCCAUCAUCUUACACAUAAUCCUCUAAUUUGAUUGGAUCUUGCCGUUAAUACAAUGGAAAAGUUCUCCAACUCGACUAGUUUAGCCUAACAUUUGCAACAGAAUUCCUAAGGGUUCUCGGAUUUAAGGACACUCAAGAUGCAUAAAUCACUUCAAGUGCUUUGUGUGUCUGGAGUCUGUCAUAUUUUUUAAAAUUUAUCAAAGUGCAGAUAUCAAUAGAAAUCAUUACUUUAUAGCUGCCACUCCGACAGCCAGGUUGGUUUUCUUCCGUUGGGCGUGCACACAGGCUACCUAAUAAAAUUAAAUGGAGUGUUCGUUUUAUGUACACCUGCUAUGGACUGAUAAGACUGUUCGUUAUUCAUUAAACUCACAGUUGUAGAAAAUUGAAAUCUGAAUAGCUAAAUUGAAGCUGAAAUAGUCAAUCUGUGAUUAUAUUUAGGUUGCAUUUUCUCCUCCCUCUAAAUCUGGAUUUCAGUUUAACACAAUUUUGAGUUUAGUAAAUGACUUUGUAACAUUUGUAUUGUAUGCUGUAUCUUUGUGAUUAAACAUACACUGUAUUGUUUUUGUUCUCCGUGUGUUUUUGUACUUGUGGAAUUUAUGACAUGGUGUUCCUUGGCGUUACUCCAUGUUAAAUGACAAUAUUAGAUUGGCAGAGAUUCAUUAACAGGGAAAGUUUGUGCUAUAUGUGUGUUAAGUGAGUUUGCUUACAGUGUGCUUGUUGGGGUAAGGGCGACUCACCAUUCACCUGCUGUAUUGUACAAAUAAAUUGGAAUCGAACAAACUGUUAAAAUUACAAUUAAAAUGUAUAUUUGGCUGGAGCCAGUGUUCUGCACCUGCAGCAAGUGCAGGCCACUUGGACCUUUCUGUCCAAUCUUGUGCUUCUCAGUGAGUCAUAGUGUAAUCUGUGGGAAUGCUCUGAAUCAUUCAGAAGAACCUGAGCGUGAGAGAGAGGUACAAAUGGCUGUAACAUCCUUAAUAUUUAGAACACAAUUAGUGUCUGGCAGCCUUGCAUGCCAUCCAAAGGCACCAACCCUGCAUGCCAUGCACGGCACACAUGCUGUAGUUUGUUAACGCCGUCUAGAUUAGUGCACAUUAUCUCGAACUUACCCCUUUAGUUGGUUAGUUAUUCUCAUUGAGUUAUGUAAUGAAUGUUGUAUCUAAAUGUACUUGGAUUGAGUCUGUAUUAUAUUAUGUAGUGUUUUAUAGUCUGGUUAAAGCCUGUGUUUUGUCUUAGUGUGUAGAUAUGCCUGUCACAAGAAGUGCUGCUCCCAGAUCAUCACACCGUGUAGUAAGAAGGUGAGAAGGGUUUUCUUUUCCCUUUUUCUUCUGACGUUUGUUACUACAUGUUCGUGACCUAAUUUUCUUCCCUUUGUCCUCAGUAUGACCUUGAGCUAUCUCCCCGUCACUUUGGAGUGGAGCUGUCUCGUCUCACAAAUGAAGAACGGACCGUCCCAGUCCUGUUGGAGAAACUGAUCGGUUACAUUGAGAUGCAUGGGCUCUACACUGAGGGCAUAUAUAGAAAACCGGGGUCCACCAACAAGAUCCGCGAGCUGAGACAGAGUCUGGACACAGGUAAAUGUCCACGAUUCCCUGCCUAUCGUUCCAGCAUUCAUUUAUAACUUUCAUUGCACACCGGCAUAUCCCUUGUAUUAUCACAUGUUCAGUCCUGGGAUUAUUGCAGAAUGGAUAGAUACUCUUUUUAUUCUGAUGGUCUAAGGCAGCGAAUGCUAACUUUUUGUAGAUGUGUAUAGGAUACAUUUCUUGUUAUACUCUUAAAGUAUCACUGGUCUGGUUAUCAUUAAACCAGAUAGAGAAGAUGUAAUAAUGCCUAUAAUGUAAUAACCUGUUUUCUUGCUGUAAAUGCACACUGUACAUAACAGGUCUGUUGACGAAAUGUCUGCGAAAUAUGCAAUUAUUAGCCGAGGAUAUGCCAAUAUGACAGCGCUAUAGCGGUAAUCGCAGUUUCUUUCAUUAAAUAUGAAAUCAAUAGCUCUCAGUUUUGUAUACCUGCAUCAUAUACAAUUUGCCCUUCAACUAAUCUGAAAUCAAUAGGACUAAACUGCCUCAUCAGUUAAAGAUAUAGCAAUAGACAUAAACUCCAUAUUAAUCGCAUUACUGUGCAGUCCUUCAAUGAAAGAAUUAAAUAAAAGCAAACCGUAGCAAGCUAUGGGAAUACUAAGCAAUCCAUCCAUUAUUUCACUUGUAUUUUAUAUGUAUGUCUCUUUUUCAUGUCGCGAGUUAUGGACCAUUACUUGAGCUGUGUAUCGUUUUUUUGUUUUGGUCUGUUCAGAAUGACGAUAAAACAUGACGCUGCGUUCGAUGUUGCACACAUACUGUAGUGGAGGCUAAUGCAUUUUGUUCAGAAACAGUUUAGUCUUGAUAUAGUGAGAGACGAACUCAGAGUAUUGAGUAUUCUUGUAAAUUCUAUUUUGCCAUAUUCAUAUAUUUCUAAUGUCUUCCUAACUCUGAAAGGUUAAUAUGUGCUUAGUUAUAUCAGCUGUACAUCACUAACAAGGCCCAAAUAAUCACCUGACAUUGCUGUAUUACGUACUGGGGGGAAGCGUUCUGGCCUGCAAUGUGCUGUCCUGUUUGUAGGACCUGUCUUGUAUAGUAAUAGGAUCCUUCUGUGUUGGUGCAAGAGAACUAAAACUAAUUUAGAAUCCUCAGUGGACUAAACAGAAGACAAGGUAUUAUACUCUGUUAUGUGGUGUGCAUGUUUCCUAGCUUUGGUUUUUGGAUUAUUUGGAUAACGGUUUGGUUCUUACCUGGGAUCCAUCAGGCGCCAUUCCUUGAAUGUCUGCUGCUAGACGCUCUCUACAUUGUGUUACGUCUAGAAGUGUAGGGUCUAUAGCUCAUUGGUUGAGGGCAGUCAGCUGACGCUCUAGGUCAGGCUUCCCCAUACUCCGGCCCUCCGGAUGUUGCUGAACUACAACUCCCAUGAUUCUGUGAAUUAAAUAGGCUGAGAAUCAUGAGAAUUGUAGUUCAGCAACAUCUGGAGGGCUGGAGUUUGAAGAAGCCUGCGUCUAUGCCAAUGAGCUGGCUCAGCAUUACAGUGCAGUGCUUAGCUCCAGUGAGCUCCUAGCAGGAGCUUCCAGCUCUUACUUACAGCUGCUGGGAAAUCCCAUCUAGGAAGUCAAACCGAUGGCAAAUGGUGUGACUGCUUACAUUGUUAGGGCAACGGGGCACGUCUGUAGUGGUUAUGGUGCUUGGAGUGUCCCUUUAACACUUCCAGUGUGUUGUGCUGUAUGUAUAUUCACAUUCUUCCCAUAAGAGAACAGCUUUCAAAAUGGUGAUGUACACUUUUUGAGUCAAAGAUGUUUGGGUUUGCUACUGCUGAACUGUGUUAAACUUCUAUCUGAACUGCAACUCUGGGAAGAAUUCAUUGAUUUUCACAGAAUCUUUCAAAUCCAUAGUGUGUUCAGAGCCCAGUGAUUUACCUUACUUAUAUAAAAGUUAUUUACUAAAUGUGGUAUUGUUGGGAGGAAAAAAUCUCCCAAGCCGCUUGGUUUCCAGAGAGCAAUUUUCAAUUAUCUGUUGUACUCCUGAUACAGUGUAAUGAAUAACUCUGAACGUAAUUAGGAAAUAAAUAAUAUUUGGCUUCACAAUUCCCCUCCCGCUUUACUUUGUUACCUGAUCUGUGUGGCUCCAGGGACUUUAUUUUGUAUAAAAGAGAAUAAUGUGUUCCUAUACAGUACAAUACUGGAUUAACCAGUAGGAUGUGCCUUGAUGUGUUUGGAAGAAUGCUCUGGGGCAUGCUGAUUACUGUCAGUGAAUCCUUUGUUCCCUGUGUAUAAUCUGUGUUACGUUAUUAUCCAGCUGACCUCCUGACAGAUUUAUAAUAGUAUGAUGUUUUAAAAGCUUUGUGACUCAUUAGAAGAUGAAGUGCUGGAAACUCCUUAAUAGUAUAUUGUCUUCUGAACACUAAAUGGUGGUAUAAUGAAAGUGGCCGCAGUCGGUGACUAAAUAUAUUUAUCAAGGUCACAUACUUACAUUUUUAUAUUCCUAUAUACAUUACUCAUCAAGGCCGUGACUACAGAGUCCGAGAGACACGGCACUGCUGCAAACCAAGGCUGUCCUCGUACAUCGAAUGUUCUAUGUGAUCGCACACAAAAACCCACACUGUCAGCAUUUUUCGAAAAAAAACUAAAAUGUGAAUUAAUAUUCAAGAUAUAAAAUGAAGCACGUGUUCAGCCCGCUUCAAGGAGGGAAUAUAGCUUUAAAAAACAAACAAACAAACAAACAAAGAAUGUUUUCGUAUAAAUCUGCUUCGGAGUAUAGCACUUAAAUACAUUUGUUCCAGGCUACUUUGUGUUAUCCUACUGUGGUUUCAGAUGUAUUCCCUAGUACACAUUGUAUCUGUUCCCACAAUAACACAUUGUAUCUAGGACAGACAGCAAUGUUAUCACCACAUUCUAGCUUUAUUUUCAUUUUGUUUAUAUUGUAAGCCUCUCGUUGUCAAUCACUAUGUUUGCAUUCUUUCCCUUCCACAUGUCCCUCUACACCACCCCCCCCCCCAUAACCUAGUUCUGCUUCCAGUAUUUGCUUAGUCUUUCCUAUUACAACAGUGAUAUUUACAUCCCUCCCCUUCUCUUACAGAUAUUGACAGUGUGAAUCUAGAUGACUACAACAUUCAUGUGAUUGCGAGCGUGUUCAAGCAAUGGCUGCGUGAGCUUCCCAACCCACUUAUGACAUUCGAACUUUAUGAAGAAUUCCUCAAAUCUAUGGGUACGAAAUGCCACGAGACAAACCCUGCCUAGGAUUGCGUCUUCCCCUAAUAGUUUUUUUUGUUUUCAGAGCUGUGAGCUCGCUCUCCUUUUGACUCUCCCUUACAAUGACUUAAUAAAUGUGUGUUUUUAUAUAUAUAUAUAUACUUUGAAUUCAGCUGUCUACACUGUAUGAUUCUUUUAUUGAUUGGCCUGUGCAUUCUUAAUAAGACAUGGGACAAUUGGGAGAACAGAUCCCCGUUAGCUAUAAAACACGCGUUACUUCUAAUUUUAAUUAACCAUGGUCUUUUAGUCUUCCUAUUUAACUCGGAUUUAAAGAAGUAGAAGAUUUAUUGAAGCUGACUGCUUGUACAAUCCCUUUUCUCCAUUUGUUUUGCACUCUCUAUCUUCAGACACAUGUCUAUGGUCUCGAUAUAUUCGCCUUCUCUUCCUUUUUCUAUAUUCUUAUGACACUCUCUUCUUUUGAACAACCACCUUGUUUCUAAGCCCCUGAUUGAACGUAUUAAUACAUAGAAAUAUUGUCUGAAUGGACUUUCUGCCCACAAAUGAUCUUUUUCUGUGCUAUUUCAUUUCCAUCUUCGUGAAACCAAUAAACCAUUUAACUUUCCCAUGUAAGGCCUGACUUGGUGAAUAAAGACAAUUAGGGCAGAUGGGGAAAUGGCAAAUGAAAGGCUAGAAUAGCACAAAAAGAAAAAAAACAUUUGGGGGAGUUUUGCAUCUAUUUGGCUUAAACUAUACAAUACUCAGUGAAUAAGCCAUAUUUGGGAACCAUCCAUUCUUCCUCUCUCAACCUGCAGGUCUCGGGGAAAGGAAGGAGACUGUGCUUGGAGUGUACUCCAUCAUUGAUCAGCUCUCUCGGACUCACCUUAGCACUUUAGAGAGACUCAUCUUCCACCUUGUCAGGUAACCACUGUGGCCACACGUGUCUUAUUACACCACGGGUGGAGGAAUGCUCACGUUAAUAGCCAUAGUGACCAUGCGUUUGUAUUAUAUUGUAUUUAGGAUAGCUCAACAGGAGGACACCAAUCGAAUGUCAGCCAAUGCACUGGCCAUUGUAUUUGCUCCAUGUAUUCUUCGUUGUCCGGAUACCACAGACCCCUUGCAGAGUGUGCAGGACAUUGGCAAGACCACUGCGUAAGGAUUAUAUCAUUGCUGAUUUGCAAUUAUUAUAAAUCCAUGAAACCUCUGAUGGUUUUUGUAGAAAUCUGCUCCAUAGAUAUACCCGUAGGUGUAUAACUAAUCUAUACACUUUGGUUUCCCCGUGUGCAGCUGUGUGGAAUUAAUUGUAAUGGAACAAAUGAAUAAAUACAAGGCUCGGCUGAAGGACAUAAACAGCCUGGAGUUUGCAGAGAGCAGAGCGAAGAGUCGGCUGUCCCUGAUCCGAAGAUCCAUGGUGAGUGUGAAUGAUAAGUGCCACUCUGGACAAUGCAUCCAAAAACUAACGCACUUAGACCUGCUUCCUCUGCUCACCGUUUCAACCUACUCUCUUCCCUCUAACUUUCUGCUUUCCUUUCAUCUCCUUCUCUAAUCCAGAAACCCGUACUAAUUGCAGUUAGAUUUAUGAGCAUAAGUCGCAGCUCCCUGCCGGUAUGUAUAUUAACCUCAGGCUGUCUGUGACGCUCAUUCACGCUGUUGCCAUUUAUUUUUCUCACUGUUACUUCCUGUUACACUAACUCAUGCUGCCCUCAUUCCAAAACUAGUAACACUUGACACUCACUCAUUUGUUCCUAGUUUUGACAUGCAAGCCAUUUAGCAGAACCAAGACAUGUUUCCCCAAAGUUCCAGCAUCGAACCAUGUUUUCUCAUGCUCACGGUUUUGCAUGAUCAGUCUGUUUCUGUACUUUUGUUCACGCCUUUUCUUCCCUUUCACACUCCUCGAAUAUACUUAACGUCUUCAUCACACACUUAUCCUGGAAAUGCAUGUUUCUGUAAUGUUCAAACCACAUGUGUCUUGGCAUAAAUCCAGUUCGUCAGCAUUCGGAUCUCGUGUAUCACUGUACGUGCGCGUGGAUUUUUAAUGCAGUAUACACGUGAGUAUACAUGAUGCGUGACGCAAUACGUUCAGCCAAUCUACCUGCGUUAUUUCAUGCAAUAUCUUAGCGUGUUCUAUUUAAGCACAAUGGCCAUAAUGUAAUUAAUAUAUAUGAAUUUACACUAUAUUUGUCAUGUAUGUGAGAAAUGUGUGUAUCUAGGCAUUGUGAUCAUGUAUAUGUAAAUUUAUUUCUAGAUUUGUUUUCAUGUGAAAGGCUCGUCAAGUGUAUCACCGUAGCAUAAAAGGUUUAAUAAUUAUAGGUUAGAAGUACUGCAUGUACGAUGGAAGACUUGGCUUCAAUUAAUAAAUCCAUAUUAUAGAUCUAUAAAUGUGUGUUCACUCAAAUAAGAAAGCUUGGUGUGUGUCAGAUUGUUGCUGGUAUGACUCUUGUUUGUUGUUGCUACAUGUAUAUAUUCAUACGUUGUGCUCUGCAGGGGAAGGGACGUCUACGGUCGAGUUUGAGCCCAGUUAUCUCUGGACUCUCUACAAUAGCCCCUGAUGCAGCAACGGAUCAUAUGUUAUCGAACAUUCCUUCAGAAGAGGAGUCUGCCGAGCAGAAGGAAGCUGCAAUGCAGCAAGAGGAAAGAGUUUUAGCCCAACAGAUUGAGACUCUGCAGAAGGAGAAGUAAGCAGUAUGAACGGACAGAAGAUAGGGUGCUUGAUGGGCAACUCCAAUUGUGCCUUAGAUUAUGAUAAAACUGUAGAAGAGGGAUAUCGAUCCUUGUUCAGUUCAUUUAUUGUUUAAAUUCCACUAUAAUUGUUAGUAUUAUUGGGCCUCACAGUGAUUAAUGGGAGGUAAAGUCCACUACCACUAGAGAUUCAAAGUUAUUUAAAGAAAAUUAAAGGGGCAAAAAAAACAAUAGCGUGUAACUAUAAAAGGAAUAAUACAGCUAUACCGGAGUAUGAAAUUAAAAAUUUAUUUAUUUUUUUGCUCACUAAUAAUCUUACACUGGAAUCUCCAAACUCCGUUUGGGAUAUUCUCAGGUGAAAUUGAUUACAUUUAGGAGGGGUAUAUACUCAUAUUGUGCAUGCUCUACGUUAACAUGUAUACACUCAAGUUUGUGAGUUGAACCAAUCCUUUAAGACUCAAUCGCCUGUUUGCUUUUACAAGGUAGCACUCCAUCUACUAAAGUGCGUGAUUUUUCCCAGCUUCAGAUAUAACCUUUUAAUGUGCUAUUUAAGUAAGAUCUUCCACACUGUCUUUCGUCAUCCAUAAUUGGGAUAAAAACAAACAUACAGAAGAUGCAAAACAACAAAUACAACAUAGACACACCGUUAAAUAUGAAAAAUAGUAAGGAAUACCCGUGCAGCGCUUAUGUGUAAAACUGGAUAUGGAAAACCUUUACCCAACUUUUAUCCAAACGUAGAAAGAAAAUAUUGGGUAAAGGUUUUCCAUAUCCAGUUUUACACACAAGCGCUGCACCGGUAUUCCUGACUAUUUUUCACCACUUUUGUUUAAAAGAUUUCCACGGUGAUAAGCAGCUUUCCAAAUUAUAUAUAAAUUAAAAAACAUAUCACUCAAAUAGCGCUAAUACUUUCCCUUUUUUACAUCGUGAAAUAUGGCUCAGAAAUCAAGAUUCUCCUCUUUUAAUUUUAUAAUCUGAGAAACUAGUUAAAACCACUCCAGAACCAGAACAGCAUUAAAAGGGAACCAUUCAGUGAGAACGUAUAGGUUUAAAAAGUAAACCACUUUAUUAAAGUACAAAAAAACAACUGUAGUCAGUAACAUCCAUGUUAUACCACUGCAGGACAUCUCAACAGAAAACGCACUUAUGAAAGCAGGAGAGAUACAGAAGAAUUCACGACUGGCAGUGCUAAAGGCAGUACUUGGCUAAGUGCUUGUCAUUAGUGAUGUCCCGAAUGGUCCGCCGCGGACUCAUCAUUGAGUAAACUUUGACCCUGUACCUCAGUCAGCAGACACAUUCCAGCCAAUCAGCAGCAGACCCUCCCUCUCAGACCCUCCCACCUCCUGGACAGCUCACUAAGAAUGCAGCUUCACAAUGGAUGCUGUCCAUGAGGUGGGAGGGUCUGCUGCUGAUUGGCUGGAAUGUGUGAGGUACAGGGUCAAAGUUUACUCAAUGAUGAGUCCGUGGCGAACCAUUCGGGACAUCACUACUUGUCAUUAAUACAUGAUUAGAACCUGGCUUGCAUGUGUGCAAAUGGUAUUUCACAUACACUCCCCAUAAAUAUACAUUGAAUCAAUUGACUUUUUAGCCAUUUGCCAGUUCCUGCAGAAGUUUGAGUAGGUUUCUGUUUCUAGCUCCUCUAGUGGGUGUUUGUGGGGUUUUUGUAUUUUUUUUUUUUUCCCAUUCAUUACAGGCUGGAGUCAAAGAUUUGUAAAAUGAUGCCCCCAAGGCUGUCUUAUCUUACUAUGGAGAGGGAAGGCAUUGCAGGUGCUCUACGCCUGUGAAUCCCCUUGUAAUUAGAUCUAACCUCCUGCAGUCUCUGAGAAUAUUAGUUGUUUGGAGCCAGCCUUUCUCAUCUUGUGGUUUUCUCGCUUCCCAUUUUGCAGAGAGGAGCUGGCUUAUGAAAUGCUGGCACUGGAGCCUCGGGCGUCAGAUGAUGAGACCCUGGAGUCUGAAGCAUCUCUUGGAACUGCCGAUAGCUCUGAAAACCUGAACUAUGAAUCCGAAGGGGCUGUGCCCACCAGGGCAGGUAAGGACCACACCCUAGCUAGUUAAUAUCUUUUUACUGUAAUUAUUUCAACCAGCAAACAACUAUGUAAUGAACAGACAGGGAUAGAGGAGGGAGACAUUCUCAGACUGAAGAGAAGUUGGGGGUUCUAUUUUACGAGGACUCUAUUUACUAUCAAUAAUAAAGAUCUGCAAAGCCAGCUUUCUAAGGACCAGUAUGCAAUCCAAGGGUCCUGGUUCAUCUGCAAGGAAUACUUAAUUCCUGGCUAUGAAACACACGCUGAUUAAAAUGUAAGACACAUAUUGAACCUGUCAAACAUUUUAGAACGUCUCCAUAUUUUUUUAUUAACAUGUUUAGGUUACCAAACAAAAAUGAUACAUAAUGUACAUUUCAGAGUUACAACAAAUGUAAAGCGGUUUGCAAUUACAGCUGAUUAGUUACAAAACCUUUGUCUGAAGAAAAGCAGUGUUGGAAGAGACUGUUACUAUACUCUCAAGCAUUUUUGGGCAGUAUUUUUCUGAAUGAAACCGCAUAUUGCUAUUAAAGUGGAAGGAAACAAAGGAAGGCAGACAGACCAUUAGAACCCUUAAUAGUGUUGGUCAGGGGUGGGCAACCUUUGGCAUUCCAGAUGUUAUGGACUACAUCUGUAACGUUUUUACAGCUAUUAAGCUGGCAAAGCAUCAAGGGAGAUGUAGUCCACAACAUCUGGGGGUUCCGAAGGCUGCUUACCCCUGGUGCAGGUCUUUCUUUUAGAUAGAUUGCCAAGGUGUCAAUGAGUACAGUUUCCGGCGCCAUCAAAAGGCACUUUGAACCUGGAGGAAAUUCUUACAGGAAGAGCCGGCUUUACCAUAGAAUUAGAAGAAAAGGUAACAGAGUGUGUAAUAGGCUGCUCACAGGACAACUUGAACACUAGUUGAAAUGAGCCUGUCUAGUUUUCACCUUUGAAGAGAAGACUUCAAGCUGCAGAUUUUCAGGCUAAGUGGCAGCAGGAAAUGCAUUGCCAAGUGGCAAAAUAAGAAAAAGAAUGUUUGCAUCGGCCCUGAACCUGAAGACACGGAGAAUAUCUUAUGGACCAUUUAAAUCUUCCGUUCGCCCGAGGGCUUUUGUACAGUGUCAAGUACAAAAAAGGUAGUUCCUCAUUAUGUGACUACUUUCAAACAUGCAGGCUCUUUUUGCUGUAUGUAGAGUUGAUGACUUGCAUGAGUGACACUGCAUUUGGCACCACCAUGCUGCUUCCUCUGGUAUCUGCCUAGUUGUUCAGGGGUUCAUCCUACUGUACACUAUGCUGGAACACGAUGGUAGAUUACAAAGCAUGGAAUGGUCAGCACAAUCCCCAGGCCCCAUCAGGCUGGUCAGGGAUGAAAGUAAAGACCGAGACCGAUCCUGGGGAGACCUAAUGUGCAUACGCAGCAAUGACGCGUACGCGCAUUAGACCUCUCUAUAGGAAAGCAUUGAGUUAACCCUGCAAGGUAUUUAUUGCAGUUUAUGAAAACUGCAAUAAUUACACUUGCAGGGUUAAGGGUAGUGGGAGUUGGCACCCAGACCACUCCAAUGGGCAGAAGUGGUCUGGGUGCCUGGAGUGUCCCUUUAACCCCUUAAGGACACAUGACAUGUGUGACAUGUCGUGACAUGUCUUGACAUGUCUUGACAUGUCAUGAUUCCCUUUUAUUCCAGAAGUUUGGUCCUUAAGGGAUUAAAUAUGAUUUUAUUAAAUUUUUCUUAGAUUUUAACGUUAAUUGUUCUAUGCUUUAACCCCUUAAGACCGGAGGGCGUACUAUUACGCCCUAUUCUAAGCGGCUCUAAACGCCACCAGCCACCUUGCGACGACCUCACAAUCACAUGGCCGGGAUAGCUGGCUGGAAAUAAAAAUAAAAUAAAUUAAUAAGUGUAAAAAAAUAUAUAUAUACACACAUAUACAUACACACAUACACUGUCUAGGUGUAUUUUAAUAUAUAUAUAUAUAUAUAUAUAUAUAUAUAUAUAUAUAUAUAUAUGUUACAUGUAGACUGAUACUGAUUAAAUAUAAUUAUUGUUCUAUAUAAUAUAAAAAAUUAAAUAUGUAAAUACGUUAAAAAAUAAAAUAAAAAUAAUUAAAAUAUAUAGAUGUGUUAUUUCGUUCUAACUGUAUUGUGAUAUAUAUAUAUAUAUAUAUAUAUAUAUCUCAAAAUACACAUAGAACGAAAUAAUAUAUAUCUAUAUACAUAAAUAUAUACGUAUAUAUCACACAUAUAUAUAUAUCCCUAUAUAAAUAAAAAUAUUUUAAAAAAUUAUAUAUACAUAUACAUACAUACACACAUAUAUAUACAUAUAUUAAUUCUACAUAUAUAUUUAUGUAAUAUUUUUACAUAAUUGGGUAUCUUAAUUAAUUACUAUUAGCGGGACCUGCCUGACAACCCAUGCCGAAAGUAAAGGGAAUUUAAUUUGCUAGCACUAUAUUUAACCCUAUAACUUUCCAAGACACCAUAAAACCUGUACAUGGGGGGUACUGUUCUACUCGGGGGACUUCGCUGAACACAUAUUAGUGUUUCAAAACAGUAAAAUGUAUUACAACAACAGUACCCCUCAUGUACAGGUUUUAUGGUGUUUUCAAAAGUUACAGCGUCAAAUAUAAGGCUUGUGUUUCAUUUUUUUCACAUUAAAAUUCACCAGAUUGGGUACGUUGCCUUUGAGACCCUAUGGUAGCACAAGAAUGAAAAUUACCCCUAUGAUGGCAUACCAUUUGCAAUAGUAGACAACCCAAGGUAUUGCAAACGGGGUAUGUCCAGUCUUUUUUAGUAGCCACUUAGUCACAAACACUGGACAAAAUACUAACGCUAACAAAUACUAACGCUAACUUUGGCCAGUGUUUUUGACCAAAUGGUUACUAAAAAAGACUGGACAUACCCCAUUUGCAAUACCUUGAGUUGUCUACUAUUGCAAAUGGUAUGCCAUUAUGGGUGUAAAUUUCAUUCCUGGGCUACUAUAACGUCCCAAAGGCAACGUAACCAAUCUGGCGAAUUUCAAUUUAAAAUGUAACGUGCUAUAUUUGACCCUGUAACUUCCCAAAACGCCAUAAAACCUGUACAUAGGGGGCACUGUUUUACACGUGAGACUUUGCUGAAUACAAAUAUGUGUAUUUUAUUGCAGUAAAAGCAAACAGUAUUAUGACAUUGACAGUUAAAAUGUCAUGUAGAACUAAAAAAAAUUUAAAAAUCGUAUUUUCUCCCAUUUUUUUCAUAUUAAAUUAUGUUUCACAUCUAAAUAUUUGAUAUUAAAUGAAAGCCCUAUUUCCCCUGAAUAAAAUGAUAUAUAAUAAGGGUGGGUGCAUUUACUAUGAAAUAGGUGAAUUACGGUUGGACAGACAUGUAGCGCAAAUGCCAGGUUUUGUUUACAUUUUGUUUCGUUCACAACGUGUACAUUUGGCUCCGUCCUUAAGGGGUUAAAAUACACUGUGACACUAAAUUGCGUACAUUUCAAUAUAAACUGCAAAAUGGAGGUGUUCUAAAAGUUUUCACCAGAUCUGUAAAAAAACAAAAACAUUGGAAUAGAGGAAUAAAAGCACAUUUUUUUUCAAAGUUACCAUAAUUUGUUUGUGGACUAUUAACCGUGGUGGCAUUGAUUUAUGGCAGGCUCCUCACCCAAAUGCUGCAAGAAAAAGAUCAGGAAACAAAACACUGACAUUACAUUAACUAGAACUGUCUACACUCAAUCAGUUACUACAUCCACAGUGCUUCUUCUGCCAUAGAACAAGGGCUAUUAAUAAAGAGAAUAACAUUACAGUAAGUAUGGAACAGUCUCCUGUGUUUCCAAAUGAACACACAGCAAAAGAUGUCAUGGGAGGGACAUAGAACACAGAAUCUACUAAAAUGCCACACGAAUCACAACUGAUUUGCAGAAAUGGAUUUGCUAAAAGCCAUGAGAAAAUGACAGUAGAAUGAAGUUGUAAGCAGAGAACCAUUCGGAGAGUCAACGGGACACAUUCACGUUGUCUGCCCAGACAGGGAGAAUAUUGUGGUAACUGUUGGAUGGGAAUGUUUUGGUAUUUAGUCUGAGACAUCCUAAAAGCUAGACUUACCGUAGCAUGACAAAGCAAGAGUCUGCAUACUCUAACCCAGGAUUCUCAAACUCUGCCCUCCAGAAGGUUAAUGGCGUAAAAGUCCUUGAAGUCUUUGACUGCAUUAGAUUGCCACAGAAUUUUGGCAUUUGUAGUUCAGCAACAUUAAGAGGGGCAGCUUUUAAGAUGUAUUCAUGACACCAUCCUUAAAGGGACACUAUAGUGUUAGGAAUAUAAAGCUGUAUUCCUAACACUAUAGCUUCCCCCUGCCUCCCUUGCUCCACUCCCCCCGGUAGAAAGGGUAAAAAAAAACCAACACCUUUAUUUACUUCCACAAUCCCAGCCCCGAUGCUCCGCCUCCUCCAACAGGGGCUAAUGCACAUGCUGCAAACGCAUAAGGCCGUCACCAUAGCAAAGCAUUAAAUUAGUGCUUUCCUAUGGGGAUUUCUCUGAUGCUAGAUGUCAUCAUGCAAAAGUCGCAUAGCAAGCAGGAAGUGCCUCUAGUGGCUGUCUGGUAGACUUAGUGCUGCAAUGUAAAUGUUCUCUAAAACUGAAAUGCUUACACUGCAGGACUAAGGGCAAUAGGGACACUGUAUCCAGACCACUUCAAUUAUAUUUACCAAACAGAAGUCAAAUGUAAGUUAUCUGGUUAGUCCUUCUAAAUCUAAGUGAGGGUGAUUAUCCAAGGGACCAAUUCAUGUAAACCUACCUUUUUCAUUCAUGGGAGGGGUUUAUAUUCAGUCAGAGUAAAGCGAACAGUGGGAUUUCUUGAUGAGACAGGUAUGUUGUGUGAGGGUUUACAGAUUGUAUUUACCUUUACUACACAAUACCUUUUCACAUUGCUAUUUUACUCGUUUACACACUCUUGACUCUCAUCGAUAUCUAUGAUGUUUAUUUUAAUACACUCAAGUAACAAAAAAAGUCCCUUCAAAAAGAGAGGGGUGGGGGGAAUGAAAGGGACACGUCAUUAGUGAAGGACUUAGAAUAUCAGUUACCCGAAGAAAACAUGUGAAGUCUCUUACCUGGGUAAAAUAGAAGGAAAAGGAAACAAUGUGAAGAUAAGGCAACUCUUCUCCUCAUGCAGAGACCGCACAGAAGAACAGAGAUCUGAAGUGAGAAAAUCCUAGGACAAAUUAUCAAACUGAAACUUCCAGAUGCGAUAUAUGGACUUAACUGAAAAGCAGUCGAUCUUAUCUAAAUCCUACGACACUUUAGAAGACGGCACAUUUUAUUAGGGACAGCCCUAUUUGGCACACACAUAUCCUGAGCACAUGCAGGAAAUAUAUACUAGCUACCCCAGGGAGGAGGGAGAGAGUCUUCCCUAUUGUGCAAUAUGGACAGAAUUGACCGUAGUAUUUCAGUGUGCAUUAUUGACAGCUCUGGUGGGUUGUCUUAUAACCAUUGCAUAGAAAUGAAAGUGGGCUUAGAGUGCUCUAGACACCAUUACUGCAAAGUGCAUAUACAGAACCUUUAAUAAUAAAGAGGGGGUGUUUAGGGACUGCAGGAGAGCAAAGAAGCUGAUUGAACAAGUGUUAUACAAUGCAUCUUUGCAAUUCUAAAGGCAUGCAAAGCACCAUGGGAGGUGUAGUUUUAAAACAUCUGGGUAUCUACCUUUUAGGUACCCCUGGUGUACACCAUGAACCGGUUAGUAGAUGGUACCUGAUUCACAUGUGCUUUACAUCUGUAAAAGAUUUAAUUUCCUUUCUCAGAACCUCCUAGCAGAUAGUUGUGCUCUAGUGGAGCAAUCUCACUGUUCUCCUUUCUAAUGUUAAUAUACUAAUGAAAAAGUGGACAUUUCAAAUAGUCCCCAGCCCAAGUAGGGAACUUAAUUGGAGGCAGGCGGCCGAUAUUUAAAAAAUAAAAUAAAUAAACAAGGCAGUAGGCAUGCCUUUGCCCACAGCAUGGUUUGUGGGUAUUAAUAACCUAGUGGGAUGGACAUUUCUCUCCACCACCCAAUGGCUAAAGAUCCCUAGUUAUCACUCUCAUGUAAUAUUGAGGGGAGGGGACAAUAAAUCUAAUUCUUGAAAAGAAAAGAAACUUCUUUCUUCUCAAGUCUUUUUUUUUUUUAUCAUUCUCAAAAAAGGGUAAAUAGAAAAAAAAUAAUAAACACAAUAAUUUGAUGAUACUUAAAGACCUAACCUGCAAAAUAAAAGUACAGGGGUCACAGACUGAACUUCAAGUUGGGAAAUGCCUUCCCACUUAGCAAUACUAAGUUUGGGGUGGUAGAUAAUGGCAUGUCCAACCAAAUAGCCACAACCCACUGGCUGCUCACUAUAUCCCUCGUAGACACCUUGUCAUGCAAGCAAAUAGCCACAACCCACUGGCUGCUCACUAUAUCCCUCGUAGACACCUUGUCAGGCAACCAAAUAGCCACAACCCAAUUGCUGCUCACUAUACCCCUCCUAGACACCUUGUCAUGCAACCAAAUAGCCACAACCCACUGGCUGCUCACUAUUCCCCUCAUAGAGACACCUUGUCAUGCAACCAAAUAGCCACAACCCAAUGGCUGCUCACUAUUCCCCUCCUAGACACCUUGUCAUGCAACCAAAUAGCCACAACCCACUGGCUGCUCACUAUUCCCCUCAUAGACACCUUGUCAUGCAACCAAAUAGCCACAACCCAAUGGCUGCUCACUAUACCCCUCAUAGACACCUUGUCAUGCAACCAAAUAGCCACAACCCACUGGCUGCUCACUAUUCCCCUCAUAGACACCUUGUCAUGCAACCAAAUAGCCACAACCCACAGGCUGCUCACUAUUCCCUUAAUAGACACCUUGUCAUGCAACCAAAUAGCCACAACCCAAUGGCUGCUCACUAUUCCCCUCAUAGACACCUUGUCAUGCAACCAAAUAGCCACAACCCAAUGGCUGCUCACUAUUCCUCUCAUAGACACCUUGUCAUGCAACCAAAUAGCCACAACCCACUGGCUGCUCACUAUUCCCCUCAUAGACACCUUGUCAUGCAACCAAAUAGCCACAACCCAAUGGCUGCUCACUAUACCCCUCGUAGACACCUUGUCAUGCAACCAAAUAGCCACAACCCACUGGCUGCUCACUAUUCCCCUCAUAGACACCUUGUCAUGCAACCAAAUAGCCACAACCCAAUGGCUGCUCACUAUACCCCUCGUAGACACCUUGUCAUGCAACCAAAUAGCCACAACCCACUGGCUGCUCACUAUUCCCCUUAAUAGACACCUUGUCAUGCAACCAAAUAGCCACAACCCACAUGGCUGUCAUCACUAUAUCCUGCUCACUCCCCUCGUAGACACCUUGUCAUGCAACCAAAUAGCCACAACCCAAUGGCUGCUCACUAUUCCCUUAAUAGACACCUUGUCAUGCAACCAAAUAGCCACAACCCAAUGGCUGCUCACUAUUCCCCUCGUAGACACCUUGUCAUGCAACCAAAUAGCCACAACCCAAUGGCUGCUCACUAUACCCCUCGUAGACACCUUGUCAUGCAACCAAAUAGCCACAACCCACUGGCUGCUCACUAUUCCCCUCAUAGACACCUUGUCAUGCAACCAAAUAGCCACAACCCAAUGGCUGCUCACUAUACCCCUCGUAGACACCUUGUCAUGCAACCAAAUAGCCACAACCCACUGGCUGCUCACUAUUCCCCUCAUAGACACCUUGUCAUGCAACCAAAUAGCCACAACCCACUGGCUGCUCACUAUUCCCCUCAUAGACACCUUGUCAUGCAACCAAAUAGCCACAACCCACAGGCUGCUCACUAUUCCCCUCGUAGACACCUUGUCAUGCUAUUUGUGUUUGUCAAUCUUUUUUUCAAAACCAUCGCAUGGACGAAAUUCAUCCAAACUGACCACCACAUUGAUGAAAUUUGGUUCACACAAACCAGAAAAACAGACUAACCAAAUUUUUUCUUUGCACAGAUCCAAUUAUCACUUGCAUUCUUAGGUGUCAAUUCAGGUUUGCCAACAAAACCAGAUGGAACACUAUGAAAUUCAAAAAAAAAACACAAACAUUACAAAAUUAUAGCAAGACCAUAAAUAUUCGGAACAAUUCAGAUACAAUUCUCAUACUAGCCAUAUGAAUGGGUUUACACUUAUGGGGAGACUUGCCUUACAUUAGAUAUAUUUGUAUGCAAACAUACAUACAUUUAAUUUCUACUUGCCUCUGUACUAAAUUAAAUGAGUUUCAGGGGAUUGUUACUCCAUAGUUAGAUUAGAUAUAACUGCCAAUCCUUCCCUUACAAAACCUUUCCAAAUACUGUAAAGAUUCAACUCUUUGGCUAUUUAAAAAUCGAUUCCAUCCUGCUUCUGUAGAGGACAGGUAAAUAGGAGGAGGCCAGUCCUAUUCAUAUCCCAUUAGCCAAUGCAGCCAUGGUUUGAUCGUGAAGCCCUUUCUACUGGCUAGUAAUACUUGGUGAUGUCUUUUUAGACCUAAUUUUAUCCCGGUUUGUAUUUUUUGCUCAUGAUCUCUUAUUUAUAACUCUUGCUUAUCACUUUUUUUUUUUUUAUUGCCAGAGAGAAGUUUAGUUUUCAGCUCUGCUCGAACAACACGAUCUGAGCCUACGCGAACAAGGAAACAGGUCAAGAGGGAUGCAGACAGCACAGACGGUGGAGAUCGCAAUCUUUCUUCCCCUAUUGCUUCAUCUUGCCUUCCCCACCUGGGCAGGAAAAGGUUCCACCUGCACCCCAAAUCUCCUUUCUACAGAGCGUUGGGGGAGAGCCGGGAGCCAUCAAACUCUGACUAUCAGGAUCCCGGGGCCCCAGUUCAUUUCACAAGCCGAGGGACCUUCAACCCUGAGAAGGGGCGUCAAAAACUCAAGAACGUUAAACAGUCUCCUCAGAGACCUAGAGAGCCACUAGAUAGUGGAGAACAAAGGAUUCUGGGUCAAGAUGGCAGCUCACAGUCUCUUGUGUUGUUUGGGAGCAAUGAGUUCAUGGUGUGAAGGAUGCAUUCGCUGUUCUUUCGUUACCUUCCUGAAAAUGUCUCUCUGCCAAAUUCCAUAACUCCCUUUUCCCAUAGCUUUAUCCUGAUGCCUUCUUGGCAUCCAGGUGAUACAGACUGCUAGGCUUGCUUUGUCAGCUCAUACCAAGCACCAGAGGGGCCAUAUUUAACAAAAGCCUUAUUAAGCUGACUCCACUGCUUGUGGGAUAUCCGUCGCAGGACUCCGUAACCAAUCCUCUCCCAAUUAAAUAUUGAUCUCACAAGAAUGGGUUUUUAUUAUAAAUAUUAUUAUAUUAAUAUUAUUAAUUUUAUUUGUGGUUUCUAAGCCCAAUAUAAAUAAACUGUUCCCUUUAAUUUAAAGCAACAUCUGCACUGUGGUCACAAAGCUUUGGAAGGAUGGAAACACCCGAAAUGCAUGGCUCGUCUUAUCAGCAUCCUACUCUUUGUCUACUGCAUAUGGAUUCCAAACACAUUUUGUCCAAAAAACAAACACAUGGAUCCCAAGCAAACUUCUGACUUUUCGAGUGAGCACAUUCCAGAGAUCUUCUGUAGGAUACAUGAUGUAAAGAAUUGAGAGCUCAGACGUGUCCAAGAACAGCCCUUUGAGGUUCUGAUAUUUUAGCACUCCGAGUCUGCUUAUAUAUAGAACAAGAUGUAUGUACAUGGAGCUCUUUGGGGCAGAGCUAGGGAUAGUGGGCUGCUGCCUCGUCUCAAUCAGCCCUUUUGGCUACAGAUUUACCCCCACAUAAGCCUUCUGAGACUUCUAAAGGGCCGAUCCUUCCAGGCUGAAUGUAAAUGUUGUGUAUCUGGGAAAAGCCACUGGGUGCGGGUGCGAACCCAGGCUGGUGGGAAUGUGCCGUUGUAUGUAUUCAGUACAAUAUGUGUAAUAUUUUUGGCUGUAAAACCCAUCAGACUACAAACAACCCCCCAGAGCUUAUUAAAGAACAAAAGCUGCAGAAUGUCACAAACUGGGAAAGUGUAUUUAUUCAUAUAUAUUCACAAAAAUGCAAUAAAAUAUUGUUCUUUUGUCAAAAAAAAAAACAAAACAAAAAAGCUUUGGGUUGCAGAGAAAACACGGAUGUGUGUGUGUAUACACACACACAUUACAAAUGCUCAGCACUCUACUUGCAUGUACCAAAAAAGCUCAAUGUGCUACCCGCGUUGAUAAUAUAAAAAAUUGUAAUAAAGGGUGCACUCACAGGACUUGUGAAUUAACUUGUGGUUUAAUGUGGUAGAAAAAAAAAUUACAUCUGUGUCCUAAUCAACGUUUCGACCCUCAGCGGGUCUUUCUCAAGAUACAAUUUAGUGAUAAUAAAUGGCCGGUCACUGUACUUAAUUGGUAAGUGGACAUUUACAUUUCGUAUUUAUUAUUACUUGAUUGUACACUCUGUGAUCUUGUUAUUAUGAUACCGAUGUAAUUUAUAUUUUAUUUAUUUUAUUACAUUAAACCACAAGUUAAUUCACAAGUCCUGUGAGUGCACCAUUUAUUCCAAAUUUUUUCAUACACACGUACACACACAGUCAAGCAACAACCAAACUCACAAAUGCUUCUACUAGUUGAAAAUCACAUGAUUUGUGAAAGAAAAAUGCAUUCAUGUUCCUUACUAAUGUUAAAAAGUCACUUUAAUUGGAUCAUAAUUGAAAAUAAGAUUUUAUUGACCACAAGCAG